AUGUUUAACUUUGCCAGCAAGAUGAUAAACAGCCUGAUGGCCGCGGGUGACGAAAUGGUCACCGGGGCCGAUCCGCAGACCAUGCAGCCGUCACAAAACAACCCAGUCCGCGGACAACUGCCGCCGUCGCGCCAACAACAACAGCAGCAGCAAUACGGCAAUCAGCAACAGAACUUCGGUGCCGGAAAACCCGCGGGCAUCACGUCCGCGACCGUCACCAGACAGUACGGCAUAAAUCAUCCGCAGCAGCAACAGCAGCAACUGCAGCAGCAACGGACCGCAACAUCCGGCGUCGGUGGGUAUCCUCAACAAUCGACUGGGCAACUCCAGCAACCGUCUUUUUAUCGACAACAGCCGUCGUCGACGUCCUCGUACAACACCGGCAGGCCGAUGUCGUCCCAACCAUUGUUGUCGCACUCGCAACAGUCGCAACAGUCACAGCAGCAGCAGCAGCUUUAUGGUAAAUCAGCCAUGACACCGGCAUCGGCACUGUCAGCAGGUAAAUCAUAAUUGUUAAUUUUAUAGGCGAUCAAGUUAAAAAAGAAAAAAAAAAAAUCGUAUACCGGUGCGACACGAGACAUCCCGAAAUUCAAAUUUCAUUAAACUCUUAGGUACCGUUAAGGAGUGAAUACCUUUUAACACUCGUAUCCGCUCGACUUCGCCACUCAUGCUCUCCGAGUUUUCAAAUGUAACAUAGGUAUCGUUGUAGUUUUUGUUCUGGGAAACGAGUAAUGUCAUAAUUAAUUAUUCAUAUUCGCUUCGAAAAUCUAGUUUUGUUAAACUAUCCUUCGUGACAUCGUGAAUCGUGUACGCGAAAAUACGGUUUCGUUAUACUGUAAGCUUUCAGUUGGUCUAUUGACGAGAAUUAAUAAAUACUACGCAACAUUUAGUUACAAUAAUAGCGUAUAAUACAAUAAUUUUCAAAUAAUAGCGUCACGUGUUUUUUGUAACAUAUAGUAUUUAGUAAUAAUUAUUUUUAAUUGUUAUACAAUCGAGAUAUAUAUACAAUAUCCAAAAAAAAUGAAUACUUAUACAUUUUUUUUGUAUACAGGUAAUAAUAUUUAAAACGAAUAUCUGCUUCACUGUAAUAAAUUAACAAAAAACAAAAACACGAUGGUAAAGACGUUACGGUGUGAAUUGAAGUCACCGUGGGCCUCUGCAGCACGAGGUCAAAUUGUAUCAAAAAGUCCAAAUAUUUCGAUUCAGCGGUGCGAGAGAACGGAGAAUUAAUUGUUGACAAUUUGGCUAGUACAAUUAGGCGUGGCUGGGUGAAGUGGAGUGGAGCAACACAGGAGUGUUAUGAGAUGAAAAAAGGGCAGCCAUUAAAAAUAAAAUGUAUAUUGUUAUAAAACUAUUGUGAGCCGUACAGCGAUCGUUCAUGUAUGAGUGUUGGCCGUUAAAACAUAGAGAUGGAUGUAAAUAUAUUGGAAGCCGGGAAGGAGGUGGGCCACAGAAAAAGUGACUAGACGUUUUCAGGAGAGAUAAUAUAAUGAGGGUAUGUGGAGUGGAUGAAAAAAUGAUAAUGGCCAAAGGAGAUGUGGAGAGGGGUAAGCGAGAAUAAUAAAAUACAUAGCUGACUCCAUUUGCAUGAGACGAAGGAGGAGGGGGAAAGAGAGCUGUGAAUAUUGUCGUUAAUCGGUCUCCUUUUAUUGGUAUAAAAUAAAAAAAAAAAUAUUUUACGCGGCGCUAUGUAACAGGGAAAUAACAUUGAAAAAUUAAUGAUGUGUUGAUGUUUUCAAAUUCAAAUAUAAAUUAACGUCUACAUUGUUAAAAGUUAUGUAAAUAAUGUAUAUAUUAUGCGCGUCUUCCUUUUAUCGUUUUUUUUUUUUUUUUUUUUUUUUUACCACAUGUCAGUUUCAAUUUAAAUUCGUUACCCUUUUAUUGUCUUACACAUUGAUUGAUCGAUUUUUCUUCGCUUCUGCGACAGUUGAAAAAGUAUUUCACAUCAUUAAUAAUUAUUGAUUUAUUUUAUUUUUUUUUCGAAAUAUUCGCAGUAAUAUUGAGCUGUUUCAAUCCGAUUACCCCGAUCGGAUUAAAUCGGCUUGGUCAACUUGGUCCCGGUAUAAAUGGUAAAAAUACACAUACUGAUACCGCGAAGUGAUUACAAUAUUGUAUAAUUAUUUUUCAUACAAAAUGUUCAAAAAAAACAAAACCAAUAUUGUUAUCCGGGCAAUGUUCGUUGAAAAUGUGUAUUCCAUUUAUAACGUUUUAGCGCGACGCCCGGAACGUAUUAUUAUUUAUCUUUAACAUACGCCCGUAAUAUUUUGUCAACUGCGGUUCCAUUUAGAUCCCGUUCAUAUUUAUCCGUUCGCCAAUGUUGAUUCGAAAUUUCAAAAGGGACGGCUUUGCGGCUUCGUUAUAAGUACAUAUAAAAUAAAUAUAAACGCUCUAUAAACUUUGAAUUCGGUGUGCAUGAAUUAUUCAGCGGUACGUUCGCAGAAAAUAGGGUCUCACAUAAAUCACGAUUAAAAAUAGUCUUUCGCAGGAUCUGUCAUCCAUAAAUUGUCGGGUAAAACAACUUUACUCUCGAACCGUGAUUUUCGGUAUGCGUUUAGCCGCUCGCUUGCGCUCUCCGACCAGAAGUGACAAUAGUAAUUAACCUCGUCAUUUUCCUUUUGCCCUCUUUAAUUUCGCGUAAACGAAUAAACCGAAAGCGUUUUCAUUCGGGGGAAAGGUGGGGGGGAUGUAGAAACAUUUUUCCGACGUCGGUAAUAUAGUAUACUGUAAUAACAACGACAUUAUGCGGUUUUAUUUUAAUAAAACAUCGGGUAAUUUUCCGUCAGGAAUUUAUCGAGUGUUAAUUUAACACUGUUCGAAAAAUGUCGAAAAUUAUCCUAUAGAUUUCGCGGUUCCCUAGCUGUUUUCGGUUUCCGAUUUCGCGGCUAUCCGUUAGCUUUAGAUGCCGAGCCACGUCUAUAUCAGCAUAGAUAUUACAAGUAUCUAUAUUGUAAUGAAACCCUUUUCGGAAUUUUUCGCCCAGCUGUUAUCCCGAAAUACCGAAACGAAAUUAGCUGACCGUUCGCGAGGGGUUGUGGAGGGAAACCCCCGUUAAACAUUUUCGAUUUAAAUUUCGAAAACGGCCCGUCGUCUCCCGUCGUCGAGUAAGGCGAUUUUUUUUUUAUUUUCCAACGAUUUUCCGAUUCUUUAUUACGGGCAUUUUUAACGGUCGUUUCUGUUUUCUUAUCCGUUAUUUUAUUAUAGUAAUAAAAAAAAAAUAAAUAAAUAAAUAUAUAAAACGCGAUAUUCCGAUAUACGUAUAUAAACAUGUGACGUACACGAUUGUCGUUUUGUCGUUACCUAUUACUCACCGAACGUGGCGAUAUUUUAUCGUUUGUUACGCUCACAAAAAAAAAAAACGCCUUUCGUUAAGCCUUUUUUUUUUAUUUCCAUUCAGUAUAUAUUAUAUCGAUUUAAACCGUCCCCUCGGAAUUCGGCCUCCGAUCGCGAAGAAAUACACGGCUAGUUUUUUUUUUUUUUUUUUACGAAUAUAGCAAAUUGGCGUGUUGUAGAGUUCCGCCCGAUAUACGUAAAAAUGGGUAGUUUAACAUUUUUAAAUUAUCAUAAUAGUAUACUUACCUGAGUUUUAUUUUUCGUUUUUUUUUUUUUUUUUUUUUUUUUUUAUUAUAACUCAAGUCGAAUACUAUUUGAGUGUUUUUAUUGCUUUUUCGUUUUCCCGGAUUUUACUGCCGCCACUUUGAAUGACGCGAACACCACCAAAGCCGAAGUAAAACGUGUAGACAAGCUCGCUUUCGGUGUGGCGCAGUGUAGCGUAUAUUAAUAGACUGACCAUUAUAUUAUUAUACGGGUACACAGUAUACAUAACUAUCCUAACCUAAUAACAUUAUGCCGAACCGUCAGUAUAGAAUUAAAUAAUUACUCGCUUGCAGUUUUCAUCUACGAUAUUAUAGUAUUAUUAGUAAUAUUCAGCGUUGCGAAAUGUUUUUUUUUAAACAAUUUUAGAUAUCGAGUGGCGCGAAGAAGCUCAUGGAUUUACAAAGGUGUUUUUAUUUAUUUUUUCUGCGGACAACUUUUCUGCCGGCAAUUUUGCUCUGAUUCACAAUGACAGCACUUUUCCAAAAUCUAACCGGGAAGGUACUUUACCGAGGUCAUUUUUUUCAGGAGUUUUCCCAAUAAACGGGAAAAACACGGGAAAACCGGGAAAAAAUUAGGAAAAUAUAUAAUGCGUAUGUAAUUAUUUUACAAUAAUAUGACAUAUAUAUAUUGUUGACAAAGCAACACUGUCAACUGAACUCCGCUCAGAAUCGUUUUUUAUACGUUGUUAACAAUGGCUUAUCGUUGUUUACAGAUAUAAAUUCAAUUUCCCCUCUACUAUUUUCCUCACCUACAAAAGUGGCCCACCCAAGCGCAAAGUUGCCCGGCUUUUUUUUUUUAAAUGUUAACACUCGUUUAAAACGUUUUAAAAAAUAGCACCUAUGUUCCAAACGUUUUAUCCGUGAGUGUUUUAAAACGUUUAAAAAUUAAAUUAAAAUAACUAGUGUUACACUAUUCUGUGUUCCACGAAGAGCGAACAUACUGUUUCAUAACACAGUUUCUAUUCGUUCUCGAAAUAUAAAUUAAAAUAAACAGUUCCAACAUAAUAAUAAUAUUAUACUUAUAGUUAUACAAAGUUAUAUACUUAAUAUACAUACAUAUAUAUAUUUUUUUUUUUUGAUAAACAAGUCGGUAUAUAUGUUACAUUUUUUUUUCAUAUAAUUGCGAUGCAAGUUAUAAUAAUAAUAUUAAUUAUUAUUGUAUACUAUGAUAUUUACAAAUAAAUAAUGUUUAAAACAAAAGAAAAAACACACGUUUUAAAGAAAAUUGACGCGUUAAAAAACGGUUUUUUAUAGUUUUUUUGCAACCCUGAUUAUAAUAUUAUAAUUAUUGCGUCUACUUUCCGUCUUGUGGUAUUAUUAUUAUUCCGAACGGCAUAUUAUAAUUUAAUGUAAUAUUUGUGUUGUUUGCUUGUUUUUUUUUUUCUUCAAAUUUUCAAUUAUUAUCUAUAAUCGAUCAAAUCAAUAUAACGUCGUGCGACGAAUAUACAAACUGCGGUUGAUAAUUUUGCAGGGUUUUUAAACCCACUAUUGCAGGUAUAUUAUAUUAGACGGUUUUACACCGUUUUCGAGCUUAUAAUGCUUGUAAAAACGCAUUUCGGAAUGUAAUAAUUAUUCAAAACGCGACCUGCGGGGUACACGCGAAUUCCUCGGUUGUUUACCGUGUCGACGAAAUAAACCGAAAACCUUUCCAUGGACAAUUUAAUCGAAAAAUGCUUUAUAGACGACCGCUUUUCUUAUCCGCGGCGCGGCUUCCACUUUAAUAAUAUACUCUUUAUUUAAUUUCGAAAUGUAUUUCGUCGACUUCGGUAAUGCACUUUGUUAUAUGGGCUCGGGCGAGAAAAAACAUAUCUAUACGAGUAUAUUAUUAAUAUAUAUAUAUAUAUACCAUAUUGUACAGGUACAAAAAGUAUAAUAAUUGUAUUAGUUUUGAAGUUGGAUUCGAACACGAGUUUAGUAGUUUGCGCGCCGAACAUUCACGGCGACGGAUAUAACAAUAAGAAGUUUACUACGUACCUAUAUACCGUAUUAUAAACUUUAUUUCGACGCUCUUUUCACGUGCGGCCGACAAUCGUCGUUUUCGCAGAUAAUAUCACAUUCAACUAUUCGAAUAAAAAUCAUUUUACGAAAAACUUUACAAUGAUUUCAACACAUGCGCGCGAAAUAAAAUAAUAACAACAAUAUUAAAACAAAAAAACGCGAGCCUACUUCGAAAGUAGAACACUACAGUAUUAUUAUAAUAUAAUAUUUAUUAUUCCGUAUUUUCAUAAUUUUUUGGAUUUAUGUUAAUGUCCUUUGCAAAUAAUUAUUCUAAUUUCAAGUAGGUAGGUAUAGCCUAUAUAUAUAUAAGCACCUAGGGACCCUGCAGUAUCAAAGUCGCGCACAGGUAUACGCGGGUACUUUGCAUAUUAUUGUUUUGCAUAAUAUUUAACCAUAUAAUUAUAUAGGUACCUAUUUGUAUACGUAUAGUAUUAUGUAUGUGUAUAAUGUUAAAUACACAUAUAAGGGAAAAUUAACAAUACAUGUUUUUCAUAGUGUAUUUGUGUAUAAUUAAACCUAUAGUUUGUUUUCAACGUUUAUUCAACUAAAAAAACGAAUAUAAUCGAUCUGUCAUUGCUGCGAUAAGCGUACACUGCGAAAUAUAUGUACAAUUAUGUUUAUAUACAUCAUCAAUUACCGUUGAUUAAAUUUCAGGUAAAUUACAGCAUAGGCGCCAAGUUUUUAAAAUAUCGUGGGGGUUCACUAUUUCAGGUGUGCAUAAAAGGGGGUCGGGGAGCAUGUGAGCGAUUUUUCACGUUUAAAUUAAAAUAAAUAUUUUUCGGACGUACGUGAUAGAUACGAAUGCUUUUUAAAUAAAAACUAUAGGGGCCCCAUCGUAUAAACCUCAUAAGCCCUUCAGCCCCCGGUACAAUGCGUCCACGCAUACUAGACACGACAGUGUUUUAUAUCAACACGAAUUAGUCAUUUUCAAUUGAAGACAAUAUAAUAUAUUAAUUAAAAAACUACCAGAAACAUAAAAUAUGUGUAUCGAUUUAUAAUAACUAUGAUUGAUUUCAGAUUCUGAGUGGAGCGAGGCAUUUGUUGGUUUUAUUAUAAUAUGAUUAUAAUGUUGAAAUUCCAUCAUUUUUACGAUUUUUGUUAAAAUAUGAACUUAAAGUGCUUAUAAAAAAACUACAAUACUACGCCUAACUUUUUUUGUUACCGUUAAGUAAAACUUAUAAUAAACUUUGUGUUAUAUUAUAAAGUUUGAAGUAUUUCUGUUUCACCAAAAAAACAAUUCUGUUCACAUAAAACCAAAGAAAAAUUAAAAAAACUGAAAAUACCUAGAAAUAACUCAAAAACCGUUAGAAUUUCGAAAAUGUAACUUCAUCUAAAAAGGCUAAUAUACAGAGUUUGUAUUUUAUACGAUUUUUGGGUCUCUAAAAUUAUUUUUCACUGGAUUACACAGAAAAUACAAAACCGAAUUUAUUUAAACUUUUAUUACCGUAAAUUUGUCCGUUCCCUAUACGGUUUUUUCAUAAUGAUUAUGAAAACUAUAAAGAAAAUUAAGCAAUUACUUCCUAAAAUGUAUUAAUUAGACCCGAAACGAUACAAAAAAACUCUUUUGUUGUUCACAAACACAAAGGAAAAAAAAAAGGAAAAAAGCCUACAUCGCUGCACUCAGAAUUUAAACAAAUAUAAUAGAUUUUUUUAGGUAUAUUAUAUUUUUGUUAUUGCUUUUUGAUGAAAUCGUUCAUGACGUAUACAUUUUUUUCCUUCCAAUAAACAUCAUCUGGCUACCGGGUUAAACUACUAGGCGUCCAUCAGCCUGGUGGUGACAGGCGGUGCAGAAUCAUAAUAUCAAAAUAUACCUAUAGGUUUAUCUAAAAAUCAUAUACUCACGGUUUUGUAUGACUACUUCGAAUCGUAUACCAGCAGUAUUCUUUAUUUUCGUAUGUUUAUUUCAUAUUGUUUGUCGAUAUGUUGGUUAUAAUAUUUACUUCCUGUAAAUAUUACUCCUACUCGUAGAAUUUUGUAAGUAAAGUACCUAUUUAGUAUUUAUGUCGUAUUCCAUUCUUAGAUAAAAUAAACUAAACAAUGGGAACUAAUACAUAAAAUAACAAUUAAACUAAUGAACUAUUAACUAAGUACCUAUAAUUAUGCUGUUAAUAAUUAAGUAAAGGUUAAUUGAUAAACAAUAAUCUAUGAAAAACUAAACUAUUGUAUAAGUAUUUCUAAUACACAUACCUAGGCUUGGCAACCAAACGCCCCUUUUUUAAUAAAGGAGUGGCACAAUAGAUGAAAAUCACAAAAGUUGUGAAAAUCAAUACGAAUAUUUUUCAACAAAUUAUAGUCCUCCUAUCAAAAACCGGUGCCAUCAAUCGUCAGUAUUUUAAAAAAUAACAACUCGCAGCGACGCUGGUAGGUUCAUUAUAAAUUAUAAUUAUACGCUAUAUCCACAAAAGCGAUUUUCAGUGACAUUUCAGUUUCGCCAUUGCAUGUACACAUUUACCGGUUUAAUAAAAUCAAUAAUAUAGUCUGAUAAUUUAUUAUUUUACUAUAGACUGCUAUAGCUAGUUAUAAAUUUUCCUCGUAAUAUUAAAUAAUUGGGUAGGUGCUUUGGUAAUUAAGUCAAUUUUUCAUGUUAGUAUUUUGAUAUUGUUUAAUAAUAUCCAGCAUAGUAAAUACAUAAUAUAUAAUUACUGUAUAAAUAAAUCUAGUAAAUUAAUAAUUCAUAUUACUUAAUAUAUAACGGGCGUUUAUACGUUGUUGAAAACGCCCAAAUUUUAUACUUUGUCCGGAAUUGGUUUUUUUUUUUUUACAAUUGUAUUAAAUUCAUAUUAAAAUUUCAACAUUUUACCUCCACCAAUUUUUUUUCGAAAUAAUAAUUUGAUCUGAUAUUUUGGUUGUUGGUUAAUAUUGUCUGUCAAUUUUUUGUGUCAUUUAUUUUUCAGUGUCGGUCAGUGGUCUAUGUCAGUAGUUUUUAGGUUUAUUUAUAAAAAUAUGAUCCUGUUAUUUAAUGAUGCAUUUUAGUCUAUAUCUUAUACAUAUUCUUUUUUUUGUUCCCGUACACAACCGAAAUGGGAAAAUUCACCCAAACCUUGUUUAGGACUUCUCAAACUAUUUGACAAAAUGUUUACACCGGCUGUCAACUUAACGAAACUUUAUGCAUCGCCUCAUAUGAAAGGCAAAGGUACCGUGGGAGUAUUUAAUCUCCUCCCACAGGAAUAUGUUGUUCAAUUUUCUCACAAUUUAAUAAUAAUAAUUUUAGUGAAUGUAUAGUACUAUUAUGUGGCUAAGGAAUAAGUAUUUUUAACUUAUAGUUAGUACUAAGUAGUAGUUCAUGAAAACCAUAUGAUUUCUAUUCAGGAUAUUUUAUUAGUUUAAUUCCAGUUAGUAAAAGUAAUUUGCGUGUGUGAUGUGGGUUUUCGUUCAAUAUUAGAGGAUGUUAUGGCUUAUGUGUGAGCAUAACAUAAUACCCACCGCAGUUUUUUUUUUUUUUUGUUCUCACAACCCAGACCGUACUGCUGCUAAUUUGGUGAUUGUGCGGCGUAUUAAACUAGCUGUGGUUUGAUUGUAUUUUGUGAUAUUAAGUUUCAAUUGAAACGUGAAAUUAUCGGAUUUAGAAAUAUUUGUUAACUUUAAAUUGAAUUUAUAUUGAUUUAAUAUAAAUUAUAAUGAUUAUUUUUGUUUUGAACAUACGGUUAUAUGAUAAAUUGUAUUAGUAUUUUAACAUAAAAUUUAAAAUAUUAAACUUGUUUAUGUAUCCAAAAACGACUUAAAAUUAAUUCUGUCCCAGAUUUGACGGGCGUGUUCUAAAAAUAUGAUGUUAAUACGAUAUGAUGAAUUUAUUGUAUUUCAUACGUAUAAUAAAAUUAUUAUUGUAAUUUUUCAAAAGUCAUGCUAUAUAAUCAGGUAUCGAAAUUGUACCGAACUUUUUACAAAAAUGAUUUAAUUAUUUUGUUGGUUUUUAAAUGUUUAAACAAUAUUAUUCAAAGUUUAGAACAACCUAUGGUUCGUGUAAAAUACAUACAAAAAUGGCACGUUGUUAAGUUGUUUAACUAAAAUCUAUUGUCAGUGGAAAUAAUAAUAAAUUUAAAUCCGAACUGUCAACGUUUGAAAUCUUUAUGGUUAAAAUUUAACGUUAGAGAUCGGACCAUUGAAUCAUAUUUAGCGGAAGAACACGAAAUGAGAUUUCCACCGUCAUUAUUAUAUAACAACCAAAUAAUGUGGGGUCCGAGAAACACUAUAAUUAAAUGAGCUUAGUAAUAUUAAGUUACUGAGUACCUUUAUUAUUAAACGCAGGAAAAUCUUUUGAAUAUUAAAUUAAACGAUUGUAUUAAUCCUACUUGCGUUUUCUUAAUUCAACUGCUACAAACCGUUUAGAAGGAUCCGCAGGAGCAUUUCUAUUGAACAUAACCAAUUUAAAAUAAUAAAAUAAAUAUAUAUUUUUUUUUUCAUGAAUAAAUUGUAAGUAAUCAUACUUUCUGAUAAACCACAAAUAAUAUCUCUCUUUUUUUUUGCCAUCGCCUUUUACGCGUUUUAAAAAAAAAAAAAAAAAGUAUAGCGAGAUAUUUUCCUCCAAAAUUGAUUACCUACUAAAAAAACCGAAAAUAACCUUUUCAACGUAUAGGUAAAUAAGUUUGUAGGUAGUGCAUGUAUACUGUUUGCGAUCGAUCAUAUUUUGUAGUAUUACUUUUGGUUCAUUAUUUUUAUACGAAAAAAUGUAUGUGUAUCAUGAUACCUAAAAAAGUAUAUUAUGAAACCAAUACAUCAUUCGCUUCUCUUAAAAUAUAGAAGUCUAUGAAUAGCGUUUUUCAUGCUUCGUUGCCUCUUUUCCCAAUUAUUUAAGGUCAAAUCGGCGACUCAGAUCUAUAAAUCUCUAUCCAUCGUGGUCUUCCACAUCCUUUUUCCUACCCCAUCAGUAGACUUCAAAUUAACUCUCGAUCGUAUCUAACCACGUAAUAUCCUUUUUGGUCCUCUUUUUACAUUUUGAUGUAGUGUUUUAAAUAUUUAAAUUAUAAUAUUAUAUUCUCAAGUUGUAAGUUUUUGAUGUUAUAUUUAUUUAUUUCGUGGUUACAGGGACAUACACGCGACUUAAACAUUACGGAAUGUAAUUAUCUAGUCUCAAGAAUAGAUCUUAUGAUGCGUAUAAUGGCUUUUAUUAUUAGAUUUGUUUUUAAUUUGGUUUUUUAAACGUCUAUCGGAGGAAGUUGCAUACUACGCUUGUAUUUUUCUAUCCGAUGAGGUUUACUCUACUCGUCGUUCGUCCCUGUUUUUUUUUUUUUUUACACAUAAUCGGGGCCUAUGCAUUUUUGCUCGUCGUCAUUUUCAAUAACACGGACUUUGUAACAUAAAAAGUAAGAAUGUGAAAAAACGAAAUGUUUAAUUUUAGUUAUAUUUUUAAAUGGUACACUUAUUUCGCAUACACCAUAAGUGGCAAAACACACAUCAUGUGUUGACAGUAUGUGAUACACGGAAUUAGGGUACAAUUUAAAAAAUAUCGGCAUCAUAAAUAUGACCAUUGAACGAUUAAUAUAUAAUGAUAACAUACAUAAUAUGACAAUAUAUAAUUAUAUAAUGACUGAAUGAAAAAUUUCACGAAAUUUUAUUUUUAGUACAAUUUACAUGGAACUUUCGUAGAUACCACGAUAGGUGGUAGAUACCUAUUAUAAUCGCUAGUUUAUAAAUUUGUAAUCUUUAUUGAUAAUAGUAAUAGUUAGUACUAUAUAGUAUUAAUAUGAUAGUUGUUAUUAUUUAUUAUUAUUAUUAUUAUAAACGAAGCAUAACAAUUGCUUUCGAUAUUCACAUAAUACCCAGUGUUUGAAAAUAAUUCAUUCAUAUAGGAACUUAUUCAUUGGAUUUCAUUGGUUUAAGGAACUGCAUUCAUUUUAUUUUUAAGAAAUGAAUUCAAUGUAUGUCAGAAUACCAAAAUUUGCAAUACAUUUUAAUGAAUACCAUCCCCCGCCCCCAAAAAAGCUCUUUAAUAAUUUACAAAGUAAAUUUAUAGAAUUCGUAGUCUUUAUACGAAUUAUACCUACAUAUAGCUAUAAUCAUUCUGUAUAAUAAAAGUAGGCAUAUAAUCAGUUAUAAUAGCCAAUAAGGAAGGUUAGCAAAAGGGGAAAUAUGAAAUAAUUUCAAAUUUGAUUUAAAAUGUUGACGAAUGUGAAUGGUGUACCGUAAAAUAAAUGUUCUCUAUUCGAAUUUGUGUUCAAAAAGUGGUUUUCCUAUUCAAAAAACUAAAAUCGUGCACUUUUUUAAGGUGCAUGGAGUGUAGGUAAAAAUAAAAAGGGGGUUCCGCUUUGAUGCCGGUUUUGAAAAAUCUGAAAUUUCGGUAUCGGUUUCUUUUCGGUUUUUAAAAAAUUAGAAUUUCGGUUUUGGUUUCAAAAAAACCAAAAUUUCGGUGCCAGUUUUUAAAAUAAUAAAAAUUUAGGUUUCAGUUUCUUUUCGGUUCUUAAAAAAUGAAAACUGUUUUCUAUUUUGGUUUUAUACUUGUGUAAGAUAUUUUGGUUACAUUUCGUUGGCGUCAAUUCGGGUGGGUCAAUAACAAUUUUCUACUGCGUGCAGUACGUUAGAUAACGUCAGAUAACGAUAAUAUUAUAAUGUACACAAUCAUAACAUGCCUAGUUAUAUAUUUAAAAUAACCAUAUUUUCAGAAUUUUAUUGCUUGUUAUUGUGGCAACUAGAAAAUCUAUGGCCCGUUAUACACGAGCGAUAUUUCAUCGUACGAAAAUAUUAUCAUACGAUGUUUAUAAAUAGAGCUGUUCACACGAUCACGAUAAAAUUUCGUACGAUUAUCUUUCGUACGACACCUCGAAAACUGUCGGAUGCACUUUAAUAUUCCAGACGAUAAGAAUAUCGUACGACUAAAAUAUUUCAAUGAAAAUGUACAAAAAUAAAUUUGAUUAGAAUACCAACAAACGAUAAUUAUCGUUCAAUAAACCAAAAAAACAAAUUCAGUACCAUGCUAUCUUCCAACGAGUGCAACCGCUCUGACGGAGCGAAUUCGCCAUCGCUGAAAAUUUGUGAAUUUUUUUAAAAUGAUAAAAUUUGUUACUAAAAAUAUUAUAUUUACCUCAAAGUGAUUACCAAUUUUUCCGCGGGAGUGACAGAUUUUCGCUUAUUUGUGUCAUUUUUUAUCCAAAGAAUGUUGUAAUUAGUUCAUCAAAUGCAGAUACUGUCAUUCGGAAAUAAUUAAAAAAUUUCCUCUGAUCUCUCCUGAGACCGUGAAAAUUUAUUGUAAAUGCGCCUUCUGAUAAGCGAGUACUUAAUAAGGAAUGAACCAAACAUUUUUGAUUUUUCUGUUUAUUUUAUUUUUUUUAUUAGUAAAUUAUAAUCCAUAUAUAGAGUGACAAUGUUAUCCAUUGUAGUGUAUAUUUAGAUGUAUAUUGAAUUAUUAAAAAAAUAAAAAAUCCUGUACCACAAUCACUGUAUUUGCAGACGUGUGUCUUGUAUAAAUGUAGAAUUUGACAAAUGUCAAAAUCACAUAGUAUCGUAUGAUGAAAUAUCGCUCGUGUGUAACGGGCCUAUAGGUACAUAAAAUGCAGAAAAUAAUGAUUUUUAUUUUUGUUGGGAUUUUCUAAUCAAAAAUAAAAAGGCAUGGAUUGCGGUUAAGUUCUGGUUUUUAAAUGAAUUUAAUACCGAUUAAAGUGCAUCUGCAUUAUGGUUCCGGUUCCAAAACCGGUUGUUUUCGGUACGGUUCCAGUCCCAGAACCGAAUUCACUUAAAAUCCUCCGGGAUUGUUGCCGGUGCAUGAUAACAUAAAAAAUCACUCUGCGUGUGAUUUAGGUAUACAGAUAAUGUUACGCACGAACGUCGCACGUUCGUUUCAUGAAUAAAAUACUAUCCAACGCGCGGGCACCGCGGACACGUUUGUUCGAUACGUACGUAACACACGUAUACGUAUCGGUAUGCAUUAUACCGAUUAUGUACAAAUAUUAUUAAUAAUAUGACAUUUUACGCCUACGCGCGUACAACGAGAGCAGCGAAAAAUGUAUUGUUGGUUUUUUUUCGCAGUAAACCCCCGUGGUAUUAUGUACACACACACGGUACGUUAUCGUCUGAGCGCGUUCCGUUGUCGUUUCGAAAAGCGACCGGCAAAAAUCCGAGUGCGCAUUUGUGCUUUUAUUUAAUAUAUUUUCAUUUUUUUUUUUUCCAUUAUGUGCGCGCCCGCUGCAGCCGCGGGCGGACGGACGUAAUGCGGCGGCGCGUGAGCCGCAGUCUAAAAUAAUAAUAACCGACUUUAAUGCAUUUCGCUACGGGGCGAAGUAUUAUUAUUAUUAUUAUUUUUACGCGCACGGCCGAGUGUACGGUAUUACAGGUACAGAAUAAUAAUAAUUAUAUUUCACGGCGAAAAAAGGCAAGUAAAAAAAAAAAAGAGACGGACGUAUUCGCACGUGAGCGGGCCACUGUUUCGGGCGAGGAGGAGUUGGGGAGAGUUGGGGGAAAACUCAAUGAACAUCUGUGCGCUGCGAUUAUUGACCAUUGCCAACGAAAAACGGUUCUGAGCGAAGUUCGGUUCAUAGUGUUGCUUUGUCGACGAUAUACAAUAUUAUGUUGCAUUACGGUAAAAUAAUUGCAUACUAUGCGUUCUAUAUUCUCUUUAACAAUAAUAUUUUCCCGUUUUUUUUCCCAUUUAUCAGGAAAAUUCCCGGGGAAAUUAUAAAACGGCCCCUCUAAAGUACCUCCCUAGUCAGAUUUACUUUUAGAAAAAGCGCUAUCGUUGUAAAUCCGAGCAAAAUUACUGGUAUAGAAAAGUUGUCCGCAGAAAAAAAAGAAAUAAACAUCACUGUAAAAUCACUACAUUUCUAAUUUAUAAUAUUAUUACCAUAGGUAUAUAUAUAUACAAGUAUACACAGGUACAGGUAUAUAUACCUAUUGUAUAUAUAUAUAUAAUAUUUUUACACGGGGAAAUAUACCGAAUGCGGUAGUACACGCGGAUUACGCCGCCGUUACGGUAAUGAAAUCCGUUAUAAUAUUAUUGAAAAAUGUAUGGGCGGCAAGCGCGCGUGGGACUAACCGAGCGUAUUAAAGGUAUUUUUUUUUACUAUUAUUAUUAUUAAAGGCGCAUUUCAUUUUUUUUUUUUUUUUUUACGAGAUUUACACACGUAAUAUUACCGAGAACACGGUCAACUUGCUUACAGAUAUACCUACGCAUUGUCGUAGAGGUUACACGCCGCCCAAACACGGUGCAGUUCUACAUACGUACACACGUAAAGAUAAAUAUACGAAAAAAGUUAUCAACGUGCAAACAUGAUAAUAUCACCUACAUAUUAAGCGCAGACCGUAUACUAAUUAACGAGCUUUGUGUAUAUAUUGCGUGCAAUACGAGCAGCGGUCGGACACAGGACAGUGAUGCAGUAAAGCUCGACGUUAGGUACGCCACUCCGUACGAUUGUUAUUAGGUACUGUACGAUAUAAUCGCGUUGCACGUGAUCAAGAAUUUGUUGACAACUGUAAUACGGUUUUUAUGUUUUUAAGGUUGUUACGAUUUUUCUAAAAUGUUGAAUGCAUCUGCAUUUUUGAUAUUAUCUAUAUUAACAUUCUUGUAUGAUUUCAAACAUGUUGAUCAGUUCCGAAAUACUGAAACAAACCCCACAAUUUGUGUUUCAUUUUUAUUGUUAAAAAUUUUUUUAGAUAUUGUUAAUGAUUACUAAAACCAACAUUCAUUUAUAAAAUAUAUGAUAAUUUAUUACACACUGGAUAAAAUAAUGUGAUAGGAUAUGUAAUUUUACGAUCGUUCAGCCACUAAAAAGCGUCAUCUGUAUUUGACUCUUCUAUUAAUAUGAAGCCUAUGAUAAUAAGAUAAAUAAAUUACUAGAAUAGUAUUUUAAUCGGUGCCUUUUUAUCUAAUAUAAAUAAAACAAAAGAAAAAAUUGUGUUCGUUAUACCUAUCAUAAAACUAAGCGUUAAUAGUAGAAAAAGUCAUUGCGAAAAUUGUAUGCGAUUUAUGUAGAGGCGGACUGACUAGGACACAGGCCAGUCCGCAGUUUAUAAUUUUAAGCCGAGAGUCAACUUUUACCAAAACUAUUAAUGAAAAUAGCAAAAUAAAUUUUUCAUAAAAAAAAUAUUAGUAUUAUCUAUAUAUGAUAAAACAAAUAACAUUUAGAUAAGUAAAUAACUACAGCAAAUCAUAGCCGCUAAAGCCCCGUUAUAAUAUUAAAUAAAUGUGAUUGACAGGUCUCUGCCGCUGCAUUGAAAAAGCUUCAGAUAAUCAAAGAGGUAACACAAAAUUGAAGUAUAAGUGCCAAAAGUUCAAAUUAUUUAAACAAAUUGUUUACAUUUUAAUGACAAUUAUAACUCACUGAAAUUGCAUGGUCACGUAGUAGUUUCGAAAAAUCCAUAACACAGGGACUCAUAAAGAAAGGAUCUCCCGUACCAUGCACCCUUUUACGUUUGUUUUGCUGACAGAUGACAGACCAGUCUGCUCCUGCAUUCAUGUAUAACCGAACAGCAUUUAAUAUUUAUUAAAGCAUAUUAAUAAAUAUAUAUUAUGAUAUUAUUACAUAAAUUAGGAUUAUCUUAACGAUUCAAUUAUUUGAAUCGGAUAAUGUAAUGCUCAUUUAUCUAGAGAGAAUGAAAGAUAAAAAACAUAUACUUAGUUCAUUCAGUUAAAACACAACACUGGUUGUGUAUAUGGAGUUAUGUGUGCAGCUGAAAAUGUGUUAAUAAAAGAGCAACAAGCCUAAGAGACAAUAUUAUUGUGUUACAUUAUGCAGUUCACACCGUGCGUGGCCUUUAAAGGUUUGCCCGUGAGGGAGGGGGGAAUCAUAGAAAUAUAACAUAAACGUCAAAGACAUAAUGUAAAAUAUGUACGAUUUAUUUUAUAAUUUAUAAACGCUAUACUAGAUAUAGAGUGAAACAAGACAUAAGAGCGUUUGGCGGAUCAUUAUAAGAUUAGAGGUUUCAUUUGAAGACAGUCACGACGGAGAAGUUUAGAGAAGGCUUUUGAAGCAAACAAAUUGUACUCUCCUAAUCAUUACCUUUCUACAAUAAACUUUUACGUGAGGAAAACUCGAAAAAAAAAAAAAUUUCAAUCGAAAUUUUAAUAUUCUAUUAGACAAUGAGAUAAAACCCGACGUACACGAAAGCAUAUAAAUAUAUAAUAUUUUCAGCGAGAAAAUUCGCAUUACUGCAAUAUUCAUCUUUACGUUUAUAAUACGUAAAUCCAACACAUAAAGCACUACAGAUACGGUAUAACACAGAAUAAUACCAUUAUUAUUCCGUAUAAUGUUUAUUUAGACCGCUGUUUAUUAUUAUUGUUCAUUUACAUCGGAGAUUUGAACUAAAAGAGACGGUUUCGUACGAAUGCAUAGGACGGGGAUUCAGAGAAUUGUUUCCCGAGUUUUCGUUCCUCGUGCGCAUAAAAUAACACGGCAUUAUUAUUACGGUCAACGUAUUAACGAAAAAGUGAAAAUCUCAAAGAGCGUGUUAUUAAUGCAAGGUCGGUAGAUUGGUUACGUGUAUUUUUUCGGUAAUUUUCGAACUUCUGACAUAAACACGAAUAUUCCUGUUUAAAAAUUGAAUAUUUAUAGACUCUAUGACGAAAAUGUCGACAGUAUUUUAGUAUGGAAAAUAAAUAAAAACUAAUCAAAAAGAAUGAAUUGUAUUCACAAAUAAAUGUUACAUAUUACAACACAAUAUAAUAAAAUAUUUCUUUAUACCAAAGUUAAUAGUUUUAUUUAAAAUUUAGCGAGUUUAUUAAAGCUGAAAUAACUUUAUAAUACACGAGUAUGACAGUAUGUAUAGGUAAUAAAACGAUCCUAUUUAUGGUUAAUAAAAUAAUAUUUUUAUCCUUAUCGCAUAAAAUAGGCGCAUUAAGGUAUUGCGGGGCAUAGUUAGUUAGCUAUAUAUAAGUAAGUUGACCUAGUCGAAUUUAAUACUUGAGUUUUUAUGUUGGAGACACGUGUUGUACUAUACUGAUAUUUUAGUGUGUGUAUCAUUUUUUAUCGUCAUAAUGUAUUAUAGCGUGAUAAUAAAGACGGUUUUUUGUUAUCAACGUGAAAAAUAUUAUUUUCAAUUCGUAACCGCAUUUUGCGACGCCUUUUUGAGUACAAAAAAGGAAUAACUAUAAGACAAUUCUGAAAAGUUUCUACUCGAGAUAAUUUUAUGUAUGUAGUAUUUUUUAGCGGCGCAGUGUAAAAAUGAUCAAAUUGUCGUUUGGGGAUUGUUGGCCUGCAUAUUCUAUUUGUUUAGAUUUGUAUUAAUUUACAUGAUUUGACCAGGAAGACUAAAAGAGGAGAGACUACAAAUUUAUAUAAUAUUUGCGUAAUUUCAAAUUUAUAUUACAAUAACGUGAAAUAGCAUAAAUACAAAUAUUUUACUUUACACUUUUGCACUUCAUUAAUGAUAAUAUUAUAUUGUUUUAUUUAUUAGAAAAUAAUAAUGAAACAUGAUUCAAUUUAGUUCUAAAAGUGCAGCAAAUUACGUUAUAUAUGUUUAUUAUGUAAAUUUUUAAUUUUUAAUAACGAAUGUAAACGAAUAUAAACAAGUGCAGUUAAAUGUUUCUGCGUGGGAAACUCUGCUCCUUUAAAGAGGCGCAGGUUGGCGUAAUUAUUAUUUACUUUGUACAUUCGGCUUGGCCAAUUUUCGAAUAAAUAUUAAUAAUAUGGUAAUUAAAACUAAAUGGAUGUACGUGUGUACCCUGUACGUGUUUACGAAUACAAUAUCGAUUCAGUUUCAGUUUAAAGCAACGAAAUUCAACGGAUUAAAAAUUAAAAUACUAGUCUCACUGUCCGCUUGAAAUAUUUAAUAUUUCAGGUAUUUGCCUAUUAAAUCAAUAACGGUUAAUUUAAAUUUUUAAAAAAAAAACCACUGUCGUUUUUAAAACGUUAAGGAUUAGUUAAAAAAAAAAAAAGAAAAAAACGAAAAGAAAAGAAAAGAAAACCCCUUGGCUAUCGAUUAUGAGAUACCAUUUCUGUAUUAUAUAAUAUAAUAAUUAUAGAUUAUUUUUCCGUCGGUUUAUGACGAAUUUUAAUUAGCAAUUCUAUCGAAAACGGUAAUGGAAUUUCGCCAGUUUUAUUCAAUUCUCCGUGCUUUUGUAUAAUUACACAGUAUAGUAAUUAAAAUAAAACUUAAUUGUCAAUUUAAAUUAUUUGUUUAAAAACGGUUACAAAAAAAUAGCGAACGGAAAAGUGCAAAAGUUCACAAACAUUAUACAGAAUUUCAUUUUAUAAUAUAUGUAUAGUUUCUUCUCGUUUUUUUUUUUUUUUUUUUCGGAAAAUAAUGAAAAUACCGCCGCGCUUCCGUUAUGCGUAUUUUCGAAUUUAAUCAAAAUAUAAAUAUAUCAUCAAAUGAAAACCGGGGCGGAACUGCUACGGUUUUACAACUCUGAAAUGCAGUAUACUUUCGAACUCGCAUUUAUAAAGAUUUCACAGGAUAUUGUAUGAUAUUAUAAACAUUUCCUUUUCCGAGAUAUUAAAUAUUUCCCUUUGCCGGGUUAUUAAAUACCGUAUACCAGCCAGUCAUUUCCUUGUUCAGUGAAAUAAUAUAUUAUAUUAAGAAAGUAUACGCGUAUUUCCUCUUUUUUUUUUCCACCCCGGCUGUAAGAAAAUAAUAUAAUAUAAUAUUUAUUUUAUUGUAUCGCUAUAUUUCCGACGAGACAUUUAUGCGAGACCUGCAAUAAUAAUCAUAUUAUAUUAUCAGUGGCGCGACCGAGAUUAAUUUCCGGGUUAUGAAUUCCAAAUGUAUUUCCGAACCGGUUGUCGGGAACAAAACACAUUAUUAAACACCGCAUUGUAGUGCGCGGAUGCGUACGCGUAUUAAGCAGAAUUCGGAAACCAAGGGUUAAAUAGGAUUAUUUCGGAUGGGAAGAAUGGUAAAUGAAAUUGUUUAAAAAUGUGUAUAGAAACCCGAAAGUACGCCCGUGUCUGAGGUUUCGCUCACUCGUCUUUAUGGAAAAAAAAAAAAAAUAAUAACUGAAGUCAAUAAUACUUAAUUGAAUACUUAAAAAUAAUAUUAAUCUACUGUAAUCUUGCAUAAUAAAUAUAAAGAGAAAUUAAAAUUCUGACUCAUUGUGUUUCUUAAGUGUGCCUUUAUCCAUUUUAAAGUGGGAAAUUAUCUUUCCGACGUAUUAGUCGAUAAUGUAACGCUAAGAGUAUUACAACGAUCACAAUAUAAUACGGUCCAUAGUAAUGAGGCGACUAUAGCGACGGAAUUUUCGGGAAGGUACCGCAAAUCAAACUCGACCGCUGCAGCAUUAAUACAAUGUUACAUUGAAUAAUUUUUAUGCAACUCUAAAAGUUUUAAGUAUCUCCUGAUAUUCCGCGAUUAGAAUAAGUUUUAAUUUCAAGCCGUUUAAACGCCAUACUCGAUUAGAAAUAUUUGCAGUUGAUACAGGAGACGUUUGAAACUUUUAAUGACAUCUUUGUUAUACUACGAUGACAUACCAUUGUCAUAUUGGUUAAGGUAACCCAUUACGGCUGGUACGCUCCGGUUUCCAUAUAAACCUUAUUUAUAUGCAUCCAUUAAAUCCAAUCAACUUUAUUCGUAUAUUGAAUCAAUUCGAAUUGGUACGCAAGCAUACAUGCACGUCUAAAACAAGUAUAAUACACUUCCACCAAACCAAUUUGAGUUGCAACGUUUACGUGCACGGUUUAAAUCGAUUCACCUUCAUUCGAAUUUAUAAUGUCGCAAAAUAAUAAAAACAAUAUAAUAUUAUUACGAUUUCAAUUCUUCAAUAACUGAUAACGUUUAUUGUUACACCUUAUCGCGAGUACCCGCCGCAAUCCCGAUUCGGUUGUCGUAGUGUGUAUCCGUUUACACGCAUUUUGUACUCUCGUAGUCAUUUCCAACGCGCAUUUAAAAUGCGAAUAACUAAACCGUUUCGGUCAAACCGAAUUGAAAUGAAACCGUUUUAACAGCCGUUUACGUGCAUCUAACCCCAGGAGUGUUAACUAAUGCGAAUUGAGUCGAAACGGUUUUAGCCGUGCACGCAACCGCGGUAAUAGUUGAUAGUUUUUUCGAUAUGAAAAUGUAAAUACAGGACUUGAUAAAAUGACAAAAAUGUCGCCGGGAGUCAACUGUUCAGGAAUACUCGAGCCCGUUAGGUCCAUCACCUCGGAUGUAUCCUUGGUCGGUAAUAGAAUCCCAUUUUCGGAGCGGGUAGGUUAUGCGCGUGUGAUUGCCCCGUCGGUUAUUAUUACUAUUGUUACCGUUAUUACCCUGUGACGUAACAUUAUUAUUUAUUACAAUAAUAGUUAUGAUAUUUUGUAAAAAUAAGCGCGCUGAAGAAUAGUGCGCACGGCGACAUAAUAGGUAUACAUCCUACGCAAUACGGGCGUUAUCCGUUUUUUCCAGACGGAUUAUACGCGUUUAAACGAGCGUUCUCGCGGUGGUUUUAGCGAUCUCGUAUAUUACACGAUAUACGUUUUAUAAGUACGCGUUAUACAAAGUGUGGGUGUACAUUAUAGUUUGAAACGAGAGAGAGAGAGAGACAGAAAAAAAAAAAAUCACCUCGCAUCAGACGCCUCGUCCGCUACCGAAGCAAUAUAUUAUGUAUAAUAUUAUUUAUCUACGAGAGAAUCUAUCCUAUUGUUUGCUUCCCGCUAUAAACUGUAUGUAUAUAACAGCAUAUGCAUAUUGCAUGCAAUAAUGUACACAGUACGUUAUUAUUAUUAUUAUUAUUAUUGUUAAUAUAAAGGCGUAUAAUAUAACAAUAUGCUGUGCCGCGUGUAUUGUACGCGUAUCUAUACACGUAUAGGUAUAUUCAUUACGCCUUAUAUAUAUAUAUAUAAGGCGGAUCUAUAAGGGGUUCAUAUAAACGGGGGUACGGCGCGAUUCGUGUCCACGAAACUGGGUUAAAAAAUAUCGAUUUUCAUUUGCUUAGUCGAGCCGUGUGCUCUCUCGGGAGUAUUUGAUACGUGUAUUAUACGCGCGCACACACACACACACGCACACACACGCAAACACACGCACACACACGCGCGCGCGCGCACACUUCGGACUCUCUCGCGGUUCGGGCGACAAAAGUAAGAUGAUAUUUACCGCGUUAUAAUGUGCGGCAAGACCGGAGCGCUGGCAGCGAAACGCGCGUUUGCGAAUAUUGCGAAUGUCUAGAGAACUCAAUAUACAUUCGGUUUCUCACUUUAUGACGUGCGGUUUUUUUAUUUUGCUUCCAUUUCCCCCCCCCCCCCCCCCCCCUUCCGGUCUGUUGAUAACGUUUCUAACGGGUAAUCUCGUUCCGAUCGUCUCUUCGUGGCACGAAUAUUUUUUCCAAACCGUUAUAAUUGGCGCAGUGCUCUUAUUUCGAAUAUUUUUUUAGUUUUUUAAAUAAUCGAGAAAACCGGAAAAUUUACGUAAUAGCCGGUUUCCGUUAUUUUCGGUUUUGUUUUUUGUCGAAUUUUCCUCGAAAAUACAGACUAUUGUACUGUACCGUGUCUGAUUUCUAUAUGUUAUACACGUAUACAAAUGUGUACGUAUUUAUUUUUCCUGUUACUUUUAGACACUUUUAGCGGCUGGCCGAAUUUCGUCCAGAGUCGUAAUUCAUUAAUGAUCAAUAAUCAUCGUUUGCAAACAAAUAUAAAUUAAAUUACUUUGGAUAUCCUUUCUACCGAAACUUUUGAAAAUUCGGAGAUCUUUGAAAACUUGCCACGAUCUUCUGUUAGGGUUCUCUUUUUACGUGUUCCCCAGUCACAAAAUCCGUCUGGAAAAAUAAAAAUAAAUUCAAAAUUAACAGAGAGAUAUAAAAGUCCGUUGAACACGGCGAGACACACUGUUUAUUAUCAUGUAGGUACAUUUUUACAUAGAAGUAGGUACUCGUAUAUAUUAUAUACACGCAUGCGCAUAAUAAUUAUAAUUUUCUCCGAGCGUACGAUAGCAGGGAUAUUUUUUUUGUUAGGCGUAACUAUUUCAAACAACUUACGGGCAACUCAGUUUUGUUGUUGUUAUCAGUAUAAUAUUAUAAUAACUAUGUAUAAAAGGCGGCCGACUUCUAUUAUUGAAUUACUUUAUAAUGAGGUGUGCUGUAUAUGCAUACAGGUAUGAACUUUGAACUUUGUAGAACUUUGAGAAUGAAAUCUGUAAAACUAAAUUCUAUCAAAUUAUACACUUGCGUAUACCUGCUCGUUAUAGUGCCGUGAGAUACGAUGUAACUAUUAUAAAUGAACUAAAUUACAAUUCAUCGUUAUAAAAUAGAUUUUACCGUUGUAGCAUUUUUAAUAUAGCGUUAUAGAACAUGUAUUCAACAUUGUUAUUCAUUUAAAAAUAAUAGUAUUGUACAUUUUUAAAAGUGAACUGACAAAAUUACGAUUAUUAAUUAGGCGUAUAAAUAAUUGAAAAAAAAAAAAAAAAACAUCAUAGAAAAAACCAAUACAUUUCUCGUCGCACUGAAGAAAAAAAUAAUUCACGGUUAAAUCUUUGGUCCCAGGAAACUACAGGGCUUAUGACAAUAUUCUGUAUAGUUUUCUAUUCAAACACAUUCAAUUUUGAAAAUAUAUAUAUAAGUGUAUAUAAACUUAUACGCCAAUACACAACAUAAUAUAAUGAUUAUGAAAAUACAUACACUUAUGUAAUAAUUUAGGCCGACAAAUAAAGGAAAACAAAUUGCAUUAGACAAAAUUUAAAAAAAAAAACAUGACAAAAAUAACUUUUUAUUUAUUCACUUUAGAAAAUUUUCAAAAUAACCAUUUUGUAAAAAAUAUUAUUAUAAAAAUUUGAAUGCAUCAUACAUUCAUAUCUGAUUAAUAUUUUCUCAACUAUGGCCGUUUUAAUUUGUAGAAAAUAAGCGUGAAAACAAUUAAAACGGUUAUAACUAAGAAAAUAUUUAUCAAAUAUGAAUAUGUGAUACGUUAAAAUUGUUUGAAUAAUAUUUUUUACAAAAUGUUUAUUUUGAAAAUUUUUUCAAGUGAAUAGAUAAAAUUAUUAUUAUUUUUGUCUUUAGGAGAUGCAAAUAAAAAUUGUGUGUGUUGAAUAUACUGAUAUAAAUUUUACACCAAUAGCGAAUUUACGUCAUCUCCGCUAUAGGCCAACGUAUAGAAUGACAAUUUUAGGAGAGGGGUCCUCGUUUAUUUUCUAAUUUUGCAAUGUCCAAUUAGAUAUUUAGUUUGUAUAUGCCAUUAUGGACAUUGCGGUACAGUUUGAUUAACGUGUUCAUCAUAUUAUACGUUAUAUUUUUCUUUUUCGUUUAAGUCCUUAAACUUUGACACAACUCAAACGAUUAUGGAAAUAAUUGUAAAAAUCAAUAUUAUUCAAUAUAUAAUGUACAGUAUUAUUCGGUAGCUGUGAAAGCAGGAAAAUAAAAAAAAAAUAAUUGCUAUGAUGUUAUAAAUUGGUGUUUGUUUAGAGUGUGAAGUAUUUACAUUUGAAACGAGUCGAGGGUUCGAGCCUUUAAAUAUAAGUUGACAGGUGAAACGAUAUACGAAGUGCUGAAAUAAUAAAUACCUAUAUUUUUUUUUUUUAUUUAUUGUUAUUUCAAACUAACUACCGACCGUAUUAUAGUUUUGGGCUUGAAAAUAAAAGCUCUUAUUUCCGCACUUUAAAUGCUAUAGUUUUGUACACGCCAAUAAUUAGAAAACAUAAUUGAUGUCAGCUCUUAAUUAAGUCGUGUUCGUACUUUAUUUUUUCCCCGUCGAAGUUAAAAUAAACAUAAAUGUCAUUUAAAACUUUAAAUUAAGUUUGUGUUUAUAACUCUCGCUAACUCGAUUGUGCAGUUUCAAUUCUAGAGAAAGGUAAGAUAAACGUUAUAAAAUUUAGUUCGCAUCCUUAUUGUGCCGAGCAGAUACAUACUUAUAAUUUGAUCGUUUGCGCUGUGACAAUUGAAAAGGGUACAAGUUCAUACGAUGGUGUCCUAUAAUAUAUUAUUAUGUCCACACUUUAUGACGAACAUGUAUCACAUUUUAAUACACUUAUGCACUCGUGUGCCAUGCGUUUAUACAUCCUUCUCCUUUUGAUCUGCUUUAACCCCAUAUAGACACCGCGUAACUUUUCUGAGUGUAUAAUUUCACCACACUGCAACGUCGACGAAGUGGAUAUUAUUAUCAAUUAUAUAUCUCGACCAUAAAAGGUUUUACAGCGGGUAUUUUUAGAAGUAGAACAAACUGGAAGUGUCGAACCGGGUUGCCAAACAAACAAUUUCAAGACUAAUGUGUAGAUAGAUAUACGGAUACGAUAACAUUAUAACUGCCAAAUAUGUUAUCGAGGUGCAAUAGUACGGAGUCCUUGAUACGCAGAGCCUAUAAAAUAUUAAUGCGAUUACUGGCCCAGGGUUAACUCAUUUUCGGGAGCCCCAAAUUGUUUAUAAAAAUUAAAUACAAUUUUCAUUAAUACCUUAUACCAUAUAUGUUUAUUUAUAUUUAGUCGUUUUUAAAUAUUGUAGAUAUUUAUAUUAAUUUUGUAAAAACUGUAUUAUCGUUUUAUUUUUUUUUUUUUAAUAUAAACAACAUUUUUAUUAGAAAAUUUGUUCAGGUUUUCAAUUAUAGCAUCUAUUCAAAAAAACAUUAUGUCUAGUUGGUGCAAUAGGAAGUCAUUUUUAGAUUUCCGAAAUAGUUUUCUUAAUUAUUUGAGAAAACCAGGAAAAAAGCAUGUAAAAUGGGAAAAUCAUAGAAAUAUGAAAUUUUCAAAAAAUAUUAAUAGUGACCUAUUCUAGAUGUCAAAUUUUUUAAAAAAUUCUUGUAAUUUUUAGUUAUUCAUAAAUAUCUGACGUUAUAGAGGUUUUUCUUAGUUUUUAUUUAGUUUUAUGUGGUAAAAAUUAUUGUUUCGAUACAAUAUUUGAACAUUUUACGGUUCAUCAUAAGUUGUACUUAGAGAUAAAAUACAAAUUGAGCGUAAUUAAGUUAUUUCUUUUUAUGAAAUUCGUAAAAUCCCGAUAUUUCAAAACGUAUUCAACCGAACUUUGCUCGUAAUUGUAUUCCAUUAGCAAUGAUUUAUCGUUACACACAGAUAUACGUUUUAGAUAACUGCGUAUUAAUCCUACCUUCUAAAGUUCUCACAUUCUACAAUAUCGAUACACCUGUCAACAUUUUUCAAAAUUGUAAUUAUUUGAGUUGUAUUAUUAUUAAUGAAAAAAUUGCAGACAAUUUAGAAUUCCGACAUUUGUCUGGGGCACCAUUUGUUGAGAGGCUCUGAUAAUGAUAGGUCCAUUACAAGAGGGUGAAUCAAUAAUUAAUUAUCUAGGCAGUGCGUCAUAGCGUCAAGGUUAAAAUAAAAACGUUUCGUUGGUUUUAAUGUUUUUCGAGUGAGGGACAGGCCCACCUCUUGACCUCCUCCCCCUAUGGGCGCUCAUAUAUUAUCCGCGCUAACGAUAUAAUAUUUUUUUUUUAGUGACGGUUGCGUUGUGUGUAAUAAUAAUCGAUUAUCGCACGUGUUUUACAGGUUUGCCGGAACCCACAGUAAUCGACCCUGACCCGUUGAGUCUGGACUUGAGCCACCUGAGCGCCGAGGAACGGGCCCUGAUUCAGAACGUGAUGGCCAAGGCGAAAAAAGAGGCCAGCGGUCCGGUAACCAUGGGAUCACAACCGGCGACGGGGUAAUAAAAGUUUUUUUUUUUUCUUUUCGUUUAAUAAAAAGUGUCAAUCAUACAAGAUGCGCAUUCGAGAUCUCGAGCAAACAAGCUAGCGUAGACGGGAACUUGUGUUUGAACAGAAAUUAGGACGGUGAUAGCAGAGUGGCAAACUUAUUUAAUUUGCCAUACCGUUUAAAUUGAAUUAUAAUCAAUUAAUUUUUGUUUAUAGUUGUAUAAACGAAUUUUGAGUGGCGGUGAAUUUUCGGGAAAAAGUAUUUUGUGUUCGCGCUUUUGUUUGUUCAAAAAACUCGGAUUAAAUUAAAUUAAACCCAAAGGACUUGAAAUAAAUUCCCGUCAAACGUAUAAAACGUUACACAAAAAUCUACUACUACCUACUCGAAACUCACUCCGUCACCGUCGCGCCGCCACAGCGGGGUUCGCGAAGAAUUAAUUUAUUUUUUUCCUUCGUCAUCAUGUCAUUACGUGUGCGAUUAAUAAUAUGAUAAAUGCCCAACCAUUGAAAGCCAAAGGUGAUUUUUUCACCUCCGCAUGACACUGUCGUUAUCUUGGAAAUUAUUAAUCCGUUUCAAGAUUUUCUUCACCCGGGUAUUAAAUAUUACACUGCCUAUAGUAUAUUGAUCUUCGUGGUUUCGAUGAGCCCCUACGUGAAUUCCUCGAUACGUAGGAAAUUCAUCUCUCGCGCCGUUAUAUAACGUUCAACGGUUAUUUAAUGACGAUGCCGCACCGCCGCCAGUCGUAUCUCGGAGUUCCAAUUGAACAUAUUCGAGUCAAUCGAAAAGGCACACAUGGGUUAGUAAAGUAAAAUAUUUGAAAUUAGAAGUUACACAGAAUUAUAUCCCGUAAAUACCUUCGUGUAGCGUCAUACGACUAAUUAAAACAGAAACUCCGUUCUAUACAGCAUAAUAUCCCAAGAGUCCCGCAUCAUCCUUGGUAUCUCGGAGGCAAAUCAAUAUAAUUUUUUUUUUUUUUUAAGUAAUUAAUAAGAAAAUAAUUCUAAUUGGAUGCCAUAAAUCAUUACGCAUAAGUUUCUUUUUUUUUUUUUUUUUUAAUUAAUUAGAACGCAAUUAAAUUUUUAAAAACUUCAAGAUAAACAUUUUUUUUUUUCACUAUAUUUUUUAAAAUAAUUUAACAAACAAAAUAUUAAAAUUUACUGAAAAUCGACAAAAUUAAAUUAUAUUAAGUUUAAUAUAAACAAUUCUGUGAUCCAAUCGAGAAUGAUUAAAGAGUACGAUUCGUGUUUUCCUAAUGUAACUAUAUUAUUUUUAAAAAAUCAAAAACUUAAUAUGGUUUAACUUCGUCGAUUUUCACCCAAUUGUAAUAUAUACCUAUAAGAGUAUAUAAAAUAUAUAUAUAUAUAUAUAUAUAUAUAUAUGUACACAAAUUGAAUGUAUAAUAGAUAGCUGUAUUAUAUAUUUGUUGAAAACUAUUUAAAAUAAAUAUGAUCAAAAAAAAAAAAAAAUGACUAUUUGAAAAUAUAAAAACUGAAUUGCAUCAAAACAUGUUUAAACUUAUGCUAGCCUAAACUAACUUAAAAAAGAAAAACCGGAAUUUAAAUAUAUUGAUUUUUUUCACGAAGGUACUGUUAAGGGGGAUACUUUUGAAGUCUUUUGGGACUUGCUGCAUAACAUUGCAUAUAUUGGUGACUGGCUAGUAAAUAAUAUAUACGUAGAUGUAGGUACAAGUGAUGAGAAAAUUCAAAAAAGCGUGAAGUAAUAUCUAAAAGUAAUAUAAAAGCUUAUAUCAUUGAUAAUAACUGGAUCGUCGAAUAAAACCAAUAAAAAAAAAAUCACCGUAAUUCGUAUCAAUAUUACACCGUGGUGUUGGACUGAUGUCAUUGCUUAUGCAACGAAUAAAUAACAUACCUACCUCGUACAAUUUGGUACUAGAGGUUGUCCGGACAAAAUCCCACGGGACAAAAUCUCACCAGGACGAAAUCCCGCAAUAAAAUAAAUAAGUAAAUAAAUAAAUAAAACACACACCACAGUAUUUUACAAAUACAUCCCUCGCUACGCUCCAAAUAUAAAACAAACAAAUAAAGCAGACGUAACAAACUAAAAAUGUAUCUUAAUUGUAUUUUAAUUACAUACAGGGUGUUUCAUGAAGAUAAACACAUUGCAAUAUCUCCUGAGAUAAUAAAGAUAAUCAAAUUCUGUUUUUGUUUUAUUACUUGUAGAGAUACGAACUACAAAUGUUUAUAUUUAAAAUAAAUUUGUAUAUUUUGCUAAAAAAAAUUAAAAAAAAGCUCUUAAAUUAGUUUAUUCCGGAGGAUAGUGCGAAGAAGGCGUUCCAAACUUUGUUUGAGAGUGAAUUCUAUAAAAAUAUGAGCCAGAAUUUGCUUCUCUCCUUAAUUACUUCGAAGAUACUUGAAUGAAGAUUCAAGAUAGGCGUAGACGGCGGCGCAGUCCACUGUUUUCUCUUUAUAUUUGGAAUUGUUUUAAUAAUGUGUUAGCAGACCUCCCUCGAACAAAUAAUGGUGUUGAAGGAUGGCAAAAUACUUUAUAUUCACUCCUACAUGCUGCGCAUCCUUUUAUUUUAAAAGUAAUAAAUGCAUUCAAACGAAACUAAAAUCUUACGAGGGUGAACAUGGGAAGUUUUAGUCAGGGGGAGGAAAAUGCUUUUUAGAAGAAACGUUAUUAACACUUAAAUUCAAGAAUAGAGUCCAUCUAUCAUCUAUUAUCGGAGUAUAAUAUUCGAUUGUAAAUAACAAAGAACAUAUUAUUAUAAAACUAUGAUAAAAUAUAAAAUAGUAAAAAUAUAAAAAUUGUAUGAAAAUGGCUUUAAUAUAAGAGAGGACUUAAUAUAUAGAAUAGAUUCGUUGAAAUAAAUAAAAUAGUUUACAAUUUGUUAAUUUUCUCUUUAAAUAUAAUGGGUUUACGAAAAUUAAUAAUGGACAUUUUUUUUUUUUUUUAUAGAAAUGUCUAUGUAUAAUGAUUAGGGUUCAACACAUUUUUGUGAUUAAUGUAAUAGAUUUUGAAACAAAAAGUAAAAAUCAAGGAAACUACCCCUUUGGUAAUUUUACAACACUCUUAUGACAAGUAAUAAAUUGCCUAUCUAAGACCCUUCUCUACUCCUCUGGUCUAAACUUUAAACUGUUAUAACUCAUAAAAGGUAAAUCUGAUAUUAGUGUUAUGCAUAUCAAAAUGUCUAGACAAAUAUAGUUUAUUCAAAUCACUAUUCAAAAAGGGGGGGAUUCCUUUUCGAAAAUUUAAAAGCAUGCACUUAUUUAGGGUAUAUGGAGUAGGGGUAAAAAAUUAAAAAUGGUUUUAAAAUAAAGGUUAAACAAUCCCAUAAAGAUUAGAAAAACAGAAAUCAAAUUCACUUAAAAUUCUCUGAGAUAGUUGCUGGUUCAUCAUAAAAAAAUUCACCCUGUAUAUAGAUAUAUAUAUAUAUGUAUAUUUAUAUAUCAUUGGUACAGUCGAAUAUCGUACGGUUUAUUUAAUUUCUAUUAUUCAGAACAUUCAAAGCAGGUCUUAAAAAGGUCAAACCAUGGACACAUUUGAAUUAAUGUAAUUAAUUAAUUUUUCUUUAUUUGCUGACAGAAGUGGAUCGAGGACAAGAUAACAGGGGAGGGAGCGAUUAUUCCUACCGCUCCCCUGAAUGCGUUACUGUUUGAUGAUCACUCGUUUAGUUUACAAACAAGGGUUACUGAUAAAAUUUGGUUGUGUGGCAGAAAUUGUUUUCAAAAUUAAAUGAAGUAAAUGUAUCAAUAUAAGAAAAAACUAAGUUUUAAACCUAUAGUUUUCAGUGAGGAUAACAAAAUUCGAACUUUAAAAAAAAAAAAAUUAAAAAAAAUAGAAUUUAAUUGGAUUGAGUCUGCAGGUUUCUGACGUGUAAUAGACAGUUUUACUUUGUUCAAAGAAUAUUUAGAAGCAGUUAAGAUAAACAUUGAACAAUUUGAUAAAAUUUACAACGAAUUUGACAUUCUUGAUUUCUGUUGUUCUGCAGAAUAUUUUUAGGAAUAUACAGGCUCCAUGAACAAAAAAGUUUUACAACUGCUGAUUUAUAUUUUAAUAUAUUUAGUAGGAAACUAACGCUGGGUCUAGAAACUUGAAAAUCUGUACAGAGGUUCCUUAUACAAUGUUGGCAACUCCUACGAAAGGUUUUUUUUCAAAAUUCAACUACCGCUAAAGGGUCAAAUGAGAUUAAAAAGUUUAAUUCACUUAAUAACCCAAAACUUCGUACAACAAAGCUAUCAAAUAAAUAGUUUUUGGCUGAUUUAGGAAAUUCAACCCCCGAGGGGUUGAAAAGGGAUUUCAAAGUUAAUGUAAGAAUAUUAACUUUUGGUCAAGUUCAUUAUACACAUUUAAUUUACAUCAAUAACCUAUUUACCUUUCACAAAUCCCGUACAGAGUUGAAAGUUAUAAAAGUCUACCGGGCGAAAUUUCCAAUCUGUGCACAUCAAGUAGAAUACUAUUACCGUGAAAAAUGAAAACGGUACCAUAAAAAGCAAACGAACUGAAAUCUGGCGGUGACGGUGACGAAAAACUCUAUGACUGGGCCAAAAUCAUAAUUAUCUCAUAUAUAUAUCUCUUAUAUCACACGUUACCAUACGGAGUGUUAUCGCUGUCGAAGUGGCGUCUGUGUGAGCUAUGAGCGCUAUCAGUCAACCACCCGAUUUUUAUUCUGAAAUAGUUUGAUUUUAUACGCAAUUCCAAUAUAAUUGUUCAAUAUUUAAUAUUUAAUUUAGAUAAUUGCAUUUUUAUGUUCACGUAGUUAUAUUUAUAUGAAAUAUAUGAAAAACCAUAAUUUUCCUUGUGAUGUACAAUGUACAUGUUAAAAUCGGAUUAUUGAUCGCUAGCGCUCAUAGUUCACGUAAACGUCACUUUGACAAAGCGAACGCAUAACCGCGCGCUUUAACCUGCGUAGAUAACGUGUAACCAAAACGUAUGGACAACAAAUUGAAUACCCACGUCGCCAAUUUUUUAUCAUUAUCGUUCAUCCGUGCCCCGUUAUGUGCUGCGGCUGUUGCAGCGCCCCCCGUACAUUUGCUUUCGAUCGCGAAUUCGUUUCGCUAUCGGGUCCAUUGUAUUUCGAGCCAAAAAUAUGACUAGUUUUUUUUGUUUUUCACGAAGGACCACUAUGAUGUCUCACGAUAACACCGGGACGUCUGUAGACGCUAACGUUCCGUCGUACGCCGCCAACGGGAAUAAUUCUUCGUCGUCGUCCGGCCAUGAUUCCGUUUACUACAACAACGGUGUACAAAAUCAGCAGCAGAACGCUGCGUACCAAGACCACAAUAACGUUUACCAGCAACAGCAGCACCAGGCCAACCAGUCUACGGCGGCGUACGCGCAGCCCAACAACGCGUCCGGGUACCAGCACGACGGUUACAAUUCGGCCGCGGCCGCGGCGGCCAGACGGCACAUACAGCAGCAGGAGGAAUACGAAAACGAUUAUCACAGCCGGCUGCCGAUGUCGCCCGACGAACAGUACUCGCCCGUGUCGCCGGAAAACGAGGUGUCGCUGCCGUACGGCAUCGGGAGUGACGGCGGCGUCAGCGCGCAGCAAUACCAGCAGCAACAGCAAACGCUGCAGCAACAGCAGCACCAGUUGAUGAUGCAACAGCAGCAGGCCGAGCGGUCCGGUUCGGAUUCCAGUGACGACGUGACACUGGCCGAGUGUCUGGCCAGCGGCGGCGUCGAGCUAAAGUUGCGGCCGAUGCCGCUGUUGGACGAGAACGGCCGGGUGCUCGUGGACGAUCACGAGAGGUCGGGCGGCUCGCGCGAACACGGAUAUUUUUACAACAACUGCGCGGCGCAGUCCAUGUAUUUCACCGGUUCGCCCGCGAACCUGCCCGUGGACUACGACACCAUAUACGAAGACGAGAACGAGCUGUACAGCCCGACCGGCGCCGACGGGGUGACCAGCCUCCGGAAACGGCGUAACAUGUCCGGUCAGUAGUAUAGUAACACAAGUACAGUGCGGGCAUUCGCGAUCACGGUCUCAGGAGGUAACGGCGGGAAUGGGGGGUGGGGGUGGACAAAAGUAUUAUCGCGGUGUCAAGUUCCCAAACGGUUUACUAUCGACAACGAAUACCGAUAAAAAAAAACAAAAAAAAAAAAAAAACGGACAUACUCCGCGCAUUGUUGUAGGUGAGAAGUUUGGAAGGCACGGGGGAAAUCAAACGGACCAUAUCUGUACGCGACGGUUAACCGUUGCUUACGGAAAACGAUGCCGAGCGGAGUUGAGUUAACAGUGUUGCUUUGUCAACAAUUUAAUGUACACCGUAUUUCGGUAAAACAAUUGCGUAUGCAUUAUACAUUUUCUUGAACAAUAGAUGUUUAAUAUUGUACUUAUUUUCUCGUUUUUCCCAUGUUUUUUUUAUCGGUUUUUCCCGAUCAUUAUGAAAACAUCUGGGAAAAUAAAAAAAAAUUACUUCCUUAAAGCACCACCCCAGUCAGAUUUCCUUUCGGAAAAAGUGCUAUAAUUUAAUAUCGGAGCGAAAUCGCCGAUAGAAAAGUCCGCUGACAGAAAAAAAAAAAUAAAUAAAUAAACAUCAUUGUAAAACCAAUACGUUUCUCGCUCCGCUCAGAAUCCAAAAUCAUUACACAAAUGAACAAAAUUAACGAAUCCGAAAAUAUCCAGAUAAGUCAGCACGAGAAUCGCGGUAUUCGUAACCGUCGAAAUGUGUUUUUGAUUACCGAUAAAAUGACAUUGCCCAUGUUUUUCGAAAUUUAUUGCAAACACAACAAAGUCAAGGCGUUAAAAACCCAGUUCAAGCGGAUGGUGCAUUUUCACUUUAUAGAUAUCACCGAGAUCGGUCGCAUAAUCGGAUGAAAAUCUAGCGGGGGGUCGAAAACUAUCUAAAAUUUACCCCUCCCCCCCAUACACACACACAUACCCCGCCGCGUACAGUCGGCAUUCGGCUCGUACCCGCAUUCUCGCCGGAAGAAUCCGGACCGGUCAAUUCGCGGUUUAGACCGUUUCGGCCGCGAUCUCGGCACAAAGUUCGUGGUCGACGCGCUCUCUCCUGCGGCGGGGAAAACGCGAACCCCCGGGUGCGGGCGCGAGAGGCCAGCAAAUUACCGCGGUGUGGACUUCGCGACUUUCGUGUCGAUUCUGAGACCGUGCUCGCGAUAUGUGUCAAUUAGUUAUCACGCGGACAGUUGUGCAGGUGUGCGCAAACGCAUACAAUAUGUGAGCGCGUACGACAUACCGCGGCGCGUUUCCCCCCUCCCCCCCACGUCGUUUUCCGCGCGGGACAGUUGCGUACAAAUUACAAGGGUCACGGUUUCUGCACGGAGCGAAAGCGUUUCAUUGCGAACGCAUAUACGUGCGCGCACACGUUACGCGAAAAACGAAAAUUAAAAAACAACGUUUCGCGGCAGUGUCGUAAUACCGUACGGACAUAGAGCGAACAAACGCGUUUCAGGGUUUUAUUUUUUUUUUUUCAUCUUUUUUCACCCGACGCGAAAAAACGUCCUCUCCGGCCGGCCGGCCGGCCAACAACAAUACCGUCGUAAUGCGCGCACCGCCCGGUACGGCCGCGGACGUUCACGUUGUCGCAUCGGCCCGAGUCCUCAUUGUCCUACACGAUACGCCGCCGCGGUCGCGUCGCGCAAAGGCACGCAGUUGUUGUCGCGCGACACACGUAACGAUUCCCCGGCGUCCCGGGUGCGCCCCGGCCCCUUUCGACCGCCCGCGCGCACCCGUGUACGUUGUUUUUUUUUUUUUUUUUUUUUUUUUGUUCGUUCCCCGUACCCUCCCGGCACGAAAGCGCGAAACGAAACCGCCCGCUGUACCGACAAUGCGAAUAACAUGUUUGCGCGUGUACGCGUUUUCGCGUUUAGCCAUGGCCGGGAUAAGCACGUGCAAAGCGGCCGCCGACCUGCACCACCAGAUCGUGGACAACGAACGGUUCAUGCAGAGGUACGCGGAGGCCAAUCCGGCCAGCAGCCCCACGCCCACCGUCGCGGGUUCUCCGGAAUCGCCGGUCGUCGCAGUCGCCGUCGCCGAACAAAACAACCGUCAGCCGAAAAAACAACUCAGCUCGGUGACCACCGGUAAAACGACGUUUUUUUUUUGUUUUUUUUUUUUUGUUUUAAACGGGUACCGAUCUAAUCCAAUAAUCGCGAUAAUAUCGAAUGUUAUUCCUCCACCCGCGGCUACGGUACGGCUGUAACCCGAACCCGCGCGUGCGGGGCUGUCGUCGUCGUAUGCGCACGGCGGCGAAACGUUUUCGAUUUUUCGUCGGCUCAAUAUUAUUACAUUGUAAGUACGGUGCGGAUUCAAACACGCUUUAAACAAAAAAAAAAAAUACAAGAAACGCCUUGAAUAAAUACAAUUCAAUAUAUAAAAUAAAAUAAAAUAAUAAUAAAAAAGAAAAGACUAAACAUUUUUUUUAAACGUAGGUGUAUACAUUUAUUGAACACAACGGUGCAAAUAGCGCAAUAGUGGCAGGCAACGGAUGCAUCUAUGGUACAAUCGGUAUAUCUAUGUCUGAUACAUUUUAAAAACAGAAAUAUUUUUUUUUUUUUAUUCAUUUAGGAAGAAAUCGAAAUAAAUUGCAUCAAAUUUUCCGAUAAAACUAUAAAGUUUGUACAAAAGCACUUACAAUGUCAAAAAAUGCUAAACGAAAGUUUCACAUUUUAAUUCUUUGACACGUGAAACGAAUUUUGUGCUUGGAAAGCAUUGCUUGAGGACAUUCAGAAAUAAAACGAAAUUCGCAUUUAUAAUCCACACCCUAAUCAUAAGCGUUCUUCACAGUUUAUCAAAAAUACAUUAUAAAUCCACGCGUUUUUUGCCGAUCAUAAAUAUCUUGGACCGUACAGGAGGAACCUGAACUUCCCUUAUUAUACGUCGGCCGCUUGUUGUCGAAUAGAUACCGUCUUGUCCCGUUCCUCCAAACUCGAGUUUUUUAUGCUCCGAUUUACUUCUACUUGUCCUUAGUCUCUUUUUUUUUUCAAAUGAUAAAAAUAUAUAUAUAAAAAAAAAAACGAGGACCGCCCUAAUAUAGUCGACUGUAAUAUUAUUGGUUUUUAUUUUUCUCCCGUUCAAAAUGUCCACGAGUAUAAUAAAUAUACUAAAGGAAUAUUGUAUUUAUUUUUUCCUUUUCAAUUUCCAAUCGAUAGACAAUAUUGCAUCUCAUACAUAGCCGGUAUAUAUUAUCCCGUGUGGCGUUUGAACCUUUGAAGCGGUUUCUCUAUAGCUAAAAAUGCAAAACAAGUAAGACGAAAUCUUUGUAGUUGACAACUUUUCGGGCACGGAGUUUUUUUAUCGUAAUAUAAUAACCUUUUUUAUUUUUCCCCUAUUUAUUUUUUUCUCUACAGAACAUAAAGCAAACGGAAAAUAGAGACGGAUUUAAAUUCGUACGUCUGAGCGUCGAAUAUUCGACGGUUCCCGUGUUGGCGGGGUCCCCAGAGGCCAGGAAAAAUAUGAUAUUCGGGUCAUGCGCGCCUGAACGGCGAACGCGAUCGAAAAUAAAAAGCAAUAACGGUGUAAAUCGCGAUAAUAUUGUGCACGCCGCAUUCGCGUCAGUCUCUCCGCUAUUCAAUGUAAAUAUUGGUCAGAAAAAAAAAAGGGGGAAGGAAAAAAAUACACGACCCGAACGCGUGUUUGAUGUCGUCUACGGCGGUUUUCAACAUGUUGGAAAUGGGCACAGCGCGACGAAACGACAACGCUAUUAUCGUUUCGUUAAAACACGUCGCCCGAAUAAUAAAUUCGGCGCGAAUUUGAUCUGCGGCCCUGAUAAACGAUCAUUAUUAUUACUCCACGGGCGUUUUUCUGUAAAUUAUUAAUAUCGAUGCCGUUGCGGGUCCCCUGCGCAUUUCGAAACACGGCGGCGUCGGGCUGCGACACGAUGGAAUUAAAUUAUGUGCGGCGCGCAGAGCGAUUCGUUUAACGCGAAACGCUCGUCGUCAUUUCGCAAUAAUAUAGUAUCGAUUUUUUUAUUUAUUUAUAAUUAUUUUUUUUUUUUCAAAACAUUUCCGUUUGAACAUUCGUGACAAACCGAGAGUGGCUUUAAAACGUGUUACAUUACCGUUAUUAUUUUUUUUUUUUUCGGAGGGGACGGGAGAAGGAGUAAAACGGCCGUGUACUAAUGGUUUUCAUGCGGGGUAACCAAUAUUCGGCGUGCCACGAACUUUCGGAGUAUUGAAUACGUUUCGGCGUUGGCAUUUUCGACUUCCGCCGUUUGAGAACCGAAAGCAGGCAGUCGUUUCGUCGCUGAAAAUAAGGGCGAUAAAAAAAAAAAAAAAAAACAAAACAAAACAACGGUAAUGUUAUAUAGAGCCGCGCGUGUUUUAAAUUUUCCAAAAUAAUUAAAAAUUUCUUUCGAAACAAACCGAUAUUAUGCGAAAUAACUAGUGUUUUUUACGUAAAACGAAUCACUCCGCAUAUAUUAUACGGAAUGUCCUGCAGUGUUAUCGUUGUGCUAAUAAUUCGGUCAAUAUUCAUUUUGGACUCUGAGUGUAUCGAAGAAUGUAUUGGUUUUACAAUGAUGUUUCUUUUUUUUCCUAUUUUUAUACUGUGUACGAAAAUUCGACCGGAAAUCUUGCUCCGAUAUGUACGCGUGGCACCAUUUCUGAAAGAAAAUUUUGUCUACAUAGUACUUUAGGAAGGUCGUUAUUUUAUUUUCAAAACGGUUUUCGUGAUGUCUGAGAAAAACAGGGAAAAACAUCCCUAUUAUUCUAGGAGAGCUUUUUUAUAUACAUUUUUUUUGUUUCCAAUCGAGUUUUGUGCGAGGGGGACACGUUAAAUCAAAGAAAAAUUAAAUUUUUCUCCACAAACGUGUCCCCCUCGCACAAAACCCGAUUGGUAAAAAAAUGAAUAUUGACAGAAUUAUUAACAUAAGGAUAACAUUGUAGAAAACACCCUGUAUACCUCGCGUAACAUUGUUGGUAAUAAUAUACUUUUUUUUAUAUACUUUUUGCGAUAUCGGUAAUAAUAAAAUAAGUUAAAAUCCUUGUCGGAUUAAAUUCGUCGAAUGUUUUGACGUAUAACGAAUGUUCGUUUUUUUUUUUUUUCAUUCCCCGACGCAUUUUAAUCGAACGUAACGCAUAUCGAUUCGAAAUCUAUAAUAUCCUAUAGCAAUAUAUUCUAGUGGUUAUUUUUUUUUUUUUUUUUUUUUUGCAUACCGUAGAAUAACAAUCAUUCGGGAAGUACAAUGAAAUAAUUCGCAGUGUGGGACCGCGCAAACCGGAUAUUAAAAUACGUUUUUCGAUUUAAAUUAACGAAACGGCAUUUUCAAUUCGUUCGUUUAAAUUGCCCGUAGAAUAUGCAUUGGUUAGAUUGGUACAAUUUUAGAACCUAUACAUUUUCCAGGAACGUUUGAUAUUCAUACCCUUUUAUUGGUUGUUUUUUUUUAUUAUUAUUAUUAUUAUUAUUAAACGCACGAAAUUGGUCGAAAUGUCUGCACGAAAUGAACGUUUUACGUUGACUCGAUGUAUUUUCUUUAUUUUUUCAGGCGUCUUGCAGAGUAACAAAUACCGAACAGAGAAACAGGUCGGGACGUACGCUCAAAAUCCUACGCCCUACACCACCGGCAUUGGCAACAGGUGAAGUAUAUAACAGAGCAUAGAGUCGGGCGAGUAUUCGACUUUGGAAAAAUUCUCGAGUCGAGUUCGAAUAUUCGGCUCGAACGGUCUUUUCACUAUAGGUAAUCAGAAUAUAGAACGACUUCGAACCCGAUUAGUUCCCGAUUAGGAACCCCGCGUUGACGGUUUCACAAAAAAAAAAAAAUAAAUAGUUUUGUUCUUUCAGUAUAUUUCGCGUUGAUUUCCCGUGCCGGGUAACCGCACCAGUAACACCCGCUGUCCAUCAAUCACUAUAAUUGUGUUACGGCUAAUUUCGAAAAUUAGAUAAUGUCGACUUUUCGUUCGGUAGAACCGUUUUCGCGCCGUUUGUUUCAAUUUUAGAGCGGAUUGGCCCAUUAUCAGACUUAAAGGUAAGAAUGACAUUGUACGCGUUUUUGUAUUGGUGUUUUCGUUACACAGAUAUUGGUUUUCAAGCGAGAUACGAGUACGUGAACUAUAACAGUUUAAAAAUCAUCGUGUUUCGCUUAGAAAUAUUAAAAUACCCAAAAAAUAUCAACGCACACACACAAUGAUAAUGUUCCUAUCUUUAAGUUUGAUAUCAGGCCGAUUCACUGAUAUAUCAAUACUAGCAGCAAUACAUCGGUUCUAUUGAACGAUAAGUUCCAAUCAUCCUGCAAUUUUAAACACUAACCGUGACAUGUAUACCGCAUAUAUUGUACUAUGCAUGGUGUCCUAACGGAGGUAUGCCCACUGUAUAACGUCUCCGGAGAUAAUCAAGAUGAUACAAUUCUGUUUUUUAAUACCAUUCGUUGGGAUGAGGAAUAGAAAUAUUUGUAUCACGAUUCGUUUUUACGCUUUGAUAAAAAUUUAAACUUUUUAUUUUAUUAAUUUGGAAACAUUUGAAGAUAGCCAUUUUAUUUAGAGUUUAUUUAUUUUUCUGAACAUUUUGAUGCAUUAACUGUUUAUUUUCAUUAAAUUCGUGAUUUUUAGAGAAAAAAAUGUGUACAGUCAUAUACUCGUAAUAAUAAUAAUAAUCAAUUAGAGAAUUACAUUACGGCUUGUUGCUGCAUAACUAUAGGUACUUUUCUCUGAACUUGAAACGAUUAUUAUUAAAAAAAUCACGAAUUCAAUGAAAACAAAGUGUCAGCACGUCAAAUUUUUCAAACAUAAUAAAAUGAAAAGUGAUUUUUUUAAAAAUUUUCCCCGAACACAUAAACAAUCGGUCGCAAUAUAAAUAUGUGUAGUCCUUAUCGCAGUGAGUAAUACGUGCGGAAAAAAAAAUAACAGAAUUGCACUAUCUCCGUUAUCUCCGGAGAUAUUACAACGGCCGACGAUCUCCGUCGGCAGCGCGUUUUCGCAUACUCGACUCGGUUCAAACCGAAAUACUCGACCGACUCCGCCGAGUGUUCGUGAUAAGUAUAAUAACAUGCGUAGGGGAUCGGCUACGAUUCCGACGGCGGCAGCGUAAAUGCAUCGGUUAUAAUGCGUACAGUGCACGCACGUAUAGGUACAUUCGAAAUCGCCGAGAACAAUAGUUUCGUAUUUUUUUUUUUUUUAGAUAUCCGGGGAUGGACCGCGACCACAGCAAUCACGUGUCGCCGCUCGCGGAGAGUUCCGCGUUCCAAGACGAGGUGAGCGCCAUAACGUUAUUUUAUACCCGGUCUGAAAGAAACAAAAAAAAAAAAAAAAAACGAAAAAAUCAAUUAAUAAUAAUAAUAACCGUUGUUAUAAUGAAAAACAAUCUUCUCGCGUCGUACACGAUAAUAAAACGUUAUACCCAAUAUCCGCCGAGUUCUUCGGCGUGAAGUCUAUGGAUUGUACAUAAAUUAUGUACUUACCCGUCUAUAACUUUGCACGGGAUCUCCGGCCGGCAUAUCCCACGCGCAUCCCACGCGCGGUUCGCCGUCUAAUUGUAUAAUUUAAUAAGUGGGUCACGUACACCCCGUCCCGAUAUCGAACGCAAUAACGAACGGCGGAAACGAAACUUUUCCGAACACGAACGCCCGCGACCCCGUGCACCUAAAAUACCAUAAUGCCCACACGGGAAACGGGACGGGAGUCGUUACGCGGGCCCCGGCGCACACGAGUCGCCUCUCGAAAUCGCCGCCCAUCAUUACCGCGUAAAUAAAAAUGUUCGUGUAUGUACGCUGGUCGCCUCGGGCGAUUAGGCGGUUCGUAAUUAUAUAUACCAGUCGCCUGCCAUGUUGAAUAAAUCAGUAGUGGUUCAUAAACCAAACUGAAUUCAAUAGAAUAUUUAUAGUUUUGUUCAAAAUAAAAAUAUAAUUGGUCGAAAAAAAAAAAAAAAAUAUACAUGCAUACAUGACCGGUACUUGUCCGGAUAAUGUCUGUUACGGUUGAACUUAUAUUCGUUCGAUAUUACUUGAUCACUUUCGUCUACUUUUGAAAAAGCAUAUUUUUCCCAUACAAUUCCACCGUCCUUUGUGUUGUAGGCUAAAUUUCUUUUUGAAAACUAAAUUUAACGUUUGCCGGUCGGCUCCUUUCACUGAUCAUUUCCCGUAUUCGAAUUUGAUCCGUUCUAAAAAAAAAAAAAAAAAAAAAACGUAUUGGACAAUUUAAUAUCACUUAAUGACGCUAUUCGUGAAAAUAAAACCGUACGACGAGUGUCCGAGCUCAACUAACGACAGAGUAGUCAUUGCACAAGAGAUAUAAUGUUUGAAUAUUAGUCGUACAAUCUCAUCAACGCACGAAUGCCACGGGCUACGGCUCCGAAUGUAUAACCCCCAAAAUCCAAUGGCGGCCGACAGGUUAAUUGAUAAGAGUAACAACCAACGUACAAAAUGAUAUUACUGCGCGAGAAACGAUUUAAACGGACCUCUAUACGUUUGCGCGUACUGUUUGAUCAUUUUCGAAUCGUUUACGUACCGCUUAUACGUUCAUCGGGUACGCGCCUAUCGCGGGAGGCGACUGGUAGUGGAGCCGUUUUCGUUUGCGAUAAAGUCCCGGGUACGCCGGGUGGCGAUUCGUAUUCAAAGCUAUCGACCUUUUCGUCCGGGGCGAGGCGAUUAAAUACGCGCCCGCGGGCCCCGUAACUCUGCACCGAAACUCUUUCGCCGGCUUCAAAGCGGCCCGUAACGCCGAGUGACGAUACGUUUAAUAUUACCGUUGGCGGCAUUGAAUUGUCAUUUUUUUUUACAAACGCCGCGCCGUGUUACACGCCGCGUAUCGGACAUCGUGUACGCAGGCUUUCGAGUUCGGUCACGCGGACGUUUUCCAUCCGGAACGGUUUCUCGCCGGCCCCGGAUCGCGGAAAAAUGCUACGACCUUGCGCACAAAUGUCGCUAUGUAUACGAUAACGGCGCGUCCGUAGCCGACGAGUCGAAGCGCGACGGCUUAUUUCUUUCUGCGGUAUCAUUUACGGUGUAUGAACAAAUAGGACCCGGCCCAUUCAGAUCCCGACCGUGUCUUCGGUAACUGUGCGGGUCUAGUCGUCUCGGGAUCAAACGACCGAAAGUCCGGAUAUCCGAAUGCUAUCUGUAUGUACAACGGUUAUCAACAAUAGCCGGUGUGUCGUGGGGCCGCAUAGGUCAAUACUUUUUUGAACUUUCGAAUAGCAUACCCAUUCACGGUAAUUUCAACGACACGAACCUGGCACUCGCCAGAACCCCCUCGUUUAAGUGCCACAGCGUAUUAUACUGCCGUGACGUCAGAAGAACAGUGCAUCAUAAAACGGACGGUGAAUGGGAUAUUAAUCGUAUGCAUAUCCUCCAAUUGUCCAGAAAAACAUUAUCUUUUUGAAUUUGCGCGUAAAUGCGGGGAACUGAUCGAAUUUUUAUUCGUGAACCACAAGCUGAGAUAGCCCAAUGGAAACGGCCAACGCAAUAGAUAGACAGGCAGGUAGGUAGGCUGGUAGGUAGGUGAUUCGAAAUUAAUUACACCCGCCCGUAGUGUAAAAUAUAAGUGUAAUACGAAUAAACACGACAUUCCGAACAAUAUCCGAGUCAAUAUCCGCAACAAACGGAUCCAUACAUGGCCGUGAUCUAAAAGCGUGCCGCGGAUCUCAACGACUCGGGACCGUAUUAUCUUGUCUCCCGACCCGGUACGAAUUUCCAUCAGAAUAUUUACCGGGGUCUCGAUGUCGCGCGGGAUCUAUUUGGUCAUGUUACCUGUUAUUUGCGAUUUUCUUUUUUUUUUCUUCUUCUUCUUCUUCUUCUUCUUCUUCUUCUUCUUCUUCUUCAUUCGCGCUUCGACUGCAGUAUUUCGAAUCGCGAAACGCGCAGACCGCGUACACCGCAGCAACAGUUGCCCACCAAUGCCGUUAUUGUUUUUACGCACUCCGUACACCCGACGAUAACGUUUCGCCGAUAAAAUUCGCGGGCGCGUCGCGUAUUCUGGUGUGUUGUACGGGUGUUUUUUCACUAUUGUACAGCUGGAAAAAACGCCGGAGUACGAACGGAUUUGCAAACUGUUGAACCAGCCGAUCCGCGGCGCCGGCUACCGCGAUUCGACGGCGGCGACCGCGGUUGUCGCGUCGUCGCUGCAGGCCCACACGCAGCAGCGGCAACAGAUCGGCAACCUGACGCCGGGCCAGCAGCUCAAGCAACAGCAGCGGCAGUUCAAGCAGCAGCAGCAGCAGAAAAACCAACAGCAGAAGAACCAACUGCUGCUGCAACAGCAGCAGCAGCACCACCAGUACCAGCAGCAACAGUACAACAACGCGCUGGGCCGCGGCGACCGCGCACAGCCGCCGCAUCAGCAGAACCGAUCGGCCAACAACAACAGCGCGUACGGGAUGCCGAACACGAUCCGCCGGACGAGCAAGUUUCGCGUAAGCGUCUGCCAGUGUGUUGUCGCGGCACGGCGACGGCGGUCGGUACCGACCAUCGUGAAUAUGGCGGAUUUAGCGAAACGUUUUGUAAACCGUUCCGACAAACUCGCGCGUCUGUGUAUUUAUAAAUUAUCGUAACAGUCGACUGGCGAACGAACGGACCCGGGGAAUAGAAAAGCAUUUUUUCUGUAGACGAUUUUCGGUCGAAAGUGAAAGAAAAAAAAAAAAAACCCCGAAAACAUUGCCGUGGGAAUUCGCGCGCCUGUGAAAAUAGCGAAACAGUUUGACAAUAUUAUUUCUGUUUCCGAGCGUACCGACGACGGCCAGUCCGUUUGGUUUUACUGUGUCGUGCGCGUGGCGUGCGUUUUGUUGUUUUUGUUCGUUUGACGCGACGCGAGAGAAACCGGCAACGUUUACGCAAUUACGGAUUCCGUUUUUAUUUUGUUUUCGUCGGUGUUUGCAACAAGGUUUGAAAAUAACCACGUGGACGCGGAAAAACGUUCGCGGCGUACGCCGUACGAGCGUUUUCCGGACGUACAUUUUCAACGAAAUAUUCGGACGGUCCGCAAAUCUGUAUUUGAAAUUAUCGCGGGAUUUCGAUUUAGGUUCGUGCGGACAAAAUUGUCCGGGCACGGCCGACGCGUUUUCGAUUUUCAAACGCGUCGAUAAGUUGUACUAAGCGGCGAAAAUGUGGAAAUAUGUCGUCGUAACGCGAGAGUUUAAUGUUGACGUUUUCAAAUGAACAUUGUAAAAACCGCGGCAUUUCCAAACGUGUUCAACCGAACUCCGCUCGGAAUCGUUUUUCGCGAUGAUUUGCCGUACGGACGUGUAAAUUAAAUAUUCGUACACGUAACUCUAUUUUUCCCUUUAUUUAGCCAAUUUUCUACCGGAAAUCUCGCUUGGAUCACCAAUAUCAUCAGGGGUGGUCUCCGGUUGCCGAGUGUGCCUGGUUGGGGCGCAUCGGGAUCAUUUAUCCGUUUCUUAAUACCGAGAAAACCGUCUGAAAAACGGUAUAAUAACCGCGCAAUAACGUUUUCUGUUAAAUUUCGAUUUUGUUGUGUAAUUCGGACGGAAAUAAUUGCAGAGACCUUUAAAGUUUCACCCCGGUGUUAUUAGCGCUUUCUAGACGGCAGUGUAAUCUAUUUCGUAAUUUAUUUUUAUCAACGUUCUAAGUUCAAAGUUAUGUUAUACGAUUACCGCAUCACCGCGAUCCGCUCGUCGUCUUUUGAUUGGACGUGGGUUUCGUGAUCGUCGUGUCGUAUAUUCUCGUUCAAAGGAGAGUGCAAUAGUGUCCGAAACUCGAUUAAAAACCGCGUACAAAAUGAAAAGUCAAUUUAACGAUUUUUUUUUUUCUUCUUUUUGAAAGCGUAAUGUUAUAUUGGUCUUUGAGUGUCUGGUUAGAAAAUAUAUAUAUAUUACGAUUUGUACGCAACACGCAUUCGAAUAACUGUAGAUCAAUGCGAACUUCAUACGACAAUGAUUCGAAAUUAAUGGGUACGAAACAUUUUUUUUUUUUUUUUAGCAUAUACGGCAAUUUAAAUGUCACUCUACUCGAUGAGACGGAGACGUCGUUGUUGUUUCUGUGUAGGCACGGGUCGGCGUCGCGUGUCUGACUGACAUACAGCGCAACACCCCGAUGACUCGAAUCGGUCGGCGACCAAUAGGAAAUUCGAGUUAUAGAAAUAUUUUAUUAAAGAACACGCAGACUUUAUUUUUGAUUUUGUUUGUUUACUUACAUUAUGCUAAAUAUAUAUAUAUAUAUAUAAAUGAUCUAUUGAUAAAUGUAAGUAUUAAACAAUUCAAGAAUUGAGAUUGUACUAUUUUCGGAAGAAGUCGGUCAUUUUUUUUUAAUGUUUUAGUAUUCUGAGUGGAGCGAGAAAUGUAUUGGUUUAACGUUUUCCGAAAGGAAAUGCGACUGGCGUGAUACAUACUUUAGAGGGGUUUUUUCUUGAUUUCCCCAGGAGUUUUCCCGAUAAAUGGGAAAAAACGGGAAAACUAACGAAUGCAUAUAGUAAAAUAUCACGGCUUUAUUUUUUCCCGUGAACAACUCAUCCGCCAGCAAUCUCGCUCCGCUGUCGAACAAUUCGAUUUAUCAGCUACAAGUCAACUUUUACUUCGACGUAUCGAGAAAUUCGAGAAAACGUACACCAACAAAAUCCUAUACAUCAUAUUGAAACGCGCCAGGCGCCGAUUCUUCGAGUCGUCGAAAAUUCGACCUACAUACGUUAUCGAGUUAUCGAGAUUCCGCUGCGUAGAUAUUAUAAUAUUUCGAAAACGCAUAUAUUAUACGGUUCUAGAGUUUGCCGGAACGGUUUUCGAGAGUAAUUGCGGCGCUGACUAAAUACGAUCGACUUCACGAGGGUUCACCGAUGUCGUCGUUAUAAUAGAAUAGUGUGUCCGAGUAUAUUAUUAUUAUUAUUAUUAUUACUAUUAUUAUUAUUAUUUAUAGUGACAGUGACACGAUGACGUAGACGGAUAUUUAGUGUACCUAUCUGUAUUGUGUAUAUACGUUAUAAAAUAUGUAUUGUAAUAUCUACAAACCCGUCUCCGAGUAGUGUUGUGGUAGUGGUCGGAGAUGCUAUCUGUCAAUGCACAAAAUAACACAUUGCUACAUAGCGUCGUAUAUUUUUAGUCAGCUUUUGUAGUAGGUAUUGUACGACAAAAUAUUCGCGUGAAACUCUACAGAACCGAUAACAGCCGGCUGUCGGUUCUUGUAAAAUGAAUAAACGUAAUCGAAAACGGCGCAGUGUUCGCCGGAUCGAUAAGCCGUUCGGUUCGGCGCGAAUUUCCGAAAAGCCGCGGUCACGCCUGCGAAACGCUCGAAGGCGCAAUUCUGUUGUCGCGCAUAAACGAAAUUCGAUUUUCCCCGGGACGUUAUAGUAAUCAGCGGGGCCACGAAAAAAAAAAAAAAAGAAAAAAACCCCACGAAACGCCGGUUCCGCCGGGACGAACGCGUCAAUGCGACGGCGGUUUUCAGACGUCGGUUAACCGCCGGGAGGCGGGUUCGCGGACCGGCCGGUAAAGGUCUCCUGUCGGAGGCUCGGGAAACGGUUCGCGUUCCGCAAACCGCGUGGCCCUUUGCCCGAACCUCGACCGCCGGUGCCGGUCUUAUCCGUUUUACGCGCGAAAACCGCUACGGCAGACGCCGUCAAUGUUUUCCGCGCGGUAUACGAGGGUAACCCGACCGGGUAACGCGAGCGAGUUGAUUUGCACCGCACGCGACCGGUCCGACGGCGGCACAGCACUCGCAGAACCGACAGGUCGCAACGUCAUCGUCGCGCGGACGGCGUGCAGGACCGUUUUCACGGGUUUGUAAACAAUAUCAACGGGGNGGGGGGGGGGGGGUGCCGCGUCUUGCGUACGGCGAAACGGUUCCGCGUCCGCGAACGCCGCGCGUUUGGCGGCGCACGCGUGUGUGUAUACGUAUACGUGUACGGUGUAGAUAAUAGAAAAUAUCGGCCGGACCGCGACCGCGCGGGUUCACGGUGUUCACGUUAUCGCCACUAUCGGCAAUCACGGUCUCCGACGGGCCGUCUCUUGUGAUCGCGUCGGACGGCGUUUGAAUACCGCGUCGGUGCGCGGUCUUGGCGGACGCGCGGGUUUCUCGGUACGUGCGCAUUGCGUACGGUACGUUUGCACAAUAUUACGUUGGCGUCUCCUGCGGAACGCGUCCUGGCAAACCCGUCGCCCGCGCGCGCGUACAUGUCCGCUGUGGACAUUCGGACUCGUAUACAUCAUGUAUGGUCUGGUUGUUUGGGGUUUUUUUUUUUUUUUUUUUCCCCCGGUAUAGCGAUUGACGGGUAUAAAAAAAAAAAAAGUAGAGCGCGCGACAACUGUAAUGCGUUUGAACGAGAUCGCGUGGCUUGGUGCGAGACGGGGGCCGAUGUCGAUUACAGUUCGAAAUAAAAAAGAAAGAAAACCGUCGCGGGUUUUUCGCGAAAACCGAACAUCACGCAAGCGCUUGCGUUUAACGAAACGCGCAGAGCCGUUACGGAGACGCGCGUUACCCGGGCCCGUUUUUCCCCACGAAACGAUCGCGAAACGUGACCACUGGCCCGUACUUGCGCCGCGGGCCGCACGGUUCGAACGUAAUGUUUCCGAAACGCCACGGUGUGCCGACACCGUGGCGUUAUUAUUACGUCUGCGCGCAGCCAUUUUUGACGCGCCGUUCCGUUUCCGUUUCGCGGCCGGUUUUUCGAUUUAACGCUUUUUGCCGCCGCGGUAAUUUCCCCGGUUGACGGGCCGAUGUCCGACGCCAACCGAUAGCGAUAACCGCGAACGUUUCGCCGCGCGGCCGCUGCUUGGGAUGCACAUCGGUUCCGCCGUCCACCCCACACACACACCCCCCCUCGANCCCCCCCCCCCCCCCGGUUUUAGUCACACGUUUACGCGGUACGGCGGCGCCAAUAAAACGAAUACCGCGAUAGCACACCGCGGCACGUUAAUCGACGGAUAGAACACGUUUACGGUUGUACAUAGUUGACCGGCCGCGGUUACCGCGGCAAUUGAUGAAAAAUCUGCCCGGUGGUCGCGCCAACGUUCGGAUGUCGAAAUCCGUUUGAAUAAUAUUCGCGUAAAUAAUGUAAACGGACGGACAAAACAAUCGUAAAGCGUCGCCCGAUGCGUUUUGACCGCGACAGGACAAAAUACGCGCGGGACAUCGUUUCGUAUAAUUACCUCCGCCGCGCUCUCGUACGGAAAUCAAUUUUAAAAUGUACGCAUACGUACCGAUGAAAUACGAGUACCCGACGAUAAAAUACGCACAGCGCGAUCAAACUGCGACCCAGCUAAAUAACGAGCAACGUUUAUAAUGCUAUCCGUAUGGAUAAAAAAAAAAAAGAAAAAAAAAAAGAAAAAUAUGAUUUCGUUCGUUACCCGAAUCACACGAGUGUAAAACACAAAGCGCCGAAAGUAGCGAAAGCAUAACAAUAAUAUCCGAUUCGGUACGCGUUUGGAUUUCGCGUACACGUCGUGUGAUCGGCCGCGACUUAACACACGAUUGAUCGAUCGACUAAACCGUAAUAAUCGCAAUACAAAUCGACCGUGUUUACCGCGCGUUGCGAUUUGAAAAGAUCCGUCUAGAGUUACGGUCGGACCAACGUCAUUUUUACGCAAAUACAUUUCGACGAGUUUUUUUUCGGUUUAAUUAUUAUUAUUAUUAUUGAUUUAUUUUUCAAAAUAAGUGUAUGUACGUAAUGAUAUUUUAGACGUUUCUAAGAAUCGUAUAUUUUACAUUCGAUAAUAAUUCGUUUUUUUUUUUUUUCUUUGUAUUUUCUACAUACAUUUAUUUUGAAAAAUAACAGGGAUUAAUAAUAUUAACACGAAUUUGCGCACAAUUUAAAAUCGUACACAAAUACAAAAAAUACGUGUUUCAUUUAUUAAGUACAUUUAUUUUAUUUUCAUUUUAUAAAUACGUUUAUUUUGAAAAAUAACAGGGAUUAAUAAUACUAACAGAGAUUGCACGCAAUUUAAAUUGUAUGCACAAGAAUUACAUGUUUCAUUUAUUAAGUAUAUUUAUAAUAUUUAUAAUAAUGAUUAAAAAAAAAAACAAGGCGGACAAACUUCGCACGUGGGUGCAACCACUGUUGUAGGUGGGAUACAGUCGGGAAUUUAAUUUAUAUUUAAUGUGUAAUAACAAACCAUUGCUAACGAAAAAAUGAUUCUGAGUGGAGUUCGGUCGAUAGUAUUGCUUUGUCAACAAUAAAAUAUAUGGUAUUAUGUAAUAUCAUUGCAAAAUGUUUGUAACAAUGCGCGUUUCCAUGACAACAAUGAUUGUUCAAAAAAGAUUGAAAUAAUAAAAAUUUAAUAAUAACAAAAAAUAAAUAAAAACUGUUGCCAACGACAACCUUAUAUUUAGUGUUUCAAUUUUUUUUUAACCAAAACACAGAGGUCUUGCUCAUUAUCUCGAAUAUUAAUGGAAAUUUCAAAAAAAUGGCCUCUUUAAAUUACCACCCGGAGUACGUUUCCUUUCGGAAAACGUGCUGUACUCGAUAAUCGGAGUAUGGUUUCCGGUAGAAAAAGUGUUCACGUAAAUAAAAAUGUAAAAAAAAAAAUUAAACACCAUUGUAAAACCAAUACGUUUCUCGUUCCACUCAGAAUCCGAAAUGUAUCGAAACGCGCCAAUUAUCGUGCGUCCAAAUGUAGUUGCGUCAAAACGACGUGCGCCCAAACGAACCGUACGCCCAAUCGCCUCGCAUCGAAAUGGCCGCGUCCAUUUUGACGUGCGUCGUAACUGCCGCGUCGAAAUGACGGAACGCCGUUUCAUUCUUAGUUCGGGCACCUCGUUAUAACCAGCCAGGCGUGUAAACAACACACGGGACAACUGAUGCCGAACAAUCGUCGCCCCGAACAAACGCGUGGCUCGUCGCACUUUGCGAUCGCUGCGAAACGGGCUUUGAAAUUUCGUUUGCCCGUCACAAGGCGGCCCCGCGUAUUUUGUUGAACGCGAAUGUCCGUGCGGUUUUCGCGAAAACUCGGACGACGGAGAACCGUUAGACUGUUUUCGGUUUUUUUUUUUUUAUUUUCAACCGAUAUUCGAAAAAUUGAACCCUGUCGGGCGCCCGAUCGGCCGCCGGGAACGCUGCUCGCCCGGGCGAAACGCUGCGCCGACAAUAAAACCGCGUCGCAGCGCCGUCCGUAUCGGCACGUCGCAGCGCACUCGGCGGUAAGGUCGUCCGCUCGCGACGAUCCGCGUCGGGGGGGGNGGGGGGGGGGGGGGGGGGGGGUUACGGCUCGUCCGUCGCCGCGGCACUUGGACGGUUGUUACACGAUGUUGCGCCGCAGCACGCGCGGUCGCGUCGCCCGCCGUCCGUGUCCGUGACGGUACGACGGCGAACGCGCGUAAUCCAUUAAUUACCGCGGCGGGGCGGGCGCGCGCGCGCGCGGCGAAAAAUGUUAACAGUACCGUCGUUUUCGGACGGCGGACGGGGUAGAACUUAUCACGAUACCCACGGGACCGGACGACGCCUAUGCGUUUCCGCUAAUAAAAAUAAAUGAACAGCCCGCCCGAGAGCGUCCCGCCGUCCACGCCCCCGAAAAACGUCGGUUAACGUAACGUCCGAACUAUGCGGUACCCGCGUGUGUAUAUAUACGCACGGUUGUAAUAGCAUGAGCUGAAAACAAACUAAUGCGGAUUUUACGGGAGCGUGGGGGGGUUAAUUUUUUUUUUUUUAUAUAUAUACCCGUAGAAAAAAAGCGACCGCUAUUGGUUUUUCGUCAUUUCCGGUUUCGAAUAUUCCGCGUUUGUUUAGAUAUUUUAUCGAAUUUCCGAAUAGAAGAAUAUCGCGUGCUGCGCGCUGUAUAUUGUGGUGCACACGUUUUCACCCAGCUACUUUCGAACACUUUUAGCGGCUCCCCCAGGACCGGACGAGCUCAAACUCGGCGCUCGGAGACGUUUCACAGGCGGAUCGGAGCGCGAUAACGAUAAUAACGUGCCGUUCGAAUUUCAAUAUAAAUUUCGCCGUGUUGUUACACGGGACGAGAGUGGGUUUUUUUUUUUUUUAGCUUUGUCGGUACCGCCCUCGAUACACACCUCCCCGAGUGAAGCCGAGGCGGCGACGUUUCAAACUUUUGCCCAACCGUUUUCGCGCACAAAUUUCACAGGAAAUACUCAGUUUUAAAAACCCCUACAAACUUUAAUGCAAUACAACUCUGAGAAACAUAACGGUUAUCUGAAUCAAUCGUAAAAAAAAAAAAAAAAACAAAAAAUUAAUAAUAAUGGGAUUUUGGGAAAAAUUCGACUCUAGCGACGGUGCUCUGUUACUGACUGGGUUUUUUUUUUUUUUUAAAUGUGUUCAUUAAUAUAACAUUCAUUAUGUAUAUAUGUAUAUAUAUUUAAUUGAUAUUUAUUUUUAACAGUUUUAACUUGCUCAAGGCUUAGAAAUAGAAGAAACAGUAACCGAUAAAUAGUACUUAUGACAGUACGAGUACUCUAUACCGUUUUUUACUCGAUCCAUGAAAAUAUAAUGUAAAUAUAUAACAUAUAGUAUUGGCAAUAUAAUAUUUCUUAUUUCCUAUUUCUCGUAGGAAAAUAAUUCAAAUAAGCUUUAAUGCCAAUUGUAGUUCUUCACAUCCGUAUAAAUUACAGUUUGUCGUACCUAUCCCAUUCGACUCGGUUCGAAAUUUCACACAGAAUUGACGGCGUACAAACCGAAAAUGGCCAAAAUCUUUUUAAGCUGGCUUUCAUAAAAACCGACAGACUUCAGAAAUCUCCGAGCGUGUAUACAAUCGCGUUUCAUAGAAAUAUAAAUUGAAUAAAGAAAAUGUACAGUCCUGACGUAAAAUGUAAAUAUAAUCUUCUUUUGUAUGUACAUAAUAAUAUUAUAAUAUGUAUUACAAUGUCAAAUUUGCAUAAUACAUUUAAUACGUGGAUUAUUAUGUUGUUCUUUUUUUCGACGGGUAAAUAACAAUAUUUGUAAACGUUAUUGCAUUUUUAUUUUUAUUUUUUUUUUUUUUUUUUAUACCCCAAACCCGCGCCCGAUACACCCUCAUUUAUUGUCUCGGUCUAACUUACUCUCGGCAACACAGCGAAAUCACGUUACAUAGAACAUAUAUAAAUUAUAGCGUUUAGGUUGAAAUCGGAGUUAUUUAAACACAAAUCGCAGUGUACACCCCAUUUACUCGGUUCUCCGUCAAUAAAACUAAUACAGGCGAUUUAGCGAAAUCAAAUUACUUAGAACAUAAAUUACAGAGUUUAGUUCAAAUCAGAAUUUAAACACGAAUCACCGCAUUUAUACGGGAGAAUGUUUUUCGACGCACGUUGAUAUUUUCUAAAUUGUCGACAGACAAAAGUAAAGUGACAGUAUUAAAAAAAUAAUAAUAAAAACAAAAACGAAAACGAAAACUAACACGAACGUUUUUGUUUAAAAAUAUAUUGGAAAAACAUUUGUGUUCAAACUUUAAUUUCUAUAUGGACAAUGCAGACGCGGGCGUAGGGUCCUCUUGAAUAUAUAUAUAUAUAUAUUUUUUUUAUUAACAAUGUUUGCAACUCCACAUGUCACAGCAUCGUCGCUGCUUUCUAUUUCAACCAUCCGAACCGAAUCAGAUAGAAUGUGCUAAAAAAAAAAAAAAGGAAAAGUUUAAUUUAAAUUCGCGCGUUUCGUAUUUGUAAAUACGUAUACCUAUAGGCAGUGGAGUAUUUAAGGAUUUGUCAGAAACAUGACAAAUAUUGAAUUGCGUACUUAGGCGAAAAAGAAAUAAUUUAUGGAUUUCUAAUAUUCGGACUACUGUAAAAUUAUCAACGCAAUCAAAUAACUCGGUACGGGUAUUAGCUGCAAUUGUCAAAUUGUAUUUAAAUAAUUUAAUCUUCAAAUUAUAGUGACGGUGAUGGGAUGGGUUUCGUUUAAUUGAGAAAAUGUAUAGGAUCAGAUUUUUAUUUUUUCGAUAUAUUUGAACUAUAUAUAUAUAUAUACGGAAAUUUGAAUUCGAAAAAAAAAAAAAAAUGUAGUCGUACAAAUUAUAAUAGAUAGUGAAAGGACCGUAAAUAUUUAUCAACGGGUGAGCGCCGCAUGUCCCGCUCCCCUUUAAUGCGCCACUGCCCGUUAUAGGUAAUUCAUCUAAAAAACCGUUUCGUUUUCUCGGUACCCAGGCUCUAGCAAAACGAUUUAUUAUAAACGUUGUCCGGCGGCUUUAAGUUUUUUUUUUUUUUUUUUUUUUUUUUUUUUUUCGUAUUCGUGUUGCCGAAAACGUCGAACCUUCGAGGUACGAGAAUUUAUACCGUAUAUUUAUAUGUAUACAUAUAUGUAUUUUGUUAAAAUAUAAUAUUAUUAUAGCGGCCUGUCUUGCUACCUAUUUGUGUAUAGAACCUAAAGCACCCCCCCCCCGUUUUAUAAUAUAUAUAUAUAUCGUUGAGCAUAAUACUGUAAUUAAUCUUUUGGACGCGCACCACUAUUAAUGUAUAUAUUUAUAUAUGUGUACAUAAACGCUUUUUUUUUUUCUUUUUUUUUUUUGCAGACUAAAAUAAUAUUAAUAGACGUGUAUUAGGACACGUCAAUUAAUCAUAAUUUAUUAUUAUUAUUAUUAAGCAGCAUUUUAAAUUUGAAAAAACAAAAAACCCAUCCGGAUCGUCUGGAAAGCAUAAAAUGUAUUUGUUUAUGUCGUGUGCAUACCCAUCAUCAUAAAUCGGUAUUGCCUAUUGUGCCUAAAUGUGUUGAGACGCAGAUUAGUGCAAUAAUUAUUUAUGCAGAUAUGGUGUAGACAAAAAAUCGUCUAUAUGCGUAUUUCAUAAACAACGGGUAUUUAAAUCAUCUCAGACGAAAAAUAAUAGAAAACUGUAGAGUUAAUUUAAAGAUAAAAACAAAAGAUAUCCACACUUUCGGAUGGAUAUUAAAAUUUGCAUCUAGAUGAGAUUCUUAAAAAAAAUAAAAUAUAAGUGUGUAUAUAUAAAUCUUUGGUUUCGGGGAAAAAAUGGCUUAAGUAGUUAAGUCAAUAUUUUAUAAAGUUUUCAAUAUAAGCAAAUUACAUUUUGAAAAAUGACAUAAAUGACAUAAUAACAUAAUUUAUUGCUGAACGGCUAAACUAUCCGACUGCCUAACCUAAAUGAAGUUUCAAAUGGAUUAUACUUUUUUCGUCAAACAAAAUUUUAUAUUUAUAUUCUGAGUGGAGCGAGGAAAGUAUUGGUUUUAAAAUAAUGUGUAUUUUAUUAUAUUUUUUUUUUCUGUGAAGAACUUUUCUACCAUGAAUUUUGCUUCGAUUUUCAAGUGUAGCACUUUUUCUAAAAGGAAAUUUGACUGGGAUGGUUCAUUAAGAGAGUAAUUUUUUGAUUUUCCAAGCAGUUUUAAAAAUAAUUUGGGAAAAACGUAGGAAUUACGGGAAAUUUUACGAAAACGAUGCUUUUAUCAUAUUCAAUUUGAACAGAAAUCUUUAUAUUUGUCUUUUAUAGACAUGGUAAAAUUUUCAAAAUAUUUUAUCCAUUUUUGAGCUAUUUACAGACAUUUUAAUUUUGCAAGUUUUUUACUACAUUUUUUAUAAGAUAGGUAUUUUGUGGAUAAAAUUGUUAGACCAAAUAAAAAAGCUUAACAAUUUAACAGGAGGUCCAUUAUAAGUUGUACUUAGUGAUAAAAAAGAAAAGUUCGAGUUUAAUGUAGUAUUUUUUUUUUAUAAAAAUUUUAAUAUCAAAUUUCGAUGAAAAUCGUAAUUAUUACGACCUUUUAAAACACGUAUUAUAACCGAACUCCUUUCAGAAUUGUUAUUCAUUCGAAAUGAUUAAUCGUUGCAUACUAAAGUACAUUAAAUACAUAAUUCCUACUUUUCAGACUUUUUACCUACAGUAACAGGGGCCCACCUGUCAUGAGAAGUAUAUACGUCUUUUUUAAUUUAAUUUUUUAGUAUACACAGCGUGUAAAUUAAUAUGCAUACACGUGGGCGGUGUAAACCAACAAACAAAGGUGAAAAAUAAAAUACAUAAGGCGCAAUUAUAAAAAAAAACUCACUUUCCCAGGAACCGAAGGUAUAUAUUAUAUCGUUAUUAUCUAAAUCGAUUUAUCGAGACAAGACGUCUCAACACUGUCUAAUAAUAUUUUUAUAAUACGUAGGUGUAUAAAUAACGUAGUGAAUUAUAUAUCGUAUUUAGAAACGCGAAAAAAGUAUAGCAUAAUAUUACACACAGUGAGAACCGUAGACUUAGUACAAUUUACGUAUUAUAUUUUCAUCGUAGGUAUAAAAUAUAUCAUAUUAUAGACGACUUUUGAUUAUUUAUGUUUUUUUUUACGUACUUCUAGUACCUAUAUAUAUAUAUAUAUAUCUAUUCGUAUUUAAAAACAUUAUUAUUCUGCAAUUUGUAUAGAUAAAUCCCUUACCCCCACAAACUCACACAAAAAAAAAAAAAACCUUUUUCACCGCCCCGAAUUCUGUAAUAUGUUAAUUUAUAUACCUAAAACUCCUGUGCUUUUUUUUUUUUUUGUUUUACUCUGUCGCCGCCGACAGUACGAAGAAGAAGACGAAUUCGACGAGGAUAAUCAAAUAGAUCAGCAGCAGCAACGGAAUAAGCUCGCGGGGUCGAGCACUACGGCGUCGACGCCCGUCGACAGCAAGGACAGCAGCGGCACCAUCAGCGGAAUGUUAGCAGACUUCAGUCGGUCCAUAGGUAAAUCCCGUGCCAUGGCGUGGGCAGACGGUUGGAAAUCGCGCGCGCCCCCGGGUAUUCCGAAGUAAUCUCGUCCCACGCGAGUUCGGAAAUAAAAUAAUACGCUCCGUCUCUUGUUCCUUUGAGUUAGGGAUUUUAUCGUCCGCUUGUUUUCCUCGUCCCCUCCCACCGCCCACGGAAAUUUUUCCCCGGACGACUCGCUCGCGAAAUUCGUUUUCGUCAAAGGCAACGGAACAUAAAAGCGUAUAAUACCCAAUCUUUUGAUCGUAUUAUACGAAUAACUUAAUAAUAAUAUACAAAGUUUAAAUUAAUUAUAUUUAAAUAUAUUAUACAGGGUGUACUAUAUAGCUUCGAGAUUUGACGAUUUCCUAUAUUUCCUAUGCAAUUAUUACAAUAUCAUACGUUUUUAGGAAAUCGGCAAAUCCCGCAGAUACACUCUGUAUAUUGUACUUAUAUAACGCGGGUUGGGUGGUGGUCGCUGCACAAAUGUUUUUUCGUUUUCCAGAAAUAUUUAAGCCGAAAUUAAAUUUAAAUUUAAAAAAAAAAAAAAAAAUGCUUUUUUAUAACGAAUAAUUAAUCGCAGAAAAAUGGUUAGUUAGAAAGAUGUGCUUCUGUUACAGCGUUAGGGAUUUAAAAUUAUAUUACUGUAUUAUCACUUUAACCGUAAAUUAAAGUAUUAAAAUACACGAAAAUUAAGCGGUAAAACAAACUUUAUUUUGAAAUACGUAAUACACAUACUGGAUUAGUUGAAUAAUUAUAGAAAAAGGUCGCAUAAAUAAUAUUAUUUGGUAAAAAAAAAAAUAAUUUAAUUUCGCAAGAAAAAACUAUAUAUAAAGUCAUGGCCGUGUUAUACAAGGGGGGGGGGUAAUGGGAGCAUUGGCGCCAAACCUUUUUAAAACUACGGGGCACCUACCUCAGUAUAAAACUCAAUAUACAAGUAAAAUUAACAAUAGGUAUCACUGUUAUUAUUAUGAUGAAACGCUUUGAUUAGAGCGAUAAUGAAUAUCGUUUGAUAAUUAAAAGAACCUAAGUACAAUUGAGUACUGUAAUAUGGGUACUUAGAAAUAAAAUUCAGUUGUAAGGAAGAAUACCUUAUUUCGGCGGAGGUAAAAUGUUGACAUUUUAAUGCGAAUUAAAUAGAACUAUGAAAAAAAGAGCUAGUUUAGGGAAUUAAUCCACCAAAUCCAGCUUAUUCGGAGUAAGACCUUAAAAAGGGGGUGGGGGCAUUUAAAAGUGCAUGUCCUUGAGCUUCAAAUGGUUUAACACGGCUCUGCCUAAAGUUCCAAUAUGCCUAAUAUUCUAAUUCAACGCCACUUUAUAUUAUAUUUUUAUUGAAUCGUAAUGUUGCGUCGUACGCUAUAAUGCGUUUUUUUUUCUGUCUGUAAACAACUUUCAUCAAUCUUGCUCUGAUGUACAAAGUGUAGAAUCUUUUCUGAACGGUAAUUUUCUCUCGAUAGUGAGUUAUGAGAUCAUUUUUUAAUUUUCCGGGGGAUUUUUAAAAUAAUUAGGAAAAAUAUAAAAGAAAAUUAUUAAUAAUAUAAUAAAUAUUUACGGUUACCGACUUCAUUGUUUUUGAUUUUUGCAAACUAUGUUUUCUACUACAAGUAUUGCUCCAAUCGAAAAAUAAUAAACAAUCUCUUUCGUUCUUUUUAAUACAUUGCCACUGAUAAAGAAAGUCAUUUUUUGGUAUUCAAAGUAGUUUUCAUAAAUAUUGGGGAAAACCGAAAAGUUAAAAUUGAUCAAUAUUUAUGGUAACUUAUUUAUGGCGUCUCGGUUUAAUUAUUUUAAUUUUUGUAAUCGAUGUAUUCUACUGGAUAUUUUACUCCAAUUGCAAAAGAGAUCGAAUUUUUUCCAUUUAUAUCUAAUUAUUGAUCGAGAAAGUCAUUUUUCGAUAUCUAAUAUAGUUUUCAUAAAAAUUGAGAAAACCAAAAAUACGACUUUUUUUUCAAAUUACGGCUCAAUGAUUUCAUUUUUUAAAAUGUUCAAGAUUAUAUUUUUCUCCCGAAAAUCUUUGUCCAAAUAUCAAGAAUAGUAAAUUUUCUAAAACAAAAAAGUUGUUUAUUUUGUGAAUAAGGAGGCCAUUGGUUAAUUUUUCGUAUAGUUUUUCUAAUAGUUAUGAAAAACCGGGAAUAAACUUAGGGAAUACGACAAAGUGUUUGGCAUUUGAUUUUUUAUUUUUUUUUAUUUUUUAAGAAUUAUCGUUGUUUUCACAAAAUACUUAUAUUGGCUAUUUGUAGACGUGGUAAAAUUUUCAAAAUAUUUAACUAUGUUUAGGCUAUUUAAAGGUAUUUAACAUUUCGGAUUUUUAAUUGGUAGGGAUCUAUUAGUAAAAUUAUAUGACUUCAGAGAAAUGCUUGACAAUUGUUAAAAAAGUACAAAGUACAAAACCAAGUUGUACUUGUGGUCUAAAAACAAAUUUGAGUGUAAUACAUCAGUUUUUUUUUCAUAAGUUUUUUUAAAUCAAAUUUUGACGAAAAUCGUAAAAAUUUCGAGAUAUGUUUUAUCGGAGUUUCUCUGUAUCGUUUUCAAUUAGCAAUGGUUUAUCUUUGCGUACGGAUAUAAAUUAAAUAACUUUAUGUAUCUUACCUUUCUAACUACCUAUCUACAAGGGUUGCUGUAUCAGUUCCCAAUAUCAGCUUUUUUUUCAAUUCAAUACACAACGUAUGAGUUAUCGUUUUUGUUUUUUUUUUUUUUUAAUCGAAUUUCCACGCCAUUCGGUUUAUACCUAACCUUAGCAAAAACAAAUAUUUUCAAUCCCUCGGGGUUCUGAAUUUCUUCUACGAUAGACGCCAGUUGUUUGAUCUAAUAAGUACCAUUAUCUAUAUAAAAAGCAGACGGGACUGUGAGAAUAUAUUUUGAAACGUACAACGAAACAUUCUAUAUUAUUUACUCACGUAUUUUUUAUUUCGAUUGCAUUUUAUUCCCUCUUGUAUAUAUCAUUCCCGUCGCAAACAUAAUCGAUUUAUGAUCUUUGUAAUAUUUUUUUCCAUUUACCCACAGAUGAUUGUAGGUUUAGCGUUCAAACGUCGAAAGCAGGGUAGUGAAGAAAAAAAAAAUAGUUUUUUCUAUUUUCAAAAAACAUGUUUUAAAUUGUAAAAAUACGUGUACGUUUUAUACGUGUUUGAAAUGUGUUUUUUUUUUUUUUAACAUGAUUUGUAAAUACCAUAUUAUUUUACAAUUAUUAUACAAGACUAUUUAAUUAUAAAUCGAAUUUUAUCAUAAUUAUUUAAGGAGCAAAAUAACAAUUAAAAAAAUGUUAACCCUUUAUGUACAAAUAUACCUACCCAAUAGGAACUGUUUAUUUUCGUUUAUAUAGAAUUGUAACAAAUAUCUUUACUUUUCGAAACCCAUCAGUUAUUUAUUGUAAUUGAAUUGUUGAAAGUUUUAAUCAUUUAUGUACAAAACGAUUUAAACGAUUGCUGUUUAAUGCACUUCACGACCACGGUCGGUAUGUAAUUUUCUUUAUUUUACACGGGACAAAGUUUUUACACCAAGCCCCGUGUCCAUCCCCCCGACACGGACGGCCAACCGAUUGACGUAGGCGGGGACUAUUCCGAACGCCUUCUUAUAAAAUAUAUAAAAUUUAUCCUGCCAAAAAUGAAGAAUCAAUUGCUUUUCGGAAAGACGCGGACCUCUCGGCGUGGCCGUUUUGACGUGUGCCUCUUUAACGUACGUCCGUUUUGACGUGUACCGUUUUAACGUACGUCCGUUUUGGUGCGAGGCCAUUUUAUCAAAUAUACAAUAAUAAUAAUAGUAUCGUAAUAAAUAUAAUAAUCAAAAGGAAAAUAAUAUAUAUAUUUGUUCUCGAGCACGGCGUAUAAAAUGGCGUUUUAGAAAUAUUCAAACAUACCGUAUGCUGUUAAGUUUGUAACAUUAGUUUACAUCUAAUAAAUUAUUAUGAUGAGCUACGUUCAAAUAAAAACAUGUUGAACAACUGUUUAUCAAGAAUAAAACCAAUCGUAAAACCGUAUGGGUUUUUGAGUGUCAAAGCUCAAAAUAUAACUCGCCAUAGUUGAAUUAUAAUAUUAUUAUGAGUAUUUUGUUUAUUCUAUAAUACUAAAAACAUUUUAAAACACUAUUUGUAUACCUAUAAUAUACUUAAGUAAAAAUAUAUCUUUCAUAAUUCAUCCACAAAUUGUAUUAAUAUUAUAUGAACACGUUAAAACGGACAUACACAAAAGCGAUAUAAGCAAUAGUGGCCACGCAAAAACGCUCACGCCAAGGUUUUUUAAAACGCAGUUACAAUUUUUUUUCAGUGGUAUGUUUAGUUUUUUGCCACAUUCAGGCCAAUUCUAGGCUAAUUUUGUUUUACCACUCCUUUAAAGAGAUCAAAAACGGAUAUUUUUCCUGUAUCCAACAUACACCCUGCAGUAUAGGAAUUUAGAUAGAUAUUUUGCCUGCCAGGUCGGUAUAAUGAAACGAUAAUUGUAAUUCUGAAAAGUGAAAACAGAUUUAAGUUCAGCGGACAGUGUACGGGGGAUCAGUCAGGUUACUUUUUUCAAUAAUAUUAAAUUUUAGCAUUUUAGCUUCAUUUUAAUUUUAUAGUAUUGCAUAUUAUUUUUAUUAGCAACAAAUAAAAAAAAAAAACAGAUUAUUUAAAUAAAAACUUGUCACCUCUCCUGAAUUAGGCAUCCUAUUUCGCCUGUCGUUUAAUAUUCGUCACUUGUAUUAGUAAUAAUAAUAAUAAUAAUAAUAAUAAUAAUAAUUUUAAAACUGAUUUUUGUUUAUUUUUGAUUUAGCCAAUAUGAACAGCAGUAGUGGAUCGACCUCAACUUCUUUGCCGAACGGUGGUGAAAACAACAAUGAAUACAAUAAACCCUCUACAGCUUCGAGUGAAAGCGCGUCGCUUCAGCAACAAAAUCAGUCAUUCCAGAACGAACAGCAACCGUACCAAUCACCCGGUUUAUCAUCCGGUAGCACGUCGCAGUUGCGUCGAACCCAGUCCAUAAUCAGUCAAAGUCUCCGUGAUCAACAAUAUCAGUUAUACAGUGCCGGGAAUUCAAUAUCACUUCAACAGCAAGCACAGACACAACAACAACAACAACAACAACAGCAUACACAACAACUACAACAACAGCAGCAACAGCUGCAACCACAACAACAACAACAACAACCGCUGCAACCACAAAAACAACAACAACAAUACGAAGAAUCCUUGAUCAACCAAUUGCAGCAACAAAACAUCUCUAACUCUUACGUUUCAGCAGAAGGUUCCUCGUUUUACGGAAACAGUAAUCAAACAGGUGGACCGGUAAACCUUUCGAGACAAACACAACAAACGAACAACGCUAGCAGUAAUACUGCCGUGGUACAACAGUUAUACCAACACCCAACAUAUCAACCACAACAACAGGAACUUUUGUAUCAACCUUACCAACCGGAAUACGCCACAUAUCAACAACAGCAACAGGUACAGCAGCAACAACAACAACACAUACAGCAGCAACAACAGAUACAGCAGCAACAGCAACAACAGCAGAUACAGCAGCAUCAGCAACAACAACAGCAACAGAUACAGAUACAGCAACAGCAACAGAUACAACAGCAGCACCAGCAACAAAACCAGCAGCAGCAACAUCAGCUGCAGCAACAGCAACUUCAAAAGCAGCAACAGUAUCAGUUUCAACAACAAGCACAGUUACAACAACAGCAACAGCCACAGAUGCAACAACAGCAGCUGCUACAACAACAGCAACAGUCACAACUACAACAACAGCAACAGUCACAACUGCAACAACAGCAACAGUCACAACUGCAACAACAGCAGCCGCACCAACAACUACAGCAACAACAGCAGUCGCACCAACAACUACAGCAACAACAGCAGCCGCACCAACAACUACAGCAACAACAGCAGCCGCACCAACAACUACAGCAACAACAGCAGCUACACCACCAACUACAGCAACAACAGCAGCCGCACCACCAACUACAGCAACAACAGCAGCUGCACCACCAACUACAGCAACAACAGCAGCCACACCAACAACUACAGCAACACCAACAAUAUCAACAAGGUCAGGCUCAGGAAUACCAGAGGUAUUCAAAUCAAGAUCAAAAACAACAGCAACUGCUAAUCGGUAGUAGUGAUAAUUCUCACCAAUUGUACGGUGUUGAUUAUCAACAACAAAGAAUAGACAAUAGUUAUUCGAAAAAUGCCACCGGCUUGACAAGUGGCAUUAAUAACAUUGGUGGCAUGAGUAGCAUGAAUGGCAUAAGUGGUAUUAGUGGCAUUAGUGGCAUUUUAAAGUACAAUGUAAACAAUGCAACGGCCGUGGACUCUUCUUCCAACGGAUUUAGACCAUUAAAUCAGCUACAGGGUCAAGUAAGUAAAGCAAAUCGGAUAAUAAUAUAACAAUAAUUUAUCGUUAUUUUCAAUUUUAAAUAAUAAUGAUGUACUGUUAAAAUGUGUUCCUGCGGAUAAUUUAUAUUAAUUAAGUUUUAAAACCAAUAAUUAUAAAUUAUCGUACUUUGUACCUAUUUACUCAUAGAUGUAUGUAUAUAAAAAAAAACAGUAAAUAGGCAAAACUGUCUUACACCGUGUGUUCAUAUGAUGUACUAAUAUAAUAUAAUAAUGUACUAUAAAUAUAAUCUUAAAAUGUUAGCAAUAAUAAUUUUAUAAUCAAUCUAUCCUCGAUAUUGAUAAUAUUGUACAUAGAUUAAAUUUCAACAUACUGCAACUUAGCCAAUUUUAUAAUUAGAAUAAAAAAAUGUUCAUAGAAAAAUUGUUCAAAAAAAAAGACUCUACUUGUAACUGUAGAAAAAAAUCAGAGUUGUCAUUUGAAAAAAUUAAGUUGUACAAGCGUGUACCGAAAGUGUUAACAAUUUGCAAUUAAUUUGAAACUGUGUAUUUUGAUACUCCCUGUAUCACCUCUCGAAAAUCCUAUUUCAAUCCAAGGUCAUCCUUGAAAUUUUAAGUGCUAUUUUAUAAUGUGAACACAUGGUAUAAUAUGGUGGCUAAUUUAUUUAUUUAUUUUUCUGAAUGUAGUACCUAUGAACCGAAAGCGUUCAGCAGUGGCGCAACCAGGAGAAAAGAGUGUUUUGGGUGUCUGAAUGCUUCCUACAUCCAUGUUUAAGUUUACAAAUGUAUUAAAAUGUAUUAAAAAACGUGUUUUUUUUUUUUUUAAUGCAAACAACAUUUACCCCCCUCCCCUCCUUCAACAAAUCUUGGUUGCGUCAUUGGCUUCGAUAAAGAUGCUUCGUAACAACUUAAAGUAUUACAGUUUUCGUUAACUAAAAAACAAUACGUUCCUAUUAAUUUAAAAUAAUAAUGUCGCGUAUAUUGAACUAUCAUUUAAAUUACACGCUCAUAAUAUUGCGUAGGUAUAGGCGAUUAAAACCCAAAUUAUUAUGAACUUUGCGUUUUAGCGGACCGACAAUCCAACGGCAGCCGCAGUACAACAACUGCAACAUAUCAACGAGAAUAAUUACUCGGGUCAGAUUCAGCAACAAAAAUUGAACACAUUGACGGGGCCAGGCAUGUCUGCAGCCAAAAUAUCUGUGUUGCAUCACUCCACAGCCGCCCCAGCAGCCGUGGACCAGAACACCGGUGGAAAACCUUUGCCAACUUCGGAGCCACUCAAAUAUCAGACCACUACGGCACAACAACAGCAGACGAAUUUACACAGUAAGCGAUAUUAUAUUAUUGCUGUGGUUUCCUCCGGCAUGGAGCUUGAACCUAUGACGAUAGAUCCGUCCGACGAGGACGCCCGAAAAAAUAUUAUAUUAUAUUAUUUUAAAUUUAGAGCCAAGUGAGGAAUGUAUUGGUUUUACUUUGAUGUAUUUUUGUGUGUCUGUGAGUAACUUUUUUACCACGAAUAUUGGUCCAAUCAAAACAUGACACUCUUGUCAUGUUUUGACAAGACCUUUUUUUAUUGCAUAUUGGUGCAUUGGAAAAGUUAUUUGAAAUUCUCAUUAUAUUCGUGAUAAUGAGGAAAAACUGGUUAUUUAGGUUAAAAAAAAUGAAAAUAUUAAAAAUAAAUGUGACAUAGACAACCAUUUUUAUGGGCGUAACACGUUUCCAGUAGAAACUUUCCACUGAUAGUAGAUUCUCUUUUACACCGAUAUUUGAUUCCAACAAAACAAUUUCUAUACGACGCUUAUGUUAAAAACUGUAAUACAGUAAUAAAAUAUACAAUAUAAUAUAGUGAAUAUUAAAUUUUAUUUGUCGGAUAUACCUAUUUAUCGAAUAAUCCAAAAAAAAACCACACAGUAAGAAACCGCCAAUAGGAAAAUGACCAAAUUAUAACGGACUAAAAAAAAUGGAAUAAUUCGAGGGUGACAUUUUGUGUUUAAUAAAACAGUAUACUAAAUAUCUAUAUUUAUGAAAAUGAAAUGUUGUUUUGAAUUUCAAUUACGAUUUUGUGAAAAGUAUAUCUUACAAUUUUCAAAAAAAAUAUAUCAACUAAUUAUAUAUAAGUACAAUAUAUAUAGCGAUAAGGUAUGCCAUAAUAUUAUAUCACUUUUUUUUUUUUUUUUUUUUAAUUCCACAAUGUUUUUUUAAUAAAGUAUUAUAUUUUCUUCAUUGAAAAUAUAUAUAUUUUAUCAUGUUAUACCUAUGCCGGGUUGCAUGCACAAUUUACUAUGCAAUUACCGAACAUUUAUUAAACCAAUAGUAGUGAGCUAAAUAAUAUGGUUUUGGUGGAAAAGAGGCAGGUACACUUUUGGUGGAAAAUGACAUCACCCGUUUUUAAUUAUUUUAUAUUAUUAUUAGGUUUUUAUUAAUUUAAUUUUUUAAUAUUUGUUUAAACAAUCGUUAUUGAAAACGCAAAUUGUGUAUAAAUGCGAUGCUAUUGAUCGAGUUCCAUUCAAAAUCGUUUUCUAUUAGCAAUGAUGCACUUUUGCGUUCGGGUACAAAUUUAAUUCCGCUCGAUAUCCUGCCCUCCCAAUUUCUCGCCCACUAAAAUGGACCACCAAUCGUGCGAAGUAUGAACCCGUCUUUUGUUUGUUUUAUUAUGUUGGGGGAGGGGGGGAUCGGACUAUAGUUAUAUUAUAAACGCAAAUCACAGGAUGGUCCUUAGCGCCCGACUUUUCUGGGCUAGCGCCACGAAUCCCAAAAUUAUUAACAAACCAACACCGACGAGACCAUUGAGUUUUCACCUGAUAUAUAAUACCGGACCUGGUACUUAAGUUGCACCAUGAAUAUUUGUACAUGAUUUGCGUCUGUGCAGUAAGAAUCCGGUAUAACUGACAUCAUUUAAUUUUUUUUUUUUUUACAGCCGCGUCAUCACAAAUAAACAUUCCUACAACUGCGUCUAGAGGCGCACAGCUCCUGAGCAGCGGCAAUUCGGGGCUCAGAGAUUUAACGGCGUCACCGUCGGACACGGUCAGCGAACCGGACUCCAUGCGCUCUUCGUCGCUCCGAAGCAGCGUCGGUCGGGAUGCCAGGGACGCCCGACGCCGACUGCCCGACUUACCGCCGCCCGAUAUAGACGUGAACAGCUUACCGUGGCUGCAGGGCGCCACGAACUCCAAGCGCCGCGAACGCAUAAUGCGCGUGAUGAUGGACAAGUUCAAGUAUGUUUCAUCGCGUUUGUGCUAAUUAAUUAUAGGCGUGCGUUUGUAAAACUCCUCGCAAGUAGGCUAGUGAAUUGUCGCAUUGUGGGCUAUGGACACGCGCGUAUGAUUUGUGCGACCGUUGGGUUUGAUUCGGUACAGCUCCGUUGGUCCACGACGCAGACAUUACGAUUGUACAUUCGUAUUCGACGCUGUUUGUCGGCGGGACGAUGAGUCAAAAAUAAAUUUAAAAAAGGGAAUGGAAAUAUCGGUUCGCAGUCCGAUCGCGCGAGAACGGGCGGUUUUUUCGUGACCCUAGACAUCCGAAAUGCGAGAAUCAUCGAGACGAACAAAACUUUGGCAACGCAAUAAACUUUGUAUCGUCUCGGUAAAAAUGGCGUUUGAACGCGCGCCUUUCCGAACGGAAAAUUAUUGUUUUUGAAAACGCGCGGCAGACUGCCAAGCACGUGUGCUACCCCCAAAUUCUAUUUUAACGUUUUGGUUUGGUAAUUCUCAGGCCGUUCUCAUCUACACGGAACGUUACAAGCAUUGACAGCAGCAACGGUCACGGUUACUGUACCAGCAAAUUCUCCACGAAUCGACCAGGCAGCAUGAGCGAAACGAAUUUACUCAAGUAUCGGUCUCCAAAAGAUGGCGUUUCUGGAUCGACGGCCAGACCGGAAUCGGCGCUUGGUCUUCUGCAAGGUACGUACCUACGCGAUUCCGUGCUGCGGAUGGUGUGUGAUAAUAUUUAUAUAAUAUGUAUAAAAAAACAUUUUUUUAGUGAUUAAUAUUCGAAAAAAAAAGUAUUUAUUGUCAGAUAUUUAUUUAUAUUUUAUUUUCUAUGUAUUUGUUUGUUUUUGUACGUAAUUUUUGACGAAACCAAAGACUAUUGCAAUUUAUUGUUAUGUCUGUUUCCCUUUACUUAUGGACACUUGAAGCGGUCUCUUCCGUGCUGAAUGCGCUCAAACUCGCGGAAAUUAGAAUCGUUUUAUAGCCAGUUUAAAGUGAUAAAUGUUUAAUUUAAAUUCGAUAUUAAUUUCAGCGUGUUGUAACGGAAGUAAGGUGUUUUUCAGGUUUCGAAUACCCGUACAGAUUCCCCAAAAAGAGGAUGAAAUUUCGUAUAUGCAUGCAUUAAAGAUGUGCUCUUUGAGAGAUUUAAUUUUUAACCUCCACUCCUACCCUUUCUAUGCAUAGAUUGUGCAAUUAUAAUUUUGUUUAAACUAGUUUAUUCGUAGAGUACUUAGCGUUAUAUUGUUAUUAAUUACUAUACGAGUAUUAUAUGAUUCGGUUAUUUAUCGUUUUAUAAAACAUAUGUCCAGUAUAAUAUAAAAUAGGGCAAAAAUUAUAUUCUUGUUACGAAGCUUUAUACCGAUCACGGGCGUAUUUUUUUUUUAGUUAGUUUUUCGAGUAUCAAUUUACAAAAUUAUUUUUUGUUGUUUGUUUUUUAUUAUGUAAAUAUAUAUAGGUAUAACAAAGGUUAACUGUAUAUUAUCAUAAUGGACACUUUUUACGCACCGGCUAAAAUGCCGAGGGUCUCCUGUCGGCAUUGUCGGAAUUACGGGAAGCUUAUAAUUUAUCGUUAGGUACCUGCUUCCGCACUAUAUUCAAUCAUAAUUAAAACGCAAGCCGGGAUUACGUAUAAAUAUCAUAUUAUACGUUGUUAUAGAGGGUGUAUAUAAUAAUCUAACGUGUCAAUUCGGUAGCGGGCCGCAUUAAUAUAAUAUCCCGGAAACAAUAAUAACGGCGCUAAUUAAUUUAUUACUCGUCUAUACGAUAGGUGCAAUCGAAUUCUGGGUACUUAUAUUAAAAAAAAAAAAAAAAAAAAGAGUCGGAUUACGGCGGGUAUCAUUUCGAAUUGUCGCUACGACCGGAUUACCACGAGAGAUUGUAUUUUGUACAAAUACACGUAGAUACGUGUAUGUAGGAGGCACACCUAUAUAAUCGAAUUUUCGAAAUGCCGGCGACGCGAAAAGUAAUUCGACAAAAAAAAACUCUCGUUGAUGUGUAGGGGGAUUAUUACGUCAGAAUGACGGACAUAUUAUGUACGAGUAAAAGCCCCGACGAAUCAGUCACUGCCAUCGCGUAUAACGCGAUAUAUGUAUAAAAGUAAAAGAAAAAGAAAACUGCUGUGGGACAUUUUCCGAACGAGGCAGCUGCGCGAGUUUGAUAUACGACUACAAUUUAUAUACUUACCUGCCCCCUCUACCCACGUUUGAAAUUGGGUGUUUUCGUUAAAGACUUACGAAAAAGUGAUUUAAUUUUAGAGAACUUUUUCCCGUCACGUACCACACCAUGCACAAAAUAACCACGAGAAAUACAAUACAAUAUUGUAUACUUCACAAAGUUUAACUUAUUGUAACCAUUAUUUGUAACUAAAGCAGAGAGUACGCAGUUCUAAAAAAACCAAAAAAUAUACAUUGAAAAUAGGUCUCUACACAUUUUUUAGAUUUUGAGCGUGGCGAAGUGUGGUUUUACAAAGAUGUUUAUUUAUUUAUAUAUUUUUUUUCAUACUGUGUACAAAAAUUCUUCCGAAAAUUUUGCUCCGAAGUAUCAAAUAUAGCGAAAUUUCUGAAAAAAAAUUUUCCUGGAACGGUACUUUAGGGGAGGCAAUUUUUUUAUUUUUCAAAGAGUUUUCCUAAUAAAUGGGGAAAAAACGAAGAAAACACGAAAAAAUGUAAAAAAUGUAUAGUUAGUAGUACUGUGAAUGUGUAGGAGAGUACAUUUUUUUGUAGCUAAUUAGGAAACGUAGCUUUCUAAGUGCAUAAUUUGAAUUAUGUAACAACAAAUUAAUUUAUGAAACUUUUAUUUUGUAUUUUUUGACAUUUUUAAUUUUUAAUGUCAUUCUUUUUGGACUAAAAAAUCAUAUUUUCUUUUCAAGUUCAUUUUCCGGUAUUUUUAAUCAAAUUUUGCCAAUUAACAUGUUUACGCACAUAUUUUUUUGUUUUACACAGGCUAUAUAUAUGUAAAAUUUAUAUUUUAUAAAAUAAUAUUUUACAUAAACUGUAUCCGAGUUAUGUAAAGAUAAGGAUUUGAUAAAAUAAGACAAUAUUGUAGAAAUCAACUUAUUUAACAUUCAAAUUCUAUCAACAUUUUUAUAAUUUUUAUUAAAGAAAUUAGUUUUAUAAAUAAAUACAUUUUUAUGUAUUUGUGUAUAAUAUACUAAUAUCUAUAAUAUCAAAAUAAGUAUAAAAAUUAAGUUAAAAACCAUUAUAAGUGCAUAUUUUAUUGCUUGUUUUGAAAUUUGUAGUACGUUUUUUGUGCUUUUUAAGGCUUUUCAUUGCAUUAAAUUCACAGCCCUAGUUAUUAGUAAAAUAAUAUUGUGAUCUUUUUAUUCAUAUAAGAAACUUUUCUACUCGUAAUUUUGCUCCAGUUUUUAAUGAUAGUACUUUUUUUGAAAGGAAAUCUAACUGGGAUGGUACUUUAUGAGGUAAUUUUUUUGAUUUUCACGGGGGUUUUUAAUAGAAACAAUAUAAUAUAAUAUAAGCCGAGUAAAAACAAGAAAAUAGAUAUAACUUUAAAUAAAUAUUAAUAAAGAAAAUAUUCGAGCAUAAUGCAUAUGUAAAUAAUUAUUUUACCAUAAUGUGGCAUACAUAUAUUACAUUUUUGACAAAGCAACACAAUUCAACUCAGAAUCGUUUUCCGUUAGCAAUGGUUGAUUUUUGCGUACAGAUAUACAUUGAAUUUUCCCUUUACCUUCCCAACUUCUCACCUACAAUAAUGACCCACCCAUUUGCAAAGUAUAUCCAUCUUUUUCUAGUGAUUUAAUUUAAAAAAUAUCAAUUAUUUAAAAACAUCUAAAAUAAGAAAAAUAGUUAUCUACCUAAUUUAAUAAUAUAUGACAUAUCAUGACCAAAUUAAUGAAAAAAAUCUUUUCGUUGAUCGAAUUAAGUUUACAUUAGUACAUUACAUUGAUUAAUUUCUUUACUUGAUUUAUUUUAAAAUUUUUUUAAUAUUUAAAUAGACAUUUUUUUCUUGCAACACUAAAAAAAUAGCAUUAUUAAUAAACAUUUAUGAUUUCAUAAAUUUUAAAUCCGCAUGUUUUUGCAAGACUAUGCAAAAUAAAUCUACAAAUGCUAGAAGUUGUCUGCUCUAUUUAUAACACUUCUUAGAUUAUGAUAACAGAUGUGUCGUUCAAUUUUGAGAAAUGUACAAUAUUGAAAUACUACUAUCGUCCGAAGGCGUAAAGUGGGGAAGGAAAAGGACGUUUAAAUGAAACUGUCCACACUGUCAAAUUCAUGAUUGAGCAUUUCCCAGCUUGAUAAUUUGUAAAUUAGUAUUAAAAUAUUAUACAUUAUUUAUUGCGUGCAAACAUAAAAUACUAAAGUAAUAUUAUUAUUACCUACCGACGUAUUUUUCACCUCACACGCAUUAUAAAUAUUAUAAUAAAUGCACGUCAUUAAAAUGUAUAAUUAUAAUAAUACUGUAUUCCUUCAUCUAAACAAAUUGAUCCAGUUACGUCCAUGCACGAAAUUGUAUGACUAUUGUUGGUUUUGUUCUGUACGCAUUUAAGCAACUAGGGAGGUGCACAGGAACUUAUCCAUCCAAGUUUAAAAUAUGCACCCCCAAAAAAUAAAAACAUUUUUCUACUGUGAUUUGAUUGUUUUGAUUUUAAAGUAAAUAUUAUCAAUAAUUACAAAAAUAUUAUACUAUACCGCUGAAUUCAAAGCUGAAAUGAUGGUCUUUAAAAAUUGCUUGCUUACAAAUUUCAGUUUUGAUGAUGUUAAAAAAAAAAAACAACAUUCAAAAAGUAACAUAGACAAACUUAUUCUAGUAGGUAUCAUCAUACCUAUCAAUAUAAGUUCUGCUCCUUGCGAAUGCAGUUUCUCCAGUCUGCGCCAAUAUAAAAAUUGGUUACAUACAAGUAUACCACAACAAAGAUUUACCAAUUGAUCAUUAUGAAGUAUCGAGAGGGAUAUAACAAAAAGUUUGAAAAGUGACCACAUUUUAAAUAUGUAUAUAACUCGAAUUAAAAAAAAAAACAAAAAACAAAUAGUUGUGUGAUUAUUUUAUUUUUUUAACAAGGAAUUUGUAUGACUAUUAAGUAUUAAUAGUAUUUAUACUAAAUGAUAUUACCCAUAUUAAAACAAAACAUGUAAAUAUGCAUUUGUAAUUUUUACUUUAAUUAAAAUAAUAUUGUGUAGUCUAAAGGGGAUACAAAGCCUUCAUAGAUCUAUGAGAUAUUUACCAUUUUUGCAACUCCAAAAAUAUUGGUCAAGUUGCAUCUAUGACUGUACGGUUUAAAGCACUGAUUCUUAAUAUCUGUUAUUCUACACAUCCUUUGCAGAUUUUCAAAAAUCUCGCGCUCCCAACAAAAAAAGUCAAUCAAAAAAGGUUUUCAACAAAAAGAUACAAGUAAUAUUCGUAUAAAGUCCGAUAAGCAAACAAACCUAUUAGAUAACCAAUCGUUAUUAUUAUUCUAUUUUUCCCCGACAUCGUAUAAUUAAAAUAAUUAAUAAAUACAAAUUUCACUUGGUGAUGACUGCUUGUGCCUUCCCAGCACUGUGUUAACGCCUCCCGUGUCGGGCAACACUGGUUUAGAGAUAUGGCGGCCUAAGAAGACAGGAAUAAGGUUCGAAGUUUGAGGUGUUGAGAGGAUUUUCGGGUCAUUCGUAUUGAAGCACAAACCGGUAGACCGACGGAAAGCGACAUAACCAUCAACUCGUGGAUCUGUUUUAAAUCCUCGGGGUUUAACUGAGAGAAUUUAAACGAGAUAAGUGUGCAACGGUUGGGGUGGACACGGGAGUCGUCAGUGAAAACAACCGGCCGUGAAACCUCACCCCAAGAUGCCUAGAUUGCGCGGUAAGGAAUGAUCUACAGAAUAGCCGAAACAAACAUGUGUAUAGACGCGGAGGCAAAUUUUGUUGGAGGUUCCCGGGUCUUUGAAGAUAUAGAUUAUAAAUGAUAAAUUGUUAGUUUUACGUCGUCCGGAGAAACGCGAUAACAAAAGUCGCAUACAUUUCGAUUGCGAUUUGCGAUAAGAGGUUCGUGAAGAGAAAAAAGAAAUAACACUAAAUAAAAGUCCUGGCCUAAAAGGGCUUAGAGUGUAUAGAGCUAUAGUUUCGGCUAUCGUUGUGGCUGUGAUUUUACAGCGAGGGUCGUCACUGUACCGUAAAACGAUGUUCGUACGCACUCGACCGGACGCGGAUUAGCGAUAAAACCUGACCCAUCACACACGGUUUUCCGGGCAAACUCCUUUGAUUUCGGCGUGUCGAUAAUAAUUACACGUGUAUCCUUUUGUGUAGGUCUGCUCGUGAAAAUGUCAGGCCGCUUUAUUAUUAACAGUGUAAGAAAAAUCAGUCGAAAAUGGUGGAACACACUGUAUAUAAUAUAGUUGAUUGUUCAAAAUACGUUUUGAAGUCGGAAACUUAACAUACUCGGAGAGUGGAAUUUCUUAAUUUGUUUUACUAAUGAAAUUGAAAAUUAUCACCAUACUAAAUUGAUCGAUAAUACACACGUAUUUCGCAUACCCAACGACUCAAGCAUUCCAUUGGCUAAAGCAACCUACCGGCCCAUGCAACCCACCGGCUCAGGGAGAUAUAUUUCCAAAUAGAUAAUACAAACAUAGAUAGAACAUCUGUACAUACUUAAAAUACAAGGUGUACUAUGUGGUUAAGUGGCUUAUAAAGAUUGAGAUCAACUAUCUGUUAUCUGUAAUAACGAUUGUAAAUUUAAAGCCCAUCCAAUUAACAGGAAUUACAAAAAAAAUCAACGUUUCUUUGGAAUGGAAUAAGAAAUAAUAUUAUAUUUUAAGUAUGGAAUAUUUUUAAUACUGAUAUUUGUGAAAAAUAUUACUCGGUUUUAAAUACACAUCGAGAUAAAUUGAUACAUUUAAUAAUAUAAAAAUACUUGGAUAUUUAUAGAAUGCUUCACGAUAUUAAAGAAAUGAAUUAACAAUCAAAAUUUAGAUCGAAAUGCACAAAAUACAUUUUAUUUAUGCAUCAAUACGAUUGUUUUUUUUUAAUUGAUUAUCAAUGUAGUAUUGUAAAAUGUUAUUCAAAUAUAUAAAUAUGUUAUUUUAUAUACUAAAUUAAAUUUUAUUUAUUAAGAACGACGAUAGCUGACAUAAAAUCAGGUAUCAAAAACCGGCGGAUACUGUGUUAACAUAAAAAGAAAAGAAAGAACCAAGAAGAGCAUGGAUUGACAAGGAAACAGUAAAACUUAUAGAUGAAAGACGAAAAUAAUAAAAACAAUAACACGAGAGAAGAACAACAAAACAACUAAAGAACCAGGUUAAUCGAGAAGCCAGAAAAGCUAAAGAAGAAUGGUUAGAACAGUAGUGUGGCGAUUCAAAGUCAACAAAAUAGAAUAUGAGUAUCGCAAUAUCCAACAAUUUUUCGGAGAGAGAAAACGAAAUUAGACAAAUAUAAGACAUAAAAAUGACCGAUUAUUAGUUGAUGAUGAAAACAUAAUAAAACGAUGGAAAGAGUAUAUUGAAGAGCUUUAUAAGGGAGGAAAGAUGGAGGAUUUGAUAACAAAUGAGGAAGCAAUGAAGUUACCUAUUUUGUACCCAGAAUUUGAGCUGGCGCUACAUGACUUGAAACAAAAUAAAUCACCUGGGACUGAUAAUAGAACAGCAGAAUUAUUACAGUGUGCUUGUAAGAAGAUAAAAGACGCUUUAUAUAAACUAACUCGAGAUAUAUAUGAGACAGAUGUGCCAGAUGGUUACUGUAAAAGUAUAAUUGUAACUAUAGCAAAGAAAAGUGGAGCAAAUUCCUGUUAACAGUUUAGAACAUUGAGCUUACUGACACACGUCUCAAAAUUCCUAACAAAAAUAAUGAACCGAAGAAUAGAAAGAAAAGUGGAGCAGUACUUACAAAAUGACCAAUAUGGAUUUAGAACACAAAAAGGUAAACACGAGAAGCAAUUUUAGGACUGUGAGUGCUAAUUGAAAAAUAGAUCGAUAGAAAUGAAGUUACAUAUUUAGCCUUUGUGAACCUGGAAAAGGUCUUUGACAAAGUUAAUUGGAAUAAAAUACUGCUCACAUUACGAGAAAUAGGUGUUAAAACAAUAAAACGUAAGAAUCAUCCACAGUCUUUGCAAGAAUCAGACAGCUUGCAUUAAAAAAGGAGGAUUCACUACUAACAUUCAAGUAAAAAAAAGGAGUCCGACAAGAGUGUACGUUAUCACCAUCACUUUUUAGCUGCUACAUCGAAAAGUUAUAAAUAUAGUGAAAACAAAGCUAACAAAACUAAACAUAGGAAUCAAAAUUGGUGGAGAAAUUGUUUCAAUGAUACGAUUUGCUGAUGAUAUUGAGCAGAGAAUGAAGGUGACAUACAACGUGCAGUUGGAGAAAUGGAUGGCAUGCUUAGAACAUCAGAAAUAAAAAUAAAGAGCACAAAAACGAAGAUAUUAGUCUGCGCCAGAGACCCGAAAAUAAAAGCUGAUGUUUAUAUAGGUAGUCGAAAAUUGGAGUAAGUAUAAGAAAUGAUAUACCUAGAGAGCAAAAUCACAUCAAAUGGUAAGAGCGUCCGAGAGCUAAAACAACGCAUAGAUAGCAUUAGCAAAAACUGCCUUUAGUAAAAAACAGAAGUUGCUCACUUCAAAAAAGUCACAUCUCAAUAUCAAGAAGAGACUUAUAAAAACAUGUGUAUGGAAUGUUGCAACAUAUGGAUGUGAAAUUUGGGUAAUAAAUGAUGCCAAAUAGAAAAAAACUUGAAGCCUUCGACAUGUGAUGUUGGAGGCAUAUGGAAAGGAUAAGUUGGAUAGAGCGAAAAACAAAUGAAUAAAUACUUAAAACUGUGGGAGAAAAACGUAUACUCAUAGACGCGAUUAGAGCAAGACGCUAGAAAAUGGUUAGGCAUGCAUUGAGACACCCAGAAAAGUUGUAUAAUAUAAUUUUAGAGGGUAUGAUAGAAGGAAAGAUAACUACAGGACGUCCCCGAAACUCUUAUAUAGGACAAAUUAAAUGUGGUGCAAGAGUCAAAACCUUUAAGGAACUUAAAAAAAAGGCGAGUGAUCGGUUAGAAUGGAGAAUUGGAGUUGUAAACCAACCUUCGGGUUGAAAAAAAAAAAAAGAACGACCGUGUGUUAUGGAAAUAUUAUUUCAUUGAAUUAUUUAUAGGUAACAAAAUGACAAGUUUCAAAUUGAAUUUUUGUGUUAUCCUUCUGACGACCACAUGCAUAAUACAACCACAUAGGUAAGAAAUAUACUCUUCGAUCACAUUCAAAACACACUCAUGUCCUAUCCUUGUAUCUUUAAUCUCCGUGGCCAGCCGGCCACUUGAGCGGAUUAUAAAGUAGGCGCCUAUAUGAAAAUAAGUGUAACGGCUGUAGAAAGAAAGAAUAAAUACAAAAUGGGAUUGCAUAAAUAUAAAUAUAAUACAUGGACAAAAAAUAUUCAGGAAUGUUAUUGGCACGGAAUCAUAAAAACCCGUCUAACAUAUUAUUGUGGUCGCCAACUCGAGUGCAAAUAACUCAUGUCGGAUUUUUAAACGAAAACAAAUCCCUAUUCGUUGUGCAAAACCACGUCGGAUAGGGUAACCGGGGGAAAAAAUACGACGUGAAAACGUCUAUAAUAUUUUACCGAGUAACAAACAUUUUCGGCAACCAAUGGUUUUUUAUUGUUAUUAUUAUUUUCCCGAUUGUUACGUUCUUGUGUUUUACGCGUUCUCCGAUACCAAAUGCAAAUUCAAACGCUGCAAUUCCCGAGAGUGUAUCGAUGUGUACAAAAAUAAAUUAAGUUAAAACGGUUCAAAACAGUUCGGUUUAAUGUGACAUAAUGAUAAUUUUUUCGAUCGAACACCGUAAUUUACACGUAAUACCCAUGUAAAACCUGACUCGUUAGUUUAUAUAGACGUAUGCCAAUUAAUGGAGAUCGUAAAAAAUAUUGAUCGUUUAUUUUUACCCUUGCCCCGUAGUCGGACUAUCAAUACGAACUGUGAUAAAACCGUCAAACCGUUUGCGACUUUCCGUUAAAAUGUCAUUUUUUGGCUACAUUUCCCUCCCCCUAACUCCCUGAAUACAGACAUCAUUCCGCUGUAUCACUUUAGAGCGUUAUACUUUUGGGCGGACAGUUCAAUAGCGGUUCUCUCUAAACCGAAUAACGUCAAACUCGAAAAUUAGAAUGUUAAUUUCUGUGGGCCGAUUAAUAAAACCACGAAUUUUAAAUUUAAACAUGUUUUUGUUGCGGAAGUGAGGUGUUUUUUUUGUAUUUUGAAUAAUCCCACAGAACUACCAAAUUAUGCUAGAUGAACACGUUUUCUAAAUAUAUUGCGUUAAAGCAUUAAGGAUGUUUCUUUCUAAUCUCAACCCCGGCCCCCUCUCAAUUUGUAUGCAAGCAUUCCACCACUUUUUUUUCUAUUCAAUUUUGAGUAGAGCGAGGAAUGUACAUUUUUACAAUGUUGUUAAUUUUAUUAUUUUUUAGCUGUAAACAUUUUUUUCUACCAGCAAUUUUGCUCGGAUUUACAAUAAUAGCACUUUUUUAAAAGAAAAUCUGACUGGGGAGGUCAUUUUUUUGAUUUUCCUAGAAUUUUUCCGAUAAACGGGGGAAAUUGGAAAAAACCUUAGGAAAAUCAGGAAAAUAGGUAUAAUAUUUAACAAAUAUUUUUAAAGAAAAUAUUUAAUGCGUAUGUAAUUAUUUUACCAUAAUAUGACGUAUAUAAUAUAAUAUAUUGUUGAGAAAACAACAAUAUCAACCGAACUCUGCUCAGAAUCGUUUUUUCGAUAACAACAGUUAGUGUCGUUGCAUACAGAUAUACAUUAAACUCCCGUCUAUAUCCUACCUUCCUAACUUUCUACCUAAAAUAGUGGUUCCAUCCAUCCCUGUUAUCCUAAUAUAGAUUUUCUUGAAUUAAUAUGGUAUUGUAAAAUUGGUUUUGAUAUUCGGACAUUUAAUAUUUUACAAAGAAUAAUUCUAUAUUAGACGAAACGGUAGGGGGAAUUUCGGCUCUAAUAACGGAUUACUGCUCUGCUUAUGAGUGCUUUUUCUUACGGUUUUCUGGUAUAUUCCGAAUGAACAUGGCGUUCAAUCGCUAAUAUGAAAAAGUGGUUUGAAAAAGAAAAAAGAAAAACUGAAUUGAUAAAAUUCAAAACGUUCUCCGGAUAGGUGAGGGAUCUAAUAGGUUGUAACUAGGUUAUAAUAUGCUAUGGGGAAAUACUAUACGACGAGCGAAUCAGUUUCGCGCAAGGCAUACGGUCAUAAGUCUGAGCGAGGCGAGGCUCUUUUACCCAAGACAUUUUUUUUUUUUUUUUUUUUUAAUUCAGAUUUAUACAUUUUUAUUCGGUGUGUAUUGUGUUAGUAUUGACGGUAGAUAUCAUAUAGCGCCAGUAUAAUAUUUAUGCAUCGAUAUGAUACGAGGUAUAUACUUGUAGUCUCAAAAAACAAAACAAACGUCCAAUAUGGGGUGAAUUUCUGAAAAUGUCGAUAAAUGUUUCGAAUAGAGUAUACAACAUAUAUCAUGCAAAGUCUGCAACUUUUAAGACAUUAAUUGAAAAUAUCGGAAUAUUUUUAAUAAGCUUAGUGGUUGUCGAUUAAAAAACGUAUCUUAAUAAAACUAUAAUAUCUUCUUUAGUAAGAGAAUCUAAAAAUAAAAUAAGGAGAGAUGACACUGCUUGAAAAAAAUGUAGCGUAAUGUAGAAGGUAUUUUUUAUACAAGUUUAAAGUUCAAAUUUAAAUAAAAAUCGUAAAAAUCACGGAAUUUCAAAACAUAUAGUUUAACCGAACUUGGCUUGGAAUUGCAUUUCGUUAGCAACGAUUUAUAACUGCAUGUCGCUGGCAUCUGCAGGUCAGAAAUACUAUUCGAAGCCGACACCAAAAUUUGUUAUACAAAUUCAUAACAGCAACCCCGACAUUUUUGCACCCCCUUUCAUCCAUCAUCCACAUUUUUUGAAUUUUUGGCGUAGUUAUUCCAAAUCGGCACUAAAAUAUGUUAUAUAAUUUUUGUAGAUUAGAUUAGAGAAUAUAAUAUGCUUCAUAGUAAAAUAAAUAUAUAUUGAAAUAAUUUGUAUGAAACAGUAACUAGAUUUGUUCCACAUAAUUUUUUACCAAAUCGAUUUUUGUCAAAAUUUGAUAUUAAAAUUUGUAUAAAAAAUAAAAUUACUCUAUGAAACCUUUUGACCAAAAGGUACGACUUAUAAUUGACUUCCUAUUCAAUGUUCAAGAACUUUUGUUUCGUCUAACGAUUUUAUCCACAGAGUACCUAUCAAAUAAAAAUUACUCAUAAAAUGGAAAUUUCUAUAAACAGCUUAAAUGUUUUUACAGUUUUACCACGUUUAGAAAAGACAAAUGUAAGCUUUGUAUUCAAAUUUCAAGUCCAUAAAAUACGAAUAUUCUAAACUAAAUUUCAACAAAAAAUUUAAAUUUCUAUAAAAAUCUCGAAUCAAUAUCCCGGGUCGCAGCUACUAUUUACGCUCGGAAUGUUUCUAUUAAAAGUCAAAUCAUUUCACGUGAUGUUCAUCUUGAAAAAAUGGAACUAAUUAUAGGACCGUUUCAGGGUUAAACAAAAAAACCAUAGUUGAUAUCAGUGGCGGAUCCAGGGGAUUAGCGAUCGCCGGCCCAGUUCACUGUCCAAUAUACUCUUGGCUUGGUUCAUCAUUGAGCUCGUCAUGAAUGCGUCCCUUACAUGCUUUUUCAAAAUCACCCCGGCCCGUUAAAUUGCCCCGGAUCCGCCCCUGGUUAAUAUUCUCGUUCCGAACAAAUGGACAUUUUUCGUUUCUCGAAUAAAAAUAAUAAGAAUCGUUUAUUUAUGUAUAUACAUGCAAUGUGUUCGGAGGAAAAGUAACCGGCCGGCGUCACAAGAAAGUAUACCAAAAAUGAUGGAUAAAUUCAUGAAAAGCGAACGAAAUCAAAGGAACUCAUCGUUCCUUUGAAUCCGUUCGUUUCGAUCACUGUUAUAUUUUUAUGAUUACGAUUGUGACACGGUGUCGCAGAAACGGUUUUUGAAUUACUGAAGGAGUAACAACGGCAUUUAUCCAAGCUGAAAAUUGUUUCGGACAUAUUUUUGACAAGUGAACGGCCGAAUAAUAUUUAUAUAUAUUGAACAAUCGAAAAUAGUGUAAAUCAAUAAAAAUACCCUAAUGAAACCUGUUGAACUUCACUGUCGUACAGCAAAUAUUUGUUUGUCGGAGAUCGACAAUGAGUUUAUUUCGAUAGAUUUUUAUUUUACAGGAAAGUUAUUGAAAUAAUAGUUCCAUACUGUUUACUGUGUAAAAAAAAAAAGAAAAACCGAUAUUGUUUCGCCGUGUUUUUUUAUUAUUUAAUAUUCGACAUAAAAAACCGACUACUGAAACAAUUACUAUUUAUUCGUAUUUUAGAGACCUUGGGAGCAGCCGGCGGGGGAAUUUUUUCCCGUAGCCUCGCGGGGGCCAUCGGUCCCGUUAUUCCCGCGCCACCGGAUUACGGAUUAUUGCGUGCCGGCGUUUUUUUUUCGCAGAGAUUCAAACGCAAACAAAUUGUUUGUUUGUUUUCUUUCCACUCUAAUGAUGACGUUUUAUAUUAUUUUCUCGCCAAUGUCGUCAACACAACUGUUGCUCGAACGGAUUUCACGUGCGUUAUCACAAUAAAACCCAAUACCUGUACGUAAAUACAAUAAUAUUCGCUCGUGUGCACACGAAAAUUGCAAUUCCGUAAAUAUCUGUCGUCAGCGUUGAGAGAAAGCUGCAAUAUUACCGAUAACGACGUCGUUUCGGCGUGAAAUUCGAAAAAAUACACGUUUUAAGGUGACCUGCAAAAUAAAAGAAAAAUGUGACGGUUGACAAUCUUUCGGCGUUAGACAAAGGGGUUUUCAAAUGGCAAUAUAUGUAUCCGUCAGAUAUUUCGCGCGGUAUAAAAUAAUAAUGAAAUAUUAUACAGGGUAUUUCGAAUCGUAUAUGUUUACAGUUGCGUACCCAAUAAUUGUAAUCCGGAAAAUCCUGUAAAUUUGAAGACAAAAACCACAAAAAAAAACCGUAUCUCGCGCAGAUUAACUUUAAAUUUUUAAAUGCGUUUGUUUUUCUCCUUCAUCAUUUGUGUAAAAUUACGGAUUUUCAUUUGUAAGCUGUUUGUAAGAACGCGAUAAUUUUCGGUGAAUUUUUUAAUACACUCGGUGUGUUAAAAUUGUGUAUUAUUCAUUUUGUAUACGCUGUUCGCUUAGAAAUUCGUUCAAAACGUUAAAAUCACGUAGACAUUUUAAUUAUCUGUGUAGACCGGAUCUGCAACAGGGAUAAUAAUUAGAUAUGAUAAAAAUUCGGAUUAGCCGAAGUUCGUUUAACCGGAUUUUCGAAAUCCAAAAUUAAAUUUUAAUUUUGAAUUACUUUUUUUUUUUUUUUUUUUGUGAAAAUCAACCAUUUCAAAGUAUUUUUGAAUUUUAAAGAAUCGAAAUUGAAUUUCAACAUUCUAAACCGGCAUUUUCGGCGACCAAAGUCCGAAAUCCGGAUUUUUCGGAUAAUCCGCAGAUUUGUGUCACAUCGCUGUAAUAUUUCCCGUUCGAAUAUAUAGAAGAAAACCGCAAUACGGUCUCUCGACGGGAUCGUGACCUACGUGUAUUUUCGCCUAAACGAUGGAAAUUCAUUUCUUUCGGCUGUCAUAAAAGAUCGUGUAAACACCCGUAAAAACCGUAUAACAAUAGGCGGGCGGUGGGAGCUUUGACGACUUUAUCGUGCGCCAAAGGUCCGUGCGAGACGCACGUGAAAAUGGUGGAGCCGCAAAUGUGUGCAAAUGACAAAGAUUUAUUAUAUACAGUGUGUAUAGAAAAUAUUAUACAGGGCGUCUCCGCGGAGAUCUGACAAAUGCACGAACUUACUGUUGGAUAUUUUUAAGUUUUAUGUUUUUUUCGUAAGAAUUUUUAAAAUUUGCUUUAAAUUAAAAAAUGCAAAUUUUAAUUUUUCAUAAAAUUGAUAUCACAAUAAUAAUCACUAACGGCGAUAACGGUGUGUGUAAAACAAUUUAAAUUAGCAAUUUGAAACGUCUAAAACGAUUAGAAUAUUAACGAUUCGUCGUUUGUGAACAUUUUGUUUCAAAAUGAUUUUAGAAAUAGGAUUCCGCAAGUUAUUUUUGAUUUUUUUUAAAUUCAAAUUUAAAUUUCUAUAUUUAAAAAAAAAAAAAAACAACAUUUAUUGAACACAACGAUCAUAAAACUAAGCUGUAGGCUCCCAGUAAAUAUACGGUCCCAAAAUAAAAUAACAAAACGAAACGAAAACUAUAAUCACAUUCGUCCGCGAGACACCCUGUAUUAUAUUAUAAGGGUAGUACAUAACAUCGUUACGCACAGCGCGUGCGUGUCGGCGGCGUGUAUUGUGGCGCGUACGUACACGUCGUACGCGGUCGGCGGCUGCGGCGGCGGCUGCGGCGGCGGGCAAACGGUGACGGUUUCCAGGGGAGCCGCGUACGAAAGUGACGGCGCGCGGCCGCGAAACCGUGCCGGCGCGGACGACGAUGGGGGUCAAAAGGUCCCGCGCGCGCGUAUUGAUCAUCCGAUGCGGGUGAUGGGCCGGCGCGGCGGCGGACCGCGUGCCGAGGUCGCGGAGCGCGGGCAUCAUCGUCGGCGUCGUCGUAGCCGUCGUCCCCGCCGACGCAGCCCGGCGCAGAAAGGCUAGCGAAAGGCGCCGCGGCAACGGGCCGGGAGGCGCUACACAACGUUUGCCGCGCACACGUACAUACGCGUCGCGUAAUUGCGUACUCCUUGCGUACUAUACAUUAUAUUGUUACGCGCAGCCCGGCCGGUCGCGCACGCGCCCGUGCCGUCCGUAACGCCCCGCGGGACGUUCGCGAAUAAUAAAAUCGUUAGCUCCUACGUUCCUGCAGUGAACUAGUGACCGUCAGAGCGGCGACGGGCCAGUAUCGCUGCUACCGCCGCCGCCGUCACACGGCCGUGCAGUCGCGCGCCGACAAUUUCGCAAACAGCGUUCGUGUGCCGCAGGUCGACUCGCGUCGUCCUGUCGUCUUUAGUAAUAUUUCCAUCGUCGUCGCGCGUUUACGUUUCCCGUCGCCAUCGCGGUGCGUCGCGUACGCGCGUCGACCCAUCGCCGCCGCAACCGCGGGCCCGUGUCGCCCGCGCACCGUAAAUUACAUUUCAUCGACGACCGACUGACCCCUAACCACCACACUCCCCACAUGCUCGCCGCUGUAAAAGGCGGCGGUGAUAUCGCCGCCGCCGUCGGGCCGGCGGCGCGACUGCGGACGCCACGCCGAUGCGUUCGUCCGGGACGCGGGGCCGGCGGCGUCGACGCGCCAUCGUUUCGACCUCGCCGUCCGCGGUGCCACUAUCGUUUCGGCGGGCGCCGUGCUGCGCUGCACAGCCACGGUUGAGUGUGCAGCACCCCUCGAGCACCGUUGACGCCGACCGACCGGGACAUGAUGCACUAUAACGCGGUGACCGACAGGUCCAUGGUGACGCCCCAUUAUUCGGCAGCCGCCGCAAAGCUGCACCAGUUGCAGAAUCAGAACCAUCGGUCUGGCAGCGGUGGCGCGACCGCCAGUUACGGAUUGUUUGGUACGUAGCUGCAGCUGCACGGCGGUCGAGAUUAGCUGCGUUUCCGUUGUGCCGCACACCCCUCCUCCCCUAUUUUUCCUUCCCCGUCACCCGCGAUCCCUGUGACCCAAUUCGCGUGCCCGGGCGAAUACACCGUCUGGCUACGAAGCCCUGCGGUCGCCCGCACGGUUUGUUGUAUACGCCCAUGGACCACCCUCACCCUCACCCCCCCCCCCCCCCCCCCCCCCCCCCCCCCCCCNCCCCUCCGCCAUCACCAGCCACUCUCACCCCCACCUUCACCUCCACCUUCGUACUCCACCUCACACCACACCCUCGCGUCCCACCUCAUACCCCACCCUCGCAUCCCACCUCACACCCCACCAUCGCAUCCCACCUCAUACCCCACCAUCGCGUCCCACCCUAACACACCACCCUUACACUCCACCCUCACCCACCUGCCUUCGACCGCACCCGUACCACCUCCACCCCACCCCCACCCUCUUCCACAGCACUUUGAUGAAAGUCCGCGAUAGUGUCGCGAUUGUACUCGCGCACGAAAAUUCGCAUGCGAUAUUUAUAUUUUAAAUGCCGUCAAUUACAAUCAUUUUCGUUUCUCACGAUUUCCUAUAAGUCAAUCACGAGCUUGAUAUAAUAUUUAAUCGAACGGGCGUAAUUCAGGCACAGGUAUGUAACACGAUCGAACUCCUCCAGCCCGUGCCACGAAAAACGGAUCAUACGAAGCGAAAACCAAAACGAUGACGGGUUUUUAAUUUCCGUGUUAAUGCGACGUUAUUGCAUAUUUUCCCGGCGUUGUCCUACCGUAUUGAAAACUGAACUUACCAUAUUGAUUUAUACAAAUUAAAAAAAAAAAAAAACCGGAUACAGACGAUGAUAAAUGGCAACGGACGAGUUUCAGGCGCUCGCAGUGCUCACAAAUACUGUCACCGAAUAAAUCGGGUAUCAUCGUGACAAUAAACGAAUCGUUGCUCUUAUUGUCUCUGUUAUCGAUCCGAAGCUGGGUUCGCAGCGAUUCCUCACACCCGUCUUCCUCCGAAUUUCCUCGUACGUGUCGUUGUCGAACCGUUGCCAUACGGCGUCGCGCAUGAUCCAUUCGCGGUCCGCACCUAAGCGAACAAAGAGCUCGAGCUAAGCACUCCCCUUUUUCUCCCCUUCCCCCUCCCAUUCUUCUUCCCUUACCCCUCCCAUUCAUCUUACCUUCCCCCUCCCAUUCUUCUUCCCUUUCCCCUCCCAUUCAUCUCGCCUUCCCCCUCCCAUUCUUCUUCCCUUCCCCCUCCUUUUACUUCUCCCCUUCCCUCAUCCCUUCCUCCUAUCAUACCCUCUCCUUCUCCCCUCCCCCCUAUCCCCUCCACCAAAAAACCAACGAUUGGCGUAGAGGGUUCGUUAAAUCUCCGCGUCGUUCCGAAAACAUUCUGAUGCCCCAAAUAACGACUCGCCGCGAAUCGAUUUUCUCGGCCGAAUCGCACAUCGCGAUUACUCGGAGAUUAUUGGUUAUUCCGUUGCUCGUAAAUAUUUGCCGCCCACACGACGGUAUUGCGUCACAGACGGCGUAUUGAUCGUGUGACGGGUACCUCCGAAUACAAUAUUGUUCGGCCGCAAGCCGAUAUCUGAUAAUUUAUUUAUUUUUUUUUUUUCCCGGAUACCCGAUAUCCUCGAUAUAGACGGCCGGUAUACACCUACACGUCGGAUAUGACCUAACUGGUACCGGGUGAUCCAUUUAAACGGGUACACUCAUUAUCUCGGAAAGUAUUGACUUUUUCCGGAAUUUGUUUACCAGAACAUUUAAGAAACAAGCGACUGUACAAUUUUACAUUUAUGCUUAUUUUGUCACACUUAUUUUUGGGGGUUAAACCACCACUACCUACUACCACUGCCCACUUUUGAUUUUCAAAUGGCAAACUAUAUUAAAAUGUACAUACAUAAAUAGAGUAUUAGUUAAAAUACAUUUUAGUGUAGUCAUUUUUGAUUUCCGUCUAUCCGUUGACGAGACAUUCCAGUUUUAAGUUUUGGUUAGCGUGGAGUAUCAUUUGUGUGGCGGCACGGCAUUCGUCGUGUUAAUAAUGCAUCGCUACUCUCCUCCAACCUAGACUUAAAAACGGAAUAUCUUGUCAACGGAUCGAUGGAAAGUAACUCGGCUGAAAUAUUAUAUAAAUUUCAAGUUCAAAACACUAACUAAACAACUAAACAAAUAUACAUACGGUUAUCGUGUUAAAAAUCCAAUUUGGAGGUAGGACACGACCCCAAAUACCCUGCGUGUGCAACUCAAUUUACUUAUUUGAUUUCAAUUGAACCUUUAAGGCACAUUGGUCUAAGUACAGGUACACGCUAAACAUUGCAACGCAGUUGCAUUGUGCCGUGCAACAUGUGACACAGUUUCCAAAUUCAAUAUCUCCCUCCUCGGCAAAAUCCUAAACAGCUGCACUGUUGUAAUAUUAUAUUUUUUCUCUGCGUUCGCGGUGCCCGGUUCGAGUGAUAAUAAUUUCAAUUUCUGUUUUUCUAUUAUCAACGACUGCCUUUAAUAAUUAAGCGUAUUGAGACAUGCAAAUAUGCACUAAAAUAUGCUAUAAAACAUUUUUUUUUUUUUUUUAAUGAAAUUUUAUACUAAAAACUUGAUAUAUAAUUAAUUUAUUAUUAUUAUUAUUAUUAAUGGUAUGUGCGUAAAAUUUUAGUGUUUUGAGAUGAAUAGUUUGAAAGUUAUUGAGAAGCUCAAUAUUAACCCAGUCAACUAUUUUACGAUGGUCAUUUCGACUAUGCCUUGUGUCUUCAGUGCGUAUGAACUCGAACAAUGUAAAUCGAAAAAGUCGGGUAUAAUUCACGGUGUACAAUAAGAUAAGAUACGAGUUUUUGUUCUUUUGUAGCACUUAAAAGCUAUACUAAAAGUUAAAACAUUAUGCUCUAAAAAUCGAAAACCGUAAAACGUACAAAAGUAUGCAAAAUAAAAUUUAAGGUUUAGAUUGGAUUCAUAGAAAGGGACCUUAGUUACCAUGCGCAAAGCGAUCGAUCGGAAUCUUCGUAUUCCGUUUAAGUUUGUCAAUUUGGCCGCAACCCAUAACCGGAUGCAAUAAGUCCAGAUAGGCACUAGGAGAAUUUCCUUAUGAAUUAGUAGUUUACACGACGUUUACAUAUUUCUAUGUUUGACUUGGCUAUUUUGUUUUGGUCGUUCAAAAAUUAUAUGCAAAAUAUAUUGGAAUGAGUCCCUCCUAACCCCAUUAACAAUAUCAUGUACCGUAACCGUUUCCGGCGUCUUGUUUACAGGCUCGAGCCUGGUGAGCAGCACUGGAGAACCGAACCCGUCGGCGGCCCGGCAAUACGGCAGUUUGACGAGGAAAUAUCCUUCGGACGGCGGUGACGAGUUGGCCGCAUGCCUGCCGCCGGAUCUCCGGCACCUCUUGUCGACCACCACGUCCACGGCCCCGUCCCAACAACGACACACGACCACGCAACGGCUACAACAGCACGGGCUUUUGAGGAGUACCGCGGCGACGGCUGCCGCCAAUUCUCUCGUGAGUAUAGCGACCGGUGGUCGUGUAGCGCUCGACCGGUGUAGAUCUUUAAGUAAUGAUGUUAGUAAUGGAUAGUGCCUAGUUCGGAUCAAAAUAAUUCGAUGUUUGGUGAGCAGAAUUCAUAUUUUUCAACUCUAAUAUUAAAGACAUUUCUAUAAUUUUAAGUUCUUCUUCUAGUUUAGUCGAACAAUAUAAAAUGUACUGUUUAAUAAACUGCUGUAAUGGUUUGAAAUCAUUUUAAUUAAAUUAUUAAAUCGAUUACUGUCAUUAAUUAGCUGAGUUAGAUUAGAUAUAAUUAAAAUUUUUAGAUUAAAACAUUGCAUAUAGUCAACAGAAAACCUUAUAGCAAAAUCUUGAAUGACUUUAUCUAAUAAGGGAAUAAAAAAGAUAGACCCUAAUAUGUAUAAAUGUCAUCAUCAGAUUAAUCGAAAUUUUCACGAUAUUUUUAUCGUUUUUGUAAUUCUUGAUCUUUUAAUUUUUAUAUCUAAUUUUUCCCAUCACUUUAUAAGCUUUUACAAACAUUUAUUUAAACGGAUUUUGCGCGGUAUUACGUUUUUCUCCAAGUAUAAUGGUAGCAUGGUUUAAGCAUGGACAAAUUAUAGCAAUUUUAGCAACAGUUUCUGAUGCAACACAUGCAGCACAGACAAAUUAACACUACAAACAUCAUAACACAAAAUAAUAGAUCUAAUCAUAAUUUUUUAAAUUUUUUAACCACUGAAUAAUCUAGAACUUUCCCUCAAAUGGUUGGCUCAACUUUACUUGUAUUAUGUAGUUCUUUACUAAAAUCUAAAUCGAUAUCCGAAAACUCAUCAAUUUGUGAAUAGUUAUUUUAAUGUAAAUCUACAAAACCAACAAAAUCUUCUCUAACAAUAUAUGUAAAAAGCUGUCCUAGCAUAAUAGGGACGGGUGCAGUCUCUGUUGUAGGUGGGAAGUUAAGAAGGUGUAAUACAGAAAGAACUUUAAUAUAUAUUUGUAAACAACGAUAAACUACUGCUAACGAAAAAAUGAUUCUGAGCGGAGUUCAGUUGAUAGUGAUGUUUUGUCAACUAUAUAUAUAUAUGUCAUUUUAUGAAAAAAAAAAUUAAAUUGGCUUUAUAUAUUUUCUUUAAUAAAAUGUGUUUAAUGUUGUACCGAUUUUCCCGUUUUUUUCUGGUUUCCCCGUGUUUUUUCGCGGUUUUUCACAUUAGCUGAGAAAAAUCAUGGGAAAAUCUAAAAAUGACCUCCUUAAAGCACCUACUCUCGCCAAUUUCCUUUCAGAAAAAUUGCUAUCAUUAUUAGUUGGAGCAUAAUUGCUAAAAAAAUAUAAUAAGGUUAUAUUUACCCUUUACCUUCCCAACUUCUUAACUAUAACAGUGCGCCCACUUAUUGUGCGAAGUAUGUCCGUUUGUUUUUUUACUGUCAAUUUUAUUGAAACUAAAAUAAUAUGUUUGAUUUGCACGGUCGUCGACGAUUUCCCGUAGACGCAAUGUAUUAUAUAAAUAUGAUGUAUAUAUCAGUAAACGAUGUUAAAUUCAUAUUAACUUUGUUAUCUAGUAAUUAACGUUAAUGGAAAAAUAAUUAAUAAUUUGCAAGGCUUUUAACAUUAAUUACGUUGAUUCCAAACAAUAUUAGUUAAGUAUGUUAGUUGCAAUUCAAUUAGAAUUUAAUUUUAUGAUAAUUAUUGUAUAUUUGUUGAUUAAUAAGAAAAAAAAAAAAAAAGAUAAUAUUUAAAUUUGUAUAUGAUAAUUAUUUAUUUUCACACGAUAAAGAAGUGUGGCAUUUAGAAUAAUUUCCAAACUAUACGACAGGCACAUAUAUUCGUUUCACGUUUCGUAUUACAGUGACAUCUUUGAUAGCCGUGUGUGCCCAUAACACUAUUACAGCCUGUAGCUUCUUGAAAUGCUAUCUCUUUUUCUCCCGAUGAUUCAAGAAGCGUCUUGAGGUUUAACGAAAUUUCUUUGCAUGACACGAGUUGAUGUCUCGUAUACUUGUGUUUAAGAAAACCAUUUUCGGUAUGUAAUUCAAAUAUAAUAUAAAUACAUCAGAAAGCCCUGCGCUAGUAGUCCCCACUAAGCUUAUCAAUACUGCAUCAGUAAUACUAUCCAUUAUCGUUAAGACAACAACAUUUUCUACCGCGUGUAGAAAUUAUCGAUAAUCAAACCAAACAAAAAAUAAAUAACGAUAUAAACUGGUUUUUUAGAUAACUAACGCCGUUUAUAUCAUCCUAUUUUCCCGUUUUUUUCUGCUGUUUUUCUCGUAUUUUUCCGGGGGUGUUCCCAUUUAUUAUGAAAACGGCUGGUAAAAUUAAAAAAAUAAUCUCCCCAAAGUACCACCCCGGUAGAAAAAUGCUCUCAGAAAAAGUGCUAUUAUUGUAAAUCGGAGCAAAAUUUCAGGUAGAAAAGUUGUUCACAGAGAAUAAUAAAAAAAAAAAUAAAAUAAAAAUCGUUGUAAAACCAACGCAUUCCUCGAUCCGCUCAGAAUCUAAAUGAAAAAAAAAAAAAAUAAUAAUAAUAGUACGCCCACGUCUCUAACGUCUCGUGGUACGGUUUGUCGCAGAGUACUGCGUCUUCGCUGGGCAUGUACGGCGGCGGCGGCGGCGGCGGCGGCGGCGUCGGAGGCGCCAGGAAACAGUGGACGUCGUCUUGGUCGUACCACGACGACGCCGGCAUCGGUUACCCUUCGUCCAUGGACCGUCGCAUCGGCACCACGGGCAGACAGACGGCCGGGCUCUACGGAACGGGCACGGGCAGCGUGCUGGACCAGCAGCACUACCGCACCGCCGGCAGGACGAUGGCCACGGCGAGAUCGCUGGGCGUUUACGACGGCAACAGCCUGUUGUACCGCUGUUCGACGAGCAACGUGUAAGUGCGGCGUACCGUAUGCAAUAGUUAUAACUUCGCGCCGGCGCGCGGACCCAGUAAUAUUAUUGCGCGUCGUAUGUGGCCGAUCCCGACUUCCCGUGGCGCGGUCCCGCGUGUCGUCGGGCCUGACGAACGGCAUACCGCGGACCAGUGGCGUGCGCACGGGGACGGUGGGGGGGAGGGAGGCGAGGGGUUAUGUCCCCUCACCUUCCCCCCCCCGCUCAGUUGGCUUGAACGCACAAAAAAUACACUUACAUUUAGUAGUCUGGACAUGGAAACGGAUAUACUAUAUUUCAGCCAAGUGGCGCGAGAUAAAGCGUCACGUAUCGAUCGUAGAAAUCGGCUUUUUUUCUCAGGCUUUUAAAUUCCCAUACAGCCAAGUCGGGUAGAGCAGACCCGGGUAGAACAUCCCCUUCCGUUGGAAAUUCCUGUGCGCGCCACUGUUACAGACUCCGUACGGUUACCGCGUCGGGUUUUUUCGAGACAGUACGUCCGUGGGGUGACACGGCAAAAGGGUCGUAAGCGACACUUUGGGUCUAAGCGACACGGCUACACAAUUGGAUGGAGAAAUACGCGUUUCGUCCAUUCGCACGUGCGCGAACACAGCUGUGACCGUUAUCUAACGACAAUUUGAAUUUUAAGCUUGGGGCGUAAACGAUACUUUUCAUUCCGUCUUCUCAAUUUGUAUAGGGUCUAAACGACAAAAAAAAAAAUGUUAAAAUUGAAAUGGUUUUUGAUUCUUCUGAAAUCUGUGAAUUGUGUCGCUUAGAACAUCAAACCCCUUUGCCGUGUCGCCAUCGAUAUAAUGUGUACUAUACAGCGUCCUAUGUCUUGCACGGAGUAUUUGAUACAUACCUUCUCUACGUGGUCUAUACUGAUUAUUUCGGGAAAUAGAUAUCAACUAUACGAAAAAAACCAAUCGAGAUUACCGAAAUGAAACACUCGACAUUUUUUUCAAAAACAAGUUACAAUAAAUCGCAGGCGGUUUUUUAGUUACCCGAAAUAAAUUAGGUAUUUAAAUUACUCUUUCGGUUUUAGCGGUAAAACUGCGCACGUACGGGCGAUGAUAAUAUUAUAUCUUGACGGAUUUUUAAACUUUUUGAGAGUAUAAUUACGUAGUGUACCCUGUGGGAACACCGGGGCGUGUGCCACGCAGAAAGAUGUGAGGGGUUGUUUUUUUUUCCGGUCCGCCAGACAUGGUCGCGUGCGAACCGUCGACGAGAUGUUUUCGUUCGCGGAUGUUUUCGGAUUCGAGCUACCGACGAACUGUUGCGGGUUCCGGAGCGGUUCGAUCGAACGAGCCGCGAGAAUGUGUAAAGGAAAGGAAAACGUUAUUUUCGCGUUUGAUAUUUUAUUAUACCCGUACGUGCAAAAGCGGAAGGGGUUUUGCGUACGAGGAUUAUUAACCGGCGGGUGUACUCCGAGAAACGCACAAUCUUCAUGUUGCGGAGAACGGGGAAAAUUAAACUUUAGAAACUUUGUACCCGCAGCGACUUAUCCGUAUACGAGAAAACGGUGUUAAAAAGCAAUGACGAAAGUUUCUUUUGCGCCCCGACAAAACUAUUCUACUCUGCGGCGAUACGCGAACGGGUGCGUCUAUUAUCGAUUUACAAAAGAAAGAAACUAUACUGAGCGAUCGACAGAACGCAAGACACGCAUUGUCUCGGAAAAUGUUGAAUUUUCUCGGAAUUCGUUUUUCGGAACAUUUAAGAACGUAACGGGUAUUUUGUUUUGUUUUUUUUUUUUUUUUUUUUGACACUUGUUUAUAAGUUGCCAAACCACUACCCGCCAACCUGAUUUUCAAACGACGAUCCACACUAAAGAUUUCACAUAUAGACGGAGGUAUUAGUUUAAAUGCAUUUUGCUGUUGACACUAUUGAUUUCCGUCAAUCUUUCGGCGAGAUAUUUUUAGUUCAGGUAUAGUGACGGAACACUAUUACGGCACCUCGUGCCGGGCCACCUCACAUAUGGCACACGACUAUUCUCUCCCCGGCGAAUCUUAACUCGUCCAUGGACCGACAGAAACUAAACAGUUUCACCGGUAAAAUUGAUUUAGACUAGUACUCCGUAUCUGUUUAUGGAAAAUUGAAAAUACAGGUGCCGUUUAAAAAUCUAAUGUAGGUAGUGGUUCAACCCUCUGAAAUAGAGGCGAUAAAAACAAAAGUAACAUUUCAGAACUACUUGUUUUUCUUAAAUGUUCUAAAAAAAAAAAAACAAUUGACGAAUUAAACUUGCCGAAAUAACGGGCGCAAUACGUUACGUUUAUCGCCGUGUAUGCACAGAGCUGUUUUGACCGAGCAAAAGUGUUGAACGAGUGAAAGUGCACCGUUUUAGGAGACUUUGGGAAAAUCAAAAAAAGAAAAAAAAAAAAAAAGCCCACUGUAUAAUAGGACGUGAUAUUUUAAUAUACUCGUGUAUUACGCACAGGCCGGACAAUCUGGAAAGGCGGUGGUACCAGAACCAGCAGCAGAGACAUGUCGGCGGCGGUAGCAGCGGAUCGAGGAUGAUCAGAGGAUUGGGAGGCGGCAACAAACACAUGUCCGACAUGUACGACGACGACGAUUAUAUGCACCGGUUGCAGCAGGACGACGGCACCGUGUCCGCGCUGUUACUGGACGACGGGGUCUUGGGAGGAGGUUACGGGAGCAGGAACGUGGUAAGUAUCGGCCGUCGUAUUCCGUUAUCGCCGCGGCCGUCCGCCCGACCUGACCCGUUUGUUCGUUCGGAACAGGACUUUUUGCCGACCAGACCGCGGUCUCGGUCAUACGGCGGUGGCGAGGACCCGGCGUCCACGACGUCCUGGAGAAACUGGCCGGACACAGGCGGCGGUUCCGGCUAUUUGGGCGGCGCGUUGCGCGAGACGGCGAUCGGGUCGUCGGCCGCGAUUUUCGACCACAACGGACACCGGCGCGGCACUGCGAUGAACUCUGUCUCGGCCGAACAAAAAAGGUAAAGCUCGCCGUCCGCGCAGCAGAGCGGGCGCAACAAUAAUCGCCAAGCAGCGUUUCGUUCGUAACUGAUGUGUACCGCGUUGCAGAUGGGACGUGCGGCGAAACAACCGCCGGCAGCGGAGGUACAGCGACGGCGGCGGUGCCGGCGACAUGGACCCGCGCCGGCCGUACGAUUACCAGAUGCAACAUCACCUGCCGAUGAUGACGUCCAUGAUGAAAUACGGGACGGCCGUGGGAGGCCGACGGUCGCGUUCUUGGGACCCGUCGCCGUCGCCCACCUCCAACCCGUAUCUGGACGUCGACGACGGCGGUUACGGCGACUACAUGUUGGACGGGUACGGCGGCGGCGGCGGCGGCGGCGGCGGCUGCGAUUACGACACGAUGGCGGCGCUGGCGGCGGAGGAAGAGCACGACGAGGAGUUGCAGCGCGAGGAGAAGAAGGCCCGGAUCAAGGCGGAAAUCGCCCGGCGCCGCCGGCAGAUCGAGGACAACGUGCGGCUGCACGAGGAGCUGUUGCGUUUGGCCAGGAUGCGCGAGAACGCGGAACACGAGUAUUCGACGUCCAUGUUGCCAUCGCUGUCCACCGCAGGUAUAUUGCGAUUAUAAUUGUAUUUUUACAUCAUUACGCGUGUGAAUGACAAUAAAUCGCGUUUAAAUAUAAUACGAUAAAAUAUACGUAUAUUUAUAAUAGUAGCGAAUACGCAAUACAUAAUAAUACGAUAAUGUCAUAAGCGAAACGGCCUAGCCCGCGGAUUACAAUAAUACAGGUGCAAUGCGUGGUGGCCGGCGGGAAAUAUUACGAACGGGUUGGUUGGUUGAAGGUUCGUGUAUUGAUAGCACUGUGGGAACGGCGGCGGCCGCCGGCCCCUGGGCGGUAAGUACACAAUUGAAUUGGAACGGUAACGCGCAUCGCGCUGGAAACGAUGACGAUAACGAUAAUGAUUAACAAUAACGAACCGGACGCCAGUUUGCCGUCGAAUUAUGUUUGCACGAGGUAUUGGUUGUUUUCGUUGGCUGGUCGGGAGGGGUGGGGGAACGGGGGAUACACUCAGCACUGCCGGCGUGAUAAGGAAACAUAACGUUGAGAAAAAAAAAAAAAAAAAAAAUAACCGACCGUCGAAAUUUGAAAUUUCGCGACUGCGCGAAUUUAACGCCGACGCGUCGACGGCCCCGGAGACACGAGCGUUCAAAAUGUAUUCACGCGCAUGAACAGACCGACCGGUCUAACGUUUAUGGUUAGAUUUAUUGUUCGACGUGUUGUAACGUAGACCGUAGUUUCGUGCGUACGCCCGGGGUUUAUUUUAUUCGAACCGGUGGGUACGUUGGUUAGAAACAGAUUUUCAGAACUCAAUUCUGUACGGUCCAAUUGAACGGUGAACAGGUACGAGUACCUACUUUAAAAUACGUUUGCGUCGCGUUUACGCGCCAAUAAGCUAUCCGGACGUCGUUGUUGCGUAUACUGUAGUUUUAAUCUAAUUGGUGUCGUUCGCGAUAGAUAAAAGGCCAAAGAUAGCGCACGCCAAAUGCAAUAAAGCAAGAGCAAUUGCGUAGACGAUUCCCCGACUAGGUGAACAUUUUGUGUCGUUUUGUGUGAGUUGGUGUGCUUGGACCGUUCGAGGUUAUAAUUCUUAUCAUGCCGGAAGAACUGGUCCGCGCGGCGCCGACCCGGCGGGCCGCACGCUCCACGCCGUGGCCAACGGCCGUUUUUUCGAGAACCCGGGGCGCGGCCGCCAGUGUUUGUGUCGUUGACACGUGCGCGUAUACGUGCUACGUUGGCCGACGUGUGACUGUCAAUAAUCGAUUUCUACUCGAACCGGCCCGAAAACGGAUUCGCGCGAACGCGCGGCGUAUACGCGUUCCGUUCCCGGCGCACGUGCUCGUACGGCACCAUACACACGCGACUCCUCGUCUUUAUAACGCGUUCGUAACGGGCGCCGCGCGGGACGUCGUCGUCACCGUCGUCGCGUCGCCGGAGAGUCGAAUAUUCCCCGCGCGGGAGAUCGGAAAACCUGUGGUGGCCACAGUGUACGACGACGGGGCGGGCGGGCGCGCCGUGCCCGUGUGGUUGUGCCGAAAUACGGCGUCACGUUUAAGCGAGCGCCCGUUGUAUUCGUUGUGAAACCGCUUGUAUAAUUUACCGUAAUGUAUUGUCCAGUCAACAAUGAUUGAUUGAUUAUUGUAACGCGGGACGUGUCAUUGUUACGUUAAUGUUGUUGUAAUAACAUUGCACCCGCCUACACUAUUAUAUCCGCGCGCAUCGCUCUCGCGUGCGCGUGUACAUGUUAUGCAUUAUAUUAUAUACGUAUAAGUAUGGUACGGUAGCGUGACGGCGGCGUGUGUGCAUAUCAUACAGGUGGCUGUUACGCGGGACGGCGACCGAUGACCGAAGACGAGUGUCGGGUGUUUUCGCGUGCGGCCGAAAAGAUCGCCGAGGAACGGUCCAUGGAGCGGAUCGCGUCCACGUUCCGGACCGCGGCCGCGGCCGCUGCCGGGGGUUACGCGCGACGGACGGUCGGCGGUGGCGGCGGUGGCAGCGGCGGCGGCGGCGGCGGCGGCGGCUGCGGCGGCGGUGAUGGCGGUGGCGGCGGCGGCGGUGGCGGCGGCGGGUACGUUUACGGCGACGAUUUCGGCCCGGGCUCAUUGGGCUCGACAAUUGUCGGCGAGUACAUGCCGCCGCACGCCAUGCCGCUGUUGCCAGAUAUGCCAACCAGAAGCCGGAGGCUGUUGGAGAAUCUCGGUAGUACACCUAUCACGGAUUCCGUGUUGCUGUACGACGCCGAGCAAAAGCACAAGAAGGCGGUCAACUUUCUCAACGUCCUGUCGUGAAUGCUCGCGGCGGGACACGACAUGGCGGUGCGGCCGUCAUCAUCAUCAUCAUCAUCAUCAUCAUCAUCGUCGUCGUCAUCAUAAUGUUCGACGUCGCACAUCUCCCGAUCAACCAUCGAUUUGAUUGCGCGCACAUAAUAUCGAUCCGUAAUAACGACACAACCGUAUUGUAAUAUAACGAUAAAUAAUGCAUACAAAAACUACCUUUCUAUAAUAACCGUAUUAUAAUAACUAUAAGGAUGACUAAUAAUGUGUUAAAAACACAACCUUCCAAAUUAAAUUCGUAUUAAAAAAAACUAUAAGCGUCCAAAGUGUAUUAAAAAAAAAAAAAUAUACCAAAUUAAAUACACAUUAUAAUAAUUGUAAGGAUAAAUAAUUUAUUUAAAAAAAAAAAAAAACCUUUUUAAUUAAAUUAGUAUUAUAACACUUAUAAAAAUACAAAAUUUAUCAAAAAACGGGCCUGUCUAAAAAUCCCUAUUAUUAAAACUAUAAAGAUAUAAGUAUAAUAUUUUAUUCGAAAAAACACACCUAAUUAAAUUCGGAUUAUAAUAAUUGUAAGGAUAAAUAAUGUAUGAAAAAACCUUUUAAAAUAAAUUUGUAUCAUAGUGAUUAGAAGGAUAUAAUAUGUCUUUAAAAAAACCUAUUUUGUUUAAAGCGAAUUAUAUUAAAUGUAAGGAUACAAAAUGUAUUCAAAAAUAAAUACCUAAUUAAAUUCGGAUUACAAUAAUUGUAAGGAUUAAUAAUAUAAUUAAAAAAAUUAUCUUCUAAUUUAAUUCGUAUUAAAAUAAAUAUAAGUAUACAAAAUGUAUUCAAAAAAUACAUACCUAAUUAAAGGCGUAUUAUUAUAAUUGUAAGGACUAGUAAUAAUAUUCAAAAAAAAUUAUCUUCUAAUUUAAUUCGUAUUAUAAUAAAUAUAAGGAUACAAAAUGUAUUCACGAAUACACACUCAAUUAAAGGAGUAUUAUUUUAAUUGUAAGGAUAAUUAAUAUAUUAAAAAAAAAAAGCCUCUUCUAAUUUUAUUCGUAUUAUUAUAAUUAGGAGAAUACAUAACGUAUUUAAAUAUGUACAAAUCUAAUUAAAUUCGGAUUAUAUUUCGGGGCCGUGUUAAUAACCGGUGCGGCGGAUAACGUGCGUACAACGGAAACGCCCAGGUUUAACCGAGUUUACGUUGCAUUUAACACGGCCCGGGUUAAUUACUUUUUUUUUUUUUGAUAAAUGUUUGUGUUGUGCGUAAUGAUAAUGUAUUGUAUUAUAUUUAUUUUAAAACGAGAAAAAAAACCCCGGUUCGAGCUUCAGGUAUACAUAUUUCGGUCUGUCCACCUCGUUACCGAUGUUUUGGGUUUCUUUCUUAUAUAUAUAAAAAAAGAAAAUUUAUAACGAUAAGUUAUUAAAAACUAAUCCCUAAUUAUAGUCUGUUAAUAUACAUCGGCCGUGUUAAAAAGCGGCGGGCGAACAAAGGGUAAAACGGCAAUCGUCCGGGUUUGAAUAGUAACGGUCAAAUUAGUUUUCAAAAAAAAAAAAAACCGUUUUCCAACGGUGACGUGCGAUAUUUGUCCCUUUGCGAUGUUUUUCGGGCGUCGGAACGGCCCGUCGAGGAACGGGCGACGGUGAACGCGCGCGGCCCGCUUUCAGUAAUUGCAUCGGGUGCCCGAUGAACGCGGCGUCGGCUCGGAGGACGGUUAGCGUUCGCGCGAUGUCAUUGGCGAAGGACGUUGAACGCACACGAACGGAGCAGAGGCGAACGCGCGAUUCUGUUCGCCGCGUCAAAUCCCACGCAUUAUUCCGCGUACGGUUCGCACGCGUUACAGUGUUCGCUUCUUUUUUUUCGAGCCGUACAUAUUAGCCGUACGGUAUUCGAGUGGCGCGCGAGAAUACGCACCGCCACGACGGACUCGAUGGCUUAUUAUGCGCCGCGCGCGUAUCGCGCACGUCGACGUUUAAUCGAGACAUUGAGUAUUUGGCCGACAUCUCGCCAGUCGUUCGCCUCAAAACGCAAAGGUCAUGUCAUGACGCUACGUCAACUAAAACAACGGACCGAUUGUUGAAUGUCAAGCGUCGCGGGUUCACGGCAUUAGGCCGAUGCGAAAUUUCGUCGGAGCGUGUAUCCGGUGCGCAUCCGAACGUUUACCCGGAUCGAAAAGUCCCCAAGACCGACAUUAAUGCGAAAUAGCAUUGCCGCGAUUGCGGUACAUUAGGUGACGCGUACAACAAUCGUAAUAGCAGUUUAACGGUAAUGGCGUGUAAACAUCAAAUGACCGAAGCGCGAGGAAAACGAUUUGCCGGGCACGACGAUUACGGUACACCGAGCACGGGAUUAUUGAGGUUAUGGUGUCGGUACACAAUGACGGUUAAUGAUGAAAUACCCGGGUGCGCGUGUUUGUAUUGAACGGGCACAAUCGCCCGGGGCCGAAGAGCUUAAAAAUUAUAUAAUUUUCGAAAAUUUUUCCGCCCGUAUUGAAAACUAUAAAAAAUAAAAAACAAAAAAAAAAAAAAAAAAACCAAAAACAAAACCCUACUCGAGCCCUUCUUCCCGACGGACGAAACCACCGUGCAAAUGCUACGCGACUGUGUACUACAUUAAAAAUUAAUUGAUAAGAACAGUGAUAAGAACAACACGACGUUCGAAUACGAAUGGCACGGGAGGAGAACUAGUGAUCACUUUUAUUUUAAAUCUCAGAAAAACAUUAUUUAAAUUUCAAAACGACACUAAAUUUGUUGGGAAUGGAAUUUUCGUCGUAUGUGCCUAUUUAAUAUCAAUUUUUCGUAACUUGUGAUGUGCUCGUUUGCAAUUUGUUAAAAAUUUAAUUUAUUUUCAAUAUAUAUAUAUAUUUUUGUAGAAACGAUCAUAUGCAUACUUACACACAUACACGUACACGCAUGUACGCAUACGUCGAACCAUAAAACUGAAUACAUCGCCGUGUUAUAUGUUACGAUGACGACGACGACGAUAAAGUAGCAAAUUAGAUGAUAUUUUUGAGAAAAACAAAACCCCCCUUUAGAAAAACGUACACAUAAAAUUUACAUAGUGCAACCCGAAAGGCGCAUUUUUUUUUCACUUCCAAUUCAAGCACUGACAUCUCGAACGAAAAAAAUUAUGUCCGCGGGCGCCCGUGCGGGGUGAGACAUCGGCCUUCUCCUGAAAACAGUUCACUAAUAAUAUUUCAACCCUUCCUAUUCCACCGCGCGGACUUUUCGCCCGCGGAUAUACGGUCGUAUGGAUAUUUUACCGGCGUGCGGCGGCGUUGCUCCGAGACCUGUUCGAGUGGGGCAAAGGGGAGGGGGGAUAAAGAUAUUUGCAUUGAAUCGCAUUUCCGAAUAGGAUUCGGAGAGGAAAAUCGAUACUAACGAAUGGCCGAAGACUCGUAGACGUUCGAUAACUACACGGGAAUGUAUGCGCAAAAUUGUAGAAGGACGUAUGAGAUUACGUGUUGAAAAAUCUCGGACGUCGUGGGUAGCGUCGCGCGUAUCUGCCGUGUCCACCGGAAUAUCGUCGUCGUCGUGAAUAUUACCGAAAUUUUAAAAUCACUAUCAAAACAGUUAAUAAUAAUUGCGGUACACUAAAUUUUUGUAAUAAUUCAAACGCACCGUUGUGCGCACAUACGGAUAAUAUAGUUUCUGUAAUUUACGUACAAUAUAACAUAUUUCGAAUCGCAACGAAUUUUUUAGGUAAUCGAAAUUUUUUUUUUUUUUCCAAUUCGGAUAUCAUUAAUCAAUUAUUCUGCACCCGUACCAUAACAGCAGUUCGCUAAAUCGCGACGCGCUCGUCACGCCGGCGUUUUCGAAAUUGUCCGCCCGGUGCCGCGAACGUUCGGUACCCGACAUUUAUCGCGACGCGUCCAAUUCUGUACCGCGUCGUGGUUCCACACGCGGUCCAUACGCGAUCCGUACGCGGCGGGAAACCCGUCCGGAAACGACCCGCGGGAGGCGGGCGAUAAACGUCGAGAAACGCCCCCUCCCCCCUCCCCGUUUACGUUACCGUUGCGCGCUCAGAGCCGACGCAACGCCAUGUACACCCAGACCGCCACGCGCGGGUCACUGUUGCGAUAGCGUCGCGCGCCGUGUCCGGCGACGCCACGCCGUUACGCUGUGUUGCGUGCGAAACAGCGUCAGCCGCAUUUCACGGAUCGAUUUUCACGACAAUAUCGUUAAUUAUAUUAUUACUAUUGUUUGUUUACGGCACGGCAUUCCGUUACCUAAUAUCUCAUAAUGUUAUUAUUAUUAUUGUUAUUAUUAUUACUGUCGCUAUCGGAAACUACGGGUUGCCGACCGGCGGCCAUAUAGGACGCGCGGCGUCGCGCGUGUUCCCCCCCCCUCCCCCGGGCAUUCCCAAUACGAUUUUUUUCGGAUCGGGUGUUUUUUUUUUUUUUUUUUUGUUUGCCACCGAACGUAUGCGUUGCGUUCGUGUCGUUCUACUGUCGUCUUUUAUCGACGGUUAAUUCGCCGUCCAAUUCGCACAUGGUACAGUUUAGAAUAUUUCGGCACAGUCCGCGGGUUAGUAAGACAAAAUACGAUUUCAGCAACGCCCACCGCCAGAACUCCGGGGGCCACGACCGUCUGUGUGAAAUUAUUCGGAGGACGGAAACACGUACGCGGCCAAUUUUAAAAACAAAAAAAAAAUAACACACUUAUCUUACGCGUUUGUCACGGUGGUAAACAUUCGACGGUGGUUGCGAUUUACAAGAGUCCUAUCAGAAGCGGAUUUAAAGGAGGAAGGGGUCCAAGGGGUCCGGAAUCCCCCUCCCUAGACACCGAUAUGACAAUUUCAAUAAAACGCCAUCUGAUAAAGGAGAAAUACAAUAACAGAUACCUUUUAAAUACAUAAUACUUUUCGGGACCCCUCUCCCAGGGAAAUGUUGAAAAUCCGUCGCUGAGUCCUGAAUUACGAUCGGACCGCGAACCGGUAAAUUUGAUCCGACGCCGCGCGGCUUUGACUUAAAUUAUUAGCGAGAUACCCUAUGUCGGUCGGCAAUCUAUAAUUUUUUAUUAUAUUAGUUAUAUUAAGUAUAUGUAAUUAUAUUAUAAUUAUAUUAUAUUGUAUUAGUAUUGUGUCGAAUUUAAAAAUAAUAUGCAAUGUUUGUUUGAUUUUAAGUGAGGAAUAGACCGAAAGUCAAACGUUUAUAUUAAUAUAAGAUAAUAAUAUAUUCAAUAACUAAGCUAAACGUGUGUUUAUAUAGAGAUUAAUUUUAAAUUAUACGUGUUUUAAACGGAAUCGUAAUACUUGCGUUGUGUUAUUGAGAAUAGGCGAGUUUCCUUUUAUUAAAAUAAAGAAUUUCUUUUUGUUUAUAGUCCUAGACCUUGCAUUUAUUUUAUCUUCUUUGAAAAUAGCUUUACAACAUGGCCGCUAUAAUUCAAUCGAAUUACACUGCCGUGUUGAAAAUGUAAAAUUAAUGUGGUAUAACAUAUAAUUGCUGGGGUUGUAAGAAAAAUUAUAAAUGGAAAGUUGCAUCGCGUUUAGAACGGGGCGAAUUAUCGUUGUAAAGUCAUUCGUCCUAUUAACGACGAGUCGCAGUGGCGGAUUUGAGUGAGAGGGGAAGGAAACACGAGGACCACCAUCCCUUGUAUGGUUUUUCUUUAAAUCACUACUCCAAUAUUAUAUGUUGGCCAGUAACUGGGAGCGGGGACCAGUGCAGGUGUAUAAUUUUGAACAUAAAAGAUGCGAGUGUAAUGUACAGUGCAUAGCAUUAUAAUAUCAAAGAAACUUUAGAUCCCCCCGCCCUGAAAUCAUUUAUUUUCGGUAUCUAUGAUAUCCCUCCCCCUUCUUUAAUGAGCUUCAGAUCCGUCACUGAUUUGUCCAGUGAAGAGAGCAAAACGUAACGUGAAUUAUUACUAUAUUAUCGUAAAUAUACCUGUAUCGAAGCAUUAUUCCGGCGAACACAGACUCGAUAGGUAUUAUUGUUUCGAAAAAUAAAAAAAAGAAUACAUUAUGAAAAAUCAAUCGACGUUAAUCUCAAUCGAUUGCAGUUCAAAGCGUUUAUAAAUGUGCGAUUUUAUCGAAUUGAAAAACAAAACGUUAAAAAAAAAUAUGCGUUUUACGUAACAUUCAUGCAUUAAUUGCAUAUUAAUUUCCUACGUGCAAACUGAUAAAACGGUUCAUCAUCGCAUACAAUUUCGACGCUUAUUUCCGGUUUAUGAAUGGAAAAUGUUUUUUUUUAAUUAUAUAAGUUGAAUAAUCGAUUUCGAACAACGUUAUUUGUUCGCAUAAAUGCGUAUGACGAGUGCGCACCAAUCGCCAUGAUAAAUUACUAUAAUAAGUUAAAUUUAGAAUAAUUAUCACCUAAUUCGUUUUAUUUUUAAUUUAUAAUGUUACGUAAAUUUAUCAAUAUCAAAAAACAAUAAAAAAAUAAAAAAUAAAAAAUAAAAAAAUAAAAAAAAUAAACGAAAGACAGUCCUUAACACAUAUCUAUCCAUUAGGAUCAUUAUUCUGUUCUUCGAGUAAUAUUUACCUAUCUAAUAUAUAUAAUUAUUACGGCAUUUGUAUUUUGUAUAUUGUGUAUUUUUCAUUUUCGUUGUAUUAACAUACACGGUUAUCUCGUUACCACAUUAUAAUACUAAUAACAAUAAUAUCGUUAACGCGAAACCGCGAUUUCUCGACACGUACGCAAUGUCCGUUAAACAUACAUUUGUUACGCGUGUAUGAAUAUAAUAUACGAUAAUGAUAAUUUGUUCGUCCGAAAGUGUCGUGCGCGAUCCAUAAGGGUGUGUACAAACAGUGUUUACGUCCGUUCGUAAAUCAUAUACAGGAGUGAAAACGUCCACGGUACAAUAAUUUCUUGUAAUGAUUAUUUGUACGUCAAUUUAUAUAUAAAAACGCGAAACACGCGAAUUUUAGCGUAAAUUUAUUAUGUAUUAAUAAAACGACAGGGGCGGCUCCAGAGGCUCGGUGGUGGAGAGCAGGGCUAAGUCCCGUCUUUCAAAAAAUUGUAAAAAGCAUAUUUUAUAUUUUAUAGUUUGUAUGUAAUUCAUAGUAUAAUGGAGAUACCAGCACUAACUACACGACACUAGUUGUCUAUGUCGAUAGUAUGCAAUUUUUUCUUUUUUUUUUUUUUUUCGGAAAGUUGUUUUUGACAAAAAAUACGAACACGGGAAGGGAGGCGGACCCAAAGACCUCUAACACGGAGUCGCUCUCGAAUUAAAAUAAAAAUAGCUAGCGGAUGAUAUUAUUAUAUAUUGUAUACGAUAAUAAUCAUUAUUAAAUUGUUACUUGGUGGAAUAAAAAAAAAAAAAAAUAAUUUAAUGAAAUCAAAACACGAUUGAAAAUACAAAAAAAUAAAAAUUUUGCUUUCAGGAAGAUAG